AUGGUGGCACAGCCCAAGCAAGCAAGCAGGCAGGCAGGAAGACACCGGCCCGCUCCGGCAGGACUUCCUCUCCCCAACCCCGCUUAGCUCACGCCCCUUCCCCGAUUUCCCCGCUCUCUGCGCCCCCCCCCCCGCGCGCCUUCCCGACGUGCCAGCUGACCCAGCCUCCCCGCUCCUCUGUGCGCAAGCGUGGCGAGGCAGGGGCGGACCAUCUUGGCCCCAUCUCCACGCUCCUCUGGCUCGCUCGCACUCUCCUGCCUUCCUCGUCUCCCACCAGCGAACUUUAAGACAGUGUGGCACAAUUGGGCAAGCCUCCCUUCUCCUUUCGUGGCCAGCGGCCGUUGCCUUUCCAGCAGCCAUCUCUGCCGGAGGGGAGAGCGAGAGCCAGGGACCCUCUGUGCCAAGGGAGCUCUGCUGCUGCUGCUCCCCCUCCUCCCCACCACCACCAUCAUCUUCAUCAUCCUCAGUACCACCACUAUAUGACUCCUGCUUGCCCACCUCCUCCCACCCCUCAGAGUUGCGUCCUGUGCACCAGCCCAGUUCGGAUUAUAAACUAACCAAACCCAACACCUUUCCUUGUCUCCGGAGGCGCCGGUGAAUGUCUCGGCGAACCCAGCGGAUGGGGGGUCGCUCCUGACACCCAGAUGGCUGGCUGAUGGUGAGUCCUUCGGUCUUCCCUCCCCUCUGCAGCUCGGGGUGACGCGUGUCUUGGAAGGGUUCCCACAGAACCCCUGUCUGAAGCCAGGGGUGACCACGGGUUUCUGCAAGCUGUGUGUGUGUGGCGGGGGGGGGGAGAAUCAGGAGGGGCAUUAAGUUUUUUCUCCCCCCCCCCGCGCAUCCCUAUUUUUUUGCAAAUAGCUGCAGAAUUGUGUGUGUGUGUGUGUGUGUGUGUGUGUCUGUCCUUCACAAGAGGUGGUUGGGGUGGUUUAUUUCUCGUUUGCUUAUUUAAUUAUCUCCCUCCCCCCCCGCCGCCGCCCACCUUUGCAGCGGAGCUAAAAAUACAAUUUCGAAAAAAGGGCAAGCGGAUUUAGAGGCUGUAAAAAGACAGCGGCGAGCCUGGCUUUACUCCUUUGUCUUAACUCUGCCUUCUGUGUCUCCCAGAGCGCAUCUGCACCCGGAGCAGCCUGUUGGGUCUCCAAAUGUGUUUGAACUUGCAGCUUCCUUUGCGCCUCUCUCGCUUUUCUCCCUCUCCGUCUCUCUGUCUCUCUCCCCACAUCUUAAAAACCUUAAUUAGAAGAAGAGUUGGAGAGGCAAACUCUCUUGCCGAGUUCUUUUGAUGGUGCCUUAAGGGGGCAAUUGGUUAGUUGGUUGGGUUAAAAGAAGAAGACGAAUUCUCUGGAGGCAUACCAGCUCAGCAGAAAAAAACUUUGAGCUUGGCAUAGUUUCAAAUUAGAGAGAAAGUGUAAUGUGGUGGCAUCUUCUUAACCCCUUGGCGUGUGUGGCACAACUGGUUUUUCAGUUAAGAUCUGGAGCGUGGGAAGCUGCCAUAUAUAUAUAUAUAUAUACUCAGUUAGUCCCAUCUCAACAACCCUGAAUGGCAGUGGUUCGCCAGGGUUACAGGUAGGGAAUAUGGAAUUUUCUGGGUGACCUUGGGCCACUUACGGUUUCUCAGCCUAACCCACCUCACCAGGUUGUUGUGAGGAGAAAAUGAAGGAAAGGGAACCAUGUACGCCACCUUGAGCAUCUUGGAGGAACGUUAGGGGACAAAUGGGAUGACUAAAUAAAUAUCCAGCCCUAGCUGAAGAUGGUGGAGAUUGCAGCAGAGGACCUUCUGCAGGCAAAGUGUCUGCUCUUCCACUGAGCUACAGCCCUUUCCCUGAAAGCAAAGGCCUUAAACUAGUCGUGAAGCAAGGGCCUGAAGUGCCUUGUCCUGUACAGAAUCCAUGCACCUAUGAUGGCAGGAGGUGGUGGACCUCCAGAUGGUGUUGGAACUACAGUUCUCAUCCAACCAGCAUAGUCAAUGGUCAGAGAAUGAUGGGAGUUACAAUCAACAAUUUCUGGAGGUCUGCUGGCUCCCCAUCCUUGCCAUAGUUUUUGCAUGCACUCUUUAUCAUCCAAGAUAGUUCAAGGCCUUGCUUCAUAACUCGUUUAAGGUCUUUACCUUCAGGGGAAGGGACACAGCUCAGUGGUAGAGGCCAGCUUUUUGGCUUUUGAGUUUGGCUCUUGCACUAGCAAGUGAAUUUUGAUUUUGUGCAACAAAGCAAUCCAAUGCAGCUGUUGCACUAGUGGAAACCCAUGUGCAACAGAUUGUGCAACACAAUUACUUUAUGCAUGUUUGCUUAUGCAUAUUUUUUGCACAGCGGGACAUUAUUUAUAAUGCUUGACUUCUUAGAGCCCUCCUUCAAAGUUGGAUCAACUUUUAGUAGUGUAAGAAGACCACUCAUCAGACUCAUUGCAAGAAUUAGCUGGGAGACAAGAUGCAUCACACACUUAUUUGAAGUGCUGGAGAACGUGAGGUAAUAUGGUUGGGGGCUUUCCCUGCUGCUUCCUUGAACCUUGUAACAGGAAACAGCCGUAGCUUAGUGGAGGAGCACAUGUGUGCAUGCAAAAGGUCCCAUGUUCUCAGUACCUGGUGUCUCCAGGUGGGGCUCUGAGACUUGUAUUUCAAACCUUGAGAUCUGCCAGCAGUCACCAUAGAGCUGUUUUCUUCAAACCUAGUGUCCUCUAGGGGUUUCGGAGGGCAUCUCCCCAUUGGUCAUUCGGGCUGGGGCUGAUGCAGGUGUGGUCCAAAAAAAUCUGGAAGGCACCAGGUUUGGGGAGGCGGCUGUAAAAAGUACUGAGCUAGAAUUUGCUGCCCUCUAGGUGUUGUUGGACUUCCAUCAGCCCAGCCGGUAUGGUCUAGGUCUAGGAUAAUGGGAGUUAUAGACAGCAUCUAGAGCCGUGGUUCCCAGCAUGGGGCACACGUCCCACGGGGGGCAAUUUGAUUUUUAAGGGGGGCAAUUUGAGAAUGAGUUAUUAACAGUUAAUGGCCUUUUAGGCUUCCUCCAUGUGAAUGGGAGUUCACUUUUUGAAUAAUAAGAACUAUAUGUCACAAGAGGGGGAGGGCAUCAGGAUUUUAGAGAUGCUUAGGUGGGGCAUGGCCCCCCCAAAAAAGGUUGGGAUCUAGAGCAAUGGUUCCCCAUUCCAUUGCCCCCAAUGAACUACAGUGGUACCUCGGGUUAAAGACGCUUCAGGUUACAGACUCCGCUAACCCAGAAAUAGUACCUCGGGUUAAGAACUUUGCUUCAGGAUGAGAACAGAAAUCGCACGGCGGUAGCGGGAGGCCCCAUUAGCUAAAGUGGUGCUUCAGGUUAAGAACAGUUUCAGGUUAAGAACGGACCUCUGGAAUGAAUAAGUACGUAACCAGAGGUACCACUGUACUUGAAAAUUACUGAGAGUCUUGGUGGACUACUUAAUUAUCCCCCCCCCCCCCAUUCUUAUAAAAAUGGUAAUGCGCUAUACUAGAUGCUGUAUGCUGUAUGAUUUUUAAUUGUACUUUUUAUUGCUUCUUAUAUAUUGUAUUUUAUUGUGUUACUGUUUGAAUCCCAUAGAAAUCAAACUGUGAUGCAAUAAAACACAAUAUUAGGGAUAAAAUAAGCAAUUGAAAAGCAAUUUGAAUAUUUAAUGUGGACAUGCCAUGGAUCUCCUGAACGAAGCUUGCAGACCGCUGGUUAUCCAUGGACCACUUUUUGGGAACCUCUGGUGUAGAGGGUCAUGGCUUCCUUGGGUUUGAAGUAGAGAGACUGGUGGUCUGACUUGGCAGCUUCUUCUGUUCCUACUGUUUCAAGUGCUUUUUGUUAUCUGAUCUUGACUGGAAAGCACUUUCAUCCUCUUGAGUUUCUCUGCUCUCCUCUCUCCCCCAGUCAGCGCUCCCAACCAUCAGGGUUCCGCCACACAUUCUUCAAACUCUCCAGGGUCACUUCAAGCUACCACGCUUACAACUUUGUCAUUUUCAUGUUUGCUAUACAGUGGUACCUCGGGUUAAGUACUUAAUUUGUUCCAGAGGUCCGUUCUUAACCUGAAAAUGUUCUUUAGCUAAUGGGGCCUCCUGCUGCUGCCGCACCUUCGGAGCACGAUUUCUAUUCUCAUCCUGAAGCAAAGUUCUUAACCCGAGGUACUAUUUCUGGGUUAGCGGAGUCUGUAUCCUGAAGCGUAUGUAACCUGAAGCGUAUGUAACCUGAGGUACCACUGUAUUGGGAUUUUCUUUGAAUCCUUGUGAAUUGUGGGAACAUCCCUCCACUUUAAUUCUGGGGCAUAUUUGUUUGAUCUUGGAAAGCUGUUGCUUUUUUUUUUUAAGCACUAAUCAGAUUUUAAAUUCUUUUUCUUCAGCAAAAGCAGGCAAUCACUACAAAAAAAACAAAACAAAACAGAAAAGGGAGGGGGAGUUCAGGGAAAGUUAGGAAUCAUUCACAUGAGUGCUCAUAUAUUUCUGAAGUUUGUGGGUUGAAAUCUGAUAGAUCACACCCAAAAGGGAUGCUUUGUUGGGCUUGAAUGUACUGAUUUCUCCUAGUUCUGCACUAGUUCACACUUGAGGGAAUUACUGCUGACUCCAUCCCGUAUGUAGAACAUUUUGUCCAUGUUUCUAAAGAGUGGAGCUUAAUUUGCCCCAGAGGGUCUAUGGCAAAUCUUGUUACUUGAAGUAAAGAGGAGGACGAGGAGCUCUAAGAAACUGUAGUUGGUGCGCAUUUGGGUAUCACUGAAAGGCUUUGGGGAUACAUGCAGGCCUUAAUCUGAUCUGUAGCUCAGUAUUUGAACCUGCCUUCAGGGCCAGUGCUGAUCUGUGAAGGGCGCCUCUGAGCAUGUUAUGAGUGCAUUUCCCUCACCCAUAAAAAGACCACAGCCUCCACAUCUGGAAUGCAGAAGGCCAAGCAAAGUACAGUGGUACCUCAGGUUACAUAUGCUUCAGGUUACAGACUCCGCUAACCCAGAAAUAGUACCUCGGGUUAAGAACUUUGCAUCAGAAUGAGAACAGAAAUCAUGCUCCGGCGGCAGCAGGAGGCCCCAUUAGCUAAAGUGGUGCUUCAGGUUAAGAAAAGUUUCAGGUUAAGAAUGGACCUCCGGAACUAAUUAAGUACUUAACCCGAGGUACCACUGUAAAAUGCUGUGUUAAAUGCAUGAUUGCAGUAAAUGUAUCUGUGCUUUAGUAGCACCUAGGGAAAGGGAAGGAGUUGGAACCAUGGCAUGCUGGAAGAGAGGGUGUAACCUUACAUGGAAGUGCUAAUGAAAAUCUCCCCACCACACUUAUUGAAGGUGAUACUUGCCAUGGGUAAGAACCUGCUAUUGGUUUCUGUUUUUCAGGGUUUUGCUAUUAGAGGUUUUAUUUAACUCCCCCGCCCUCCCGCUCCCAAAAAUCGUUUUUUGUAUGUGCUAGAUUAAUCAUAUGGGGUAGGUAGCCUCACACAUUGAAACUGUUGGUUUAGGAAAAUCUAAGGAGCAGAUGGGCAGUGUUUUGUUUUCCUUGCACCUUGAGUGGCGUAAAGUCACCGAGAUAGCAACAGAUAGUUAAAGCUCUCUUAAAACCUUUUAAUUUGCCCUGUAAACUGCUGUUAAGAUGAAUGAGUAUCUUGAGGAUCAAGGAUGAGAAGAAAGUCUUGUUGCUAAUGCUUUGAGAGUCUUAGCUGCACCUGAAAUUUCAGACUGACUGGGAAGUUAAGACUUUAGAAACCUUUUAAUUUGUCUUCUGUCUUGUGGUGAUUGUGUGUGUGUGUGUGUGUGAGAGAGAGAGAGAGAGAAGUUUGCUCUUCAUUUAUUCCAAGUUGCCUGAGAAGUGUGUGAAUGAAUAAGAAAUGGGAGGGAAUUACCACAGUUUAGUGGCAGUGCAGAUGUUUUGCAUAGAGAUGGGCCAGGGUUCAACUCCUGAUAAAGUGAUCUUGCUUGAAACCCUGGAAAGCUGCUGCCAGUACAGUGGUACCUCGGGUUAAGAACUUAAUUCGUUCUGGAGGUCUGUUCUUAACCUGAAACUGUUCUUAACCUGAGGUACCACUUUAGCUAAUGGGGCCUCCCUCUGCCUCUGUGCCGCCCGAUUUCUGUUCUCAUCCUGAAGCAAAGUUCUUAACCCAAGGUACUAUUUCUGGGUUAGUGGAGUCUGUAACCUGAAGCGUCUGUAACCUGAAGCGUACCCGAGGUACCACAGUAUUAAUAGACGGCACCAGUAGACACUGUCACAACACACAAACUGCCGUGUGCUUGUCCAGUGCUGGAUACCACAGAGAAGGCCUUAAGGCUGGAGGUGAAGCAAAGGAAGAUAAGGCUGGGGUUGAGGCUAGGCAAGUAAGAAAUUAAAGGACCUUGGAUAACUCAGAGUGAAGCGCUUGCACCAAUGAAGCUUAAGCCUCUCUCACCAGCCUACCUCCUCCAGGCGCCACCCCUUCAUGGAGAAGGAUAGAGCCUUAGAGGCCCAACACCCCUGACCUGGAGACGGGUUCUCCUCUCUAGCCUUCCUCCUGAUGCACUUAAACUGGUGAAGUAUGGUUGGAUGCAACUGGUUCCUCAGACUCAGAUGCCUGUGAAGGUCCACGUUCUGGCCCUGGUGGUUCCCCUGGGAGCUUCUGUCUGCCGUCCUUGGUCUUAGUGGUCCCCUGAUCUCCAGAAGCUGGCUCAAAGCCCUGAGUAUGAUCUGAUGCCUUAGCUGGUUCUUCUGUGCAGUGCCAUAGCUAUGGUGGGGCUAGCCAGUUUUGUUUUGUUUUGACCCAGGUGAAGCCUCCAGAGGGGUGCCAUUGAGGCUCCCAGCCUGUGUGUAUGUACACAAAUGCAUGUUGGGUGUUUGCCAAACUGAGUCUUUGACCUGGGUGAAAUAAAGCCCAGUUUCACCCUUUCUCUUUCUUUCUGGAUUGCUGCUGAUUCAGGAGUCAUGAUACAACCCUUUCCCGGUGCUCCACUGCAGUCUCCCCCAUCCUGGUUCCUUUUGGACUACAACUCCCAUCAUCUCUGACCAUUGGCCAUGCUGGCUGGGCCUGCUGAGACAAUGCCAGGCUGGGGAAGACUGCACUAUUUUGUAAUCAACGCGAAAGUGAAAUAAGCACCUUAUUUGCACUCUGCCUCCAUCUCCCUCCCCUUCCUCUGCUGUCUCUCCUGGGUUGAAUUGUAGAUUGGAAACUCCUUGGGGCAAGGACCUUUCAUCUUGUACUUUCUAAUCUUCCAUGCACAUUGAUAGCUUGCUGUAAUAAAAGAAUUAUCUCUGGAAUCAGACCCAUUUGUCUAAGGUGCUUGUCAUACUGGAUUGGAUAUUGCAUAGCCCUUUUCAACUCUUCCAGUUAUUGUUGUGCUAGCAGGAAGAAGAAGAGUUUGGAUUUGAUAUCCCGCUUUAUCACUACCUGAAGGAGUCUCAAAGCGGCUAACAUUCUCCUUUCCCUUCCUCCCCCACAACAAACACUCUGUGAGGUGAGUGGGGCUGAGAGACUUCAGAGAAGUGUGACUAGCCCAAGGUCACCCAGCAGCUGCAUGUGGAGGAGCGGAGACGCGAACCUGGUUCCCCAGAUUAUGAGACUACCGCUCUUAACCAUUACACCACUGGCCCCUUCCAUAUGCUGUCAUUCCUAUAGCACAACAUAUCUUGGGUGCUGAAUGUCUGUAGUGUGCAGCCUACUCAACUUAAGUCCUGAAGUGAUUAAGGGCUCCCUCCACUGGUGGAGGAACAGGGGUGUGGGGGGAGCGCACUGCCCCCAGCGGCACGAUCCUGGUGGGGUCUCAUCGCGGCUGCCCCGCCCCACACGCUGGGCGCUAUGCCCCCGCAGGCGGUGCGCCAUGCCCCAGAACGCGUGCCACACCCCUGCGGGCAGCGCGCGGCGCCCCCAGGAUGCACGCCCCGCCGCUGCAGGCGGUGUGUCAUGCCCCUAGGAUGUGUGCCAGCCAUGCCCCCGCCUGCUCUACACCCCCCACCCGCUGGAGCAUGAAGCUCUGCCACUGGCCCCCUCCAGACAACCUUUUUAUUAUGUGUUCAUGACAAUCUGUGGUCCUGUUUUGAACACUGUUUGUGCUUACAAAGGUUUUGGGUCAGGUGCACUGCUUGUUUCUAACUGGGGCAUGUCCCAGACCUUCCAGAUGAAGCCCUGUAACUUUCCAUCCCAGAACUGUUUCAUUGGUGUCCUUCCAGCUGCCAGUAAUGUUAUAACAGGGCUGUCCAACCGGUCAACUGCGAUUGACAGGUCAAUCCCCGGCUGAUUGUGGUUGAUCAUGGUCUCCUUUACUUCUUCUGAGGAAGAAUAGCUGUUUCCGCCCCCUGCCCCCUACCAGAGUCCUUCAUUUGCACAUGCUUGCUAAGACGGAAACAGAGCUUUUGCUGGUGCUUUUUUUGGUUACCGGUUUUCAGUGUCUCCUCCCUAAAAAUAGAUCUGCAAAGCUCAACAAGCUUUGCUUUCCCCGUCAAAAAAAAAAGCUCAACAACUUUGACUUGCCCCCCUAAAAAAAGUUCAACAAAAUGGGUAGAUGAUUUUUUUUCGUGGGAGUAGAUCAGUAGAUCACAGUCUCUUGGGAGUUGGACGCGCUGGGGAAGCAUCAUAGAAUUACUGAUUGUGUGGUCAGUCCAGUAUAAACCCCCCCCCCCGCACUAAUGUGCUAUCAUGGUGUCAGUGGCAUGUUGCAGAAUAUACCUGCAGAAAAACCAACAUCAGUAGCCUAGUGGGGCCCUAAGAUUUCCGGGAGGUCAAGUUUCUGAAUUCCUGGAAAAUCAAGGUUUUAAAUUGCACAGGGAACCUACUCGAAUAGAUCCAGCUACAUCAUUCAGCCCCCAACACAUAGGGCAGGGUGCAGGAAAAGGGCCAGUUGCACUCCGUAUCUGAAUCAGGAUAAUGUGUGGUCCACACAUUGAUAACCUCAAGGUUGAAUUACUGAGAUACAUUUUACAUGGGUCUGCCCUUGGGGUCUGGUCAGGAAGCUCCAGCUGGUGCAGAAUGCAGUGCCCAGAAGUCUGAUGGGGGCAGAGAAGUGACAGCAUGCGACACUUCUGCUAAAACAUCUACACUGGACAGGUUCAAGGUUUUUGUGUUGAUAUACAGAGACUGGAACACCUUAAGGACAUCUUGAGCCCUUCAUCCCAGUCCAGUCAGUGAAAUCAUCCAGAGGAGCAUUGUUAGUUGACCUCUGUGUUACAGAGGCCUCACUGCCCUCAACCAGAAGCCAGACAUUUCGUGUUGCUGGUCCAGUGCUGUGGAACACUCUUCCAGCAUCGUCACUUUUGACCCUUGAAGACGUGUUUAUGCCAACAGUCUUGUGAACUUGUUUAACAUUUUAUUGGGAAGCCAGAAACUAUAGUUUGUGGUGUGUUGGAGGAUGAAUGAGCGCUCUCUCUGAACAAGAGAGCAGCUCUUGUUCCUGUGUUCACUUCCUUUGCAGCAUCCGGUUAUGGGUUACUUUCACCACAGGGUGGAACGCUAGAUAGAAGUUUAGCCAGAUCACAACCACUGUGCUUUUUAGAGCUUCAGGAAGUUCUGUUACCUUCGGAGGUGAGUGUAUGUUUAACUUACAGUAAGCAUUCUAGGAUGCAGGGCUUGGGGCCUACUCACCUGGUCAGAUAUCCUAGGAUGAUGACAACUGAUUUUGCUUCAUCGUCUGAAUUGUUGAUAUGUUCAGGAAUUAAUUGGAAGCUGAAGUGGGUUGAAUGUUGAAAAUACAUGGUAAGAUUUACUACAUUUCUGUCUUGCCUUUCCUACAAGGAGUUUUACAUUCCCCCCCCCCCGACCCAUUUUAUUUUUACAACAACCCUGUGAGGUAGAUUGACUAGUGUUUGGAAAGUUCAUUUUAAAAAGCAACUGCUUUUUUCCAGUUUAUUCUGUGCAAAAAGUUCCAGUCAUACACUUGUAGUACAAAAUGAAUUCAUAAAAAGCUCAUCCAUGACAAUAUCCCCCAGCAUUCAGAAUGUUACAAGCUGCUGUGCUGAAAUGUAGGAUCUAAAAAUAAAUCAGGGGCAACACAUAAGUAAGAAAAUGUCUGACAGAUGAAUGUCAGCAGGUGCAGCUUUCCCCAUAAUUGUAUUUUCAGACUAAAAAAGGUUUACCCUGUUUAAUUUCUGCCUGCCACACAGCUGUUAGAGGCACAAGGCAUCACUUGGUUCUUGUACCUGUAUUUCCUGCUACAAACUGCUCCUGUGGGAAAAGAACAAAUAUCCUCAUAGGGGAAUAUACAGUCAUACUUCAGGUUACAGCUGCUUCAGGUUGUGUUUUUUUGGGUUACAGACCACCAAAACCCAAAAGUACUGGAACGGGUUACUUCCGGGUUUCGGUGGUUGCGCAUGCGCAGAAGUGUUAAAUCGCGCUUUGCGCAUGUGCAGAAGCGACGAAUUGCAACCUGUGCGUGCGCAGACGCAGGUUGCGAACGCUGCGGGUUGCGAACGUGCAUCCCGCACGGAUCACGUUCGCAACCCGAGUGUCCACUGUACAGGGAAUGCCUCACAGUCCUUCCUGGUCUCCCAAGUCCUAGUUCAACCACUAUGUCACACAGGCCACUUCUGUGGACCUCUCAUUGCAUGAAAUUGGGCUGAAACUUCAAAAGUGUGUGUUGACAACAAUAUUCUUGGGUGCCUGGGACAGGAAAGGAGGGAGAGAUUUCCAGAAGGCAAAUAGGGGAAUGUAGGAAGAGCCCUGCCGGAUUGGAUCAAAGGCCUAAGAAAAGCAACAGUCCCAGUACAAAAUCCACAUCUUACAUCCCUCCAUGGUGAGAACUGUCCGUUUAUUUCCACUCUGGUGGUUCAUAAAAAACUGACAAGGGAAAUGGUUAACCUCAUGGCUUUCAUGGUUGAUGUUCAUUCAAGAAAAUGAAUGCAGGAGGUGGACAGACCAGGGAGCUGUUUCCCUUGAGAUGGUGUUAAAGUAGUGGUACAGGCAGAAUUUAUUGUCCGUUAUUACUCUGAGAUGUGGGCAGCUCAUUAUAUGAAAUAAUUUAUCUUCAGUCUUGUCCGGGGCUCAUCUCCCAUGCAGGAGGAGUGUUCUUAAUAACUGCUUUGAGUUAAGUUCUCCAGUGGCUGUGCUGUAUCUUGGAGCCAGGGUUGGGCCUGGAAUUAGUUUUUAAGUUUAUUAUUUUAUUUCAUUUCUUUGCACCUUUACCACCCACAAUUUCAUACAAAAUUAUCAACACGGUGUACAUCAGACAGUGAUAAAAUCAGCAAAAAAAUUAAUAGAAAGAUGACUGAAAAUCAACAAAUACUGAUCAGUUAAAAAGAGAAAAUUCAUAUUGCAAAUGACCUGUCCAAAAAAUUAGAGUUUUCAUAAAUUGUCUGAAAGUAGGGGAAAAUGGUUCCCGUUGAAUUUCUAUUAGUAGGAAGUUGCACAGGGAAGGGCCUGCCACAUUAGAAGUUCAGUUUCUUGUGGAGGCCAACAGAACCUCAGAGGUGUAGGGAUCAAACAAUCCUGAAAGUACUUUAGGGCUUUGUGAAUUAACACAAGAACCUGCCACAUAGGUAUUGCUGGGGUCAGCUGUGGAUCGAGUGAGACAACUGCAAAGAGUGCCUUUGAACAUGUGAAGAGUGCAUUUCUUCGGUCACUGGUCUGGUGUUCACAUAAUGCUAAGCCAUGGUUUAUUAAAGCAGGGUUGAUUUGAUUGUCCUAACCAUGGCUGUGGUUUGUUUCCUCCCAACAAACCGCAGUCUGAAACCGUGAUUUGUUGUUGGCCUAUGAACCUUGGCUUGUUUUAACAAUGGCUUGCCAUUACAGCUCAUUACCACAAAGUUAUGAGACAAGAGCAGCUGGAAAACAAGCCAAACUUUGUAGAAACAGGACAUAGCUUGUUUGAUCUGUGGAACAAUUAUUUCAAUAUUUGUGGUGUGGUAAAACUGUGAUUUAGCAUUCUGGGUGAACCAGGUCACUGUAUAAUACAUUCACCCAGGUCCCUGGGUACAUUUCCCAGGCAGGCUAGAGUUUCUUUCAGGAUGUACUGACUCUCUCCCUUGUGGGGAGCUCCCUUUCAGUUCUGCAGGAUUACCCCCAGAUAAAUCUGGCCAUACCACCCCUUUUCAACAGAUCCAUACUGUAUAGUUUGUUCUAAAGACCUGUGAGUGGAAACAAAAGUGGACACUAGCAUUGCUGUGCAAACACCAAAGAUGUCACAAGUGCUAGCAAAGGUGAAUUCUGCAGGUGUCCCUGUGCUUCUGAUUAUGCAAGCAGAGUGAAAUCUUUGGAUCAGUUGUACUUCCUCAUACUUAUUAUUAUUAUUAUUAUUUAUUAUUAAAUUUAUAUUCUGCCAAUCUUGCUGGGUUUCCCCAGCCACUCUGGGCAGCUUACAACAUAUAUAAAAACACAACAAAGCAUCAAGCAUUGAAGAACAAAAUAUCCUAUACGAGCAACAGACAAAUCAAUAAAUCAAUAGUAACCAAUAACAACAACAAUAAUAAUAAACAGUUUGCAGUUAUAACCAAGUUAAAAUAACCACCAACCCCAACUAAACAUUUAACUAACAUCAACCCGACAAAAACAAAACAGAGGAACCAAAAUUGGAACCGUUUAAAACCCACCCCAAGAGUGCAUGCAUGAGAAAGUAAUGUGGGGUUUUUCUAGAUCUGAAUAACGAAUGAUCUGACAUCUAGCUUUGAUGAUGUUGCAUCCUGAUGUCACAUACUUUGGCAAUCUUCUGAUAAAUACUUGGUGCCUAUAUCUUCCCCCUACUAUAAUAUGUGCCUCUGAUGUUACUUCCUUAUUCUUUGAGAAUAUCACAAGUAGCGACAGAACAUAUCAAUGCUGGUUAAUGCAGGAAACAACCCUGUAGUACAGCAGAGGGGACAGAGGGGGUUGGCCUUUGGAUCCCUUCUCACUUUGAUGAAUCUAUGAUCCAGGGAACCUUUGGGAUGUUUUGGGAAACCAGCGCUGUGUAAUCAUCUUCUGAGAAGCCUGGCUUGCAAGUGGGUCUGACUGUAAGUUCCCCAUUGGGGGCCCGGGCCAAGCCCCCGCAGCAAAAGAGCAAGAUUCCAACGCAGGAGUCACCAACCUUUUUCAGCUGUGGGCCGGUCCACCAUCCCUCAGACCAUGUGGUGGGCCAGACUAUAUUUUGAAGGGGAAAAAAUAUGAACAAAUUCCUAUGCCCCACAAAUAACCCAGAGAUGCAUUUUAAAUAAAAAGACACAUUCUACUCAUGUAAGAACACACUGAUUCCCGGACCAUCCUCGGGCCGGAUUGAGAAGGCGUUUGGGCCGCAUCCGGCCCCUAGGCUUUAGGUUGCCUACCCCUGUUCUAGCAUAAUCUUUCCCGACCUGAUGCCCUCCAGAUGUUACCAAACUAUGUAGAAGUUGCCAUGUUUUAAUCUGUUUUUAGCUUAACUGUUGGUCUUAGUUGUAUUUUGAUUUUCUUAAAAUAUCUGUUUUUAACUUGGCAUUUGAUUGGCCAUAUGAAUGCUUUCUUUCUUUUAUUUCUUGUAAACUGUUUAGAGGUUCUGUUUACAACCAAGCGGUGUAUAGUACAUUCUGUUAAAAUAAAAUGAAGCUGCCAUCUUCCUUGACCAUUGACCAGGCCGGUUGGGGUUGAUGAGAGUUGGAGUCAAACAUGUGGCUGGCACCAUGUUGCGAAAGAUUGUUCUAGUGAGGGAUGUGUACAAGAUGUUUUCGGCGAGGAGGAGAUGUCCCUGGCACAGAGAUGAAACAAUGGAGGACAGGUACACCAAUUUAAUGUCUAGAAAUGUAGCAAGCCGCUUGAUGCAAGGGCAGAUCAUUGGUCUACACUGACUGACAGCUGCUCACCAGGGUUUUAGAUAGGGAGCACCUCCGGUCUUGAUUGAACCUGGACGCCUUCCUCAGGUAAAACAUGAGUUUUGCUAUUGAGCAACCGUCUUUUCCCAAAAGUCAUUUCUGUUAUUGCCGUUGGCUCUUGCAGAAGACACAAAAGCAAAGCCAGCCUUAUUGUUGUUGCCCUGUUCUUCUUCUGAGUCAACAGCAGAUAGAAAAAGUGAGAUGUGAAACCACAUGCUGCAUGGUAGAGUCAUCUGUUGAAGGUGCCAGCUAGACACACCCUUUCCUGGGUUCCUCCAUUCUCUUUCCAUUCCUUUUUUUCCUCCUUCUAGCAACGGUUCUCAACCUGUGAGUUCCCAGAUGUUGUUGGACUACAACUCCCAUCAUCCCUGAGCGCUCUGGCCUUGCUAACUAGGGGUGAUGGGAGUUGUAGUUCAACAACAUCUGGGGACCCACAGAUUGAGAAAGGCUGCUCUAGAGACUUCUUGGGGUUCUGUGGUCACUUGAGCAUGCUUAGUCCUCAUUGGACCAUUUUGAGUUUUCUCUCCCUCCCAUAAUUGUCUGCAUGUUUCUGAUAGAUCAUAAUGUCCUUCCUUCUCUCUCUCUUAAUUGUUUUUAAAUUAUUGGUUCCCCGAUAUAAUAUCUGUAAGCUGCCUUGAGUCUCUUGUCAGGGGAAAAGGCAGGGUAUAAAUAAAUGUACCGUAUUUUUGAGGCGGGAAUUGCCCAAACUUGUUUAGCUUCUUUUGGGGGGAGAUUGCCCAGAGUUGUUGAGCCCGCAACUGAAAAUCGCGCGCAUUGCCACGGCCACCAAUCGCCUGCACACUCGCAGCCAAAAGCCCACUUGCCCACUCGACGCAACCACAGCCGAUUGCACGCACGCCUCGCCGCUGACGUAAAUCACCCACCCAAUUGUCGCAGCCAAUCAUCAUCAGGCCUUGCCGCAGCAAACAAUCAAACGCCCAAUCACCGCUGACAAUCUCCUGCUGGCUGCUGCCACCAAUCGCCUAUCCCCGCUCUGCUUUCCAUGUAGAAGACGACCCACAAUUUUUGCCUAUUAUUUCUAAGGAAAAAGAUAUCAUCUUAUUCACAGAAAUAUACAGUAUAAUGAUUAUAAGUAUUUUUGGUAUAAAAUGAAAGUUUUGGCAAGAAAAGAAAACUUACUUAGGGUUUCCCCCAGCCUGUAGAUAUCUCAUUUUUUGUGCAUGCAUGUUGAUGUUUUGGCUACAUACAGAUGGGCACUUGGGAGGCUGAAUUUAUCAUUAAUGCAUCGGAUGUUGAGCUAGUUGGACCAUUCAGUCCAGCUAAGCAUGAAUGCCUCUUAUAAAAGGGGAAUACAGGAAAAACCUGUUGGGUCUGUAAAUAAGCUUUUACUUGCUAAGACUCAUAAAUUUCUGUGUUUGGGGGAAAGGUUGUAAUUGCAAUGAGGUGUUCAACUAAGUUUUACUCAGAGUAAGCCUAUCAAAAUCAAUGACCCUGACUGUUAGGCCCAUUACUUUCAGUGGGUCUACUCUGAGUAAAAUUUAGUUGAGUACAACCCCUGCCCUGGUAUCUGAAGAUACAUAAAUUUGUUUAGUUUAGUUUGCAUUUUCUGAAGGGAAGGAUUUUGUCCAUUAUCCAAUAUGACCUUCAGCCUAGUGGUGUAACCUCUAGCUCUUGAGUAGCAGCUGCUACAGAUGUUGCUUUAUUAUUAUUAUUAUUAUUAUUAUUCACCUUCCAUGUAUGUCCCAAGGCAAUGUACAAAAUAUAAUAAAAGAAGAUAAGUUUAUGAACACCCAUGGCAGAGACAGCAAAGAUUGUUGGAGCAAAAAUAUUUCCCAAGUGUUUCUGAUGCGUGCCAUAUCUCAACAGGAAUGCAGUUCUACAGGCCAGGGGCUUUACAGAACAGGAUCAUCAGUUACUUAGGGAUUUGGUUCCCCACUACCACUACAUUACUGCACCAUCAUAAAGGGCCUAUCUGUCAUUAAAGCAGACAAAACCAGACUCAACAAUGGGGAUAACACAUCACAGAGUUCAUGUAGGCCUUCAGGUGUCUUCCGAAAUGUUUUAAUGUGCCGACUGCAAAAUGAGAGAUUGCUGGGUAGGCCAUUUUGAAUGAAUAAUUCCACAACGAGGGUGCCACCACUGAAAAAAGCCUCCUUCCACUUGCCGUGGCACCAAACCAGAUCUUCAAAUUGUUACCUAAUCAAUUUGAAGUGGUGAAGAGGGCGUCAGAGAAGAUGCCCUUUCCUCUUUCCCCCUCUUCAUGAACUAUGUGUUAUCUAUUCAUUGUGGUAAUUAAGAGAGGAAUGUGCCUCCACACUUUUUAUUUUCAUUUCCCUCACCUUAUUCUUCUAUUCUUCAUCUAUUUGUGUUUCUGUUGGGGCUUUUUUUUAACUAACUGGAAACUGCUCUGUAGGUGGGUUGCCCACCAUUUCUUUACUGAGGAAACAAUGAGUAAUUCUACUGUUUUGUUGUUUGCAGUCGUCUUCCUAGGCCCCAUUUGCACUAUACAUUUAGAGCAGUAUCAUACCACUUUAAACAGUCAUGGCUGCUCCCCCCAAAUCAAGGGAACUGUAAACUAGCUUAUUAAGGUCACUGAGAGUUGUUAGGAGACCACCUAUUCCCCUCACACAGCGACAGUUCCCAAGAGUUUCCUAGGAAGAGGGAUUAAUUGUUAAACCACUCUGGGAAUUGUAGCUGAUGGGAGUUGUAGUCCACAACAUACAGAGGGCAUCACAUUGGCUACUUUGGGUGUAGAGAAUUUUGAGAGGUCAGACCUUUGUCUCUAUAUGACAAACCAUAUUAACCCCUCUCCUUUUUAGAAAUGAUAUAUCUCUUUGUAUCUCCCUGGGGUUCUUUGAGUGCUGGAUCAAUGUUUUAUCUACUGCUCAAAUGUCUGCCCAUUUUCAUUGAGUUCUGUUUGAAAAAUGAACCAACCAUAAUGUUUAGUUGAUUUAUAUAUGGCUUUUCUAUAACAUCCUUUGUUCAAGGGGCUCAAAUCGAUGUACGUAGGGUUGGAGAACCUGUGGCCCUUCCGCUGUAUUGGACUUCAAUUCCCAUCAGCCCCAGCCAACAUGGCUGAUGCUCAGGGAUGAUGGGAGUUGUGGUGGAACAGCUACUGAAGGGCACCAUGAUUCCCUGGCAUACAUGAUUCCCUCUAUUUUAGCCACACACAGCCUUGUAAGGUCAUUUAGGCUGAGAUAUGGUAAUUGGUCCAAAGUCACACAAUGGAUUUUGUAGCUAAAUGCAGAUUUCUCUAAAGUCAGUUCUAUUUAAGAGACUGAGAUUGGUACAGUGUAGGUCAAGAGCACAGAGUCCUAUUUCAACUCAGGACUGCAUUCCCUCAGUGCCCAGAAAUAAUUUAACUAAAAUCAGAGAAAUGAGAAUUCCAACUCAAAUGAAUAAUGUAAUAUUGAAACCAUGUCAUAUUAUAGCUAUGGAGACCACUUCCCUACUGAGGGUUCAUGUUCUGGGCUAAACAUCUAAGGUUAUUACUGGACAAUAUGGAUCUAAAUUUAGUUAAAAGGAUCUGAGAUAAUGGACAAUCCCAGAGAAUUCUUCUCACUUUUGAAACUAAAAGCAUUUUGACCAUCAUAGGAAUGAAAACUGAAUUGAUUGUGAAGGGGGUAUUUCCUAUUGGGCAUUUUGAAGACAUACCAGUUGGAUCUCUGCUGUCGGUCAGAAAAGGAGGUCUGCGUGGAAAAGCAUCCUGAAAUUCAACCUUAGCAGGUCACAGAUCUAGUCACAGAUCUUAUUCAUGGGGAUGAACAAUCAUAGCACUUCCCAAAAAGAACACUGAUAACCUACAAAAAUUGUAAUUUGGUCACUCAGUUAUUUGCAGAUGAAAGCAAGUCAGUCCCUAAGAAUUUAGCUAUGGAUUUGCCAAAUUGGUCAGAGCUAGCAGAAGAAGAUUUGAUCCAGCAAGUGAACAACAGGAUAUUAUAAGUAGAUUAACUAAGCUGCUGGAAAAGCUGGCAGAAUAGUCAUGCUAAAGUACAGGAAACAGUUGUAAAUCAGUCUUGACAAGAAGCUGUCACACCCAAAUGUACACGGAGGGGAGGGUUAUAUUCAAGCUCCUAGACGUAGAACUGCAAAUUCGGCCUUCUUUGGAAUAUUCUGGGCAAAGCAUAAACAUACAAUGCAAUUUCAAAUGACUGGCUGACCUAUCAAAUCCUAAACCCUCUAGAAUUAUGUAGUUCUUCACCACACAAUGAAUGGCAAAUGAAAUGGCAAAUAGUGGCACAAAUUAUUAGUUCGGAAAGCUCUCCUUUUUUUGUUCUUAAAAUUGUAUAGUGUAGGUGAAAGGUAGGGAGCUGUUUUCAGAAUCAGGGCAUCAUUCCUUCAUGGACAACCUCUUGAACAGGCAUAGGCAAACUCCAGCCCUCCAGAUGUUUGGGACUACAAUUCCCAUAAUCCCUGACCACUGGUCCUGUUAGCUAGGGAUGAUGGGAAUUGUAGUCCCAAACAUCUGGAGGACUGGAGUUUGCCUGUGCCUGCUCUUGAGAAUGAGUGGGUUUCACAUGGCUUUUGUACAGUAGGCUACAAUCCAGGCAUACACAUUUUUCCAUCUAUGCAAUGUUAUAAUUGUUCAAGGACACACUGCAGCCAGGCCAAAGCACCCAAGGUGGGCAUGGGGAUUGGAGCUGGUGGGCAGAGAUGCAGAGAUCCAAGGUUGCGGGAUGAGGGGUUGAAGAUCUGCUGCUACGUCUGCUGCAGUGUCCACAGCAUCCUAGAACCACUCAAUCAGCAUACAAGGGAACCCUUUAGCCACUGAGAAGAAGUCCUCUCGCCCUUUGUGCUGAUUUGUAGCCAAUCAGAGUGAACGGAGGCGAGUUCGCAACUGUGGAAGUUGGAAGAGACCACAAGGGCCAUCGAGUCCAACCCCCUGCCAAGCAGGAAACACCAUCAGAGCACUCCUGACAUAUGGUUGUCAAGCCUCUGCUUAAAGACCUCCAAAGAAGGAGACUCCACCACACUCCUUGGCAGCAAAUUCCACUGUCGAACAGCUCUUACUGUCAGGAAGUUCUUCCUAAUGUUUAGGUGGAAUCUUCUUUCUUGUAGUUUGGAUCCAUUGCUCCGUGUCCGCUUCUCUGGAGCAGCAGAAAACAAUCUUUCUCCCUCCUCUAUGUGACAUCCUUUUAUAUAUUUGAACAUGGCUAUCAUAUCACCCCUUAACCUCCUCUUCUCCAGGCUAAACAUGCCCAGGGAAUGGUGGGCAGGUUUAGUUAUUCACAAUGGAACUUAGAGGGAAACACAAAAGUCACUCUGCGAUAAGAUAUUGGAGCUCUCCAUGGAAUUUGUCCCUGUGCAUGUACAGAAAUAACCAGAUCUAGCUGAAUGGCCACACUUUGAGAUCUUCAUUGAUCAUGGCAAUGCGUUCCUAAUUAUUAGUAUUGUAUAAUUAAAAGAUUGUUGUAUAAUCUUAGAAGGGGGCAUGGCUGUGAGGGUGUGCAGCUGUGACUGUCAUGAAAGGGACCCUGAACUUCUAAAUUUGCCACUACACUAGUGCUGGUGAGUACAGAUGGCAUUCUGGGGUGGUAAGAGUCUCAAGAGUUAAGAUCUCAAGGUCUGAAGGCUGUGUUCAGCCAGUGAAUGCUCAUCUCUGGUCCAGGUACUUCUGUGCCAAGGCUCAACAACAGAAUCAUCAGUCCCGGAUUUACAUAUAAGCUAAACAAGCUGUAGCUUAGGGCCCCACUCUCUUGGGGGCCUCCAAAAAAUUUAAAGGAAAAAAACACCUGGAUGUACAUUUCCAAAAUAUAAGAUAAAAAACAAAUAAAAUAAAACCUACAUACAGUUUGAGCUUAAUAAUUAUUUCACUAUUAAUAUACUUCUUCUUAGUUAUAAUUCAGUUCAACAAUUACUUUGAUAAAAUACCUAUUUUGUUUUGUGAAAAUGACUUUAAAUACCUAUUAGGUUCAUAAAUUACCAUAUAGCAUAUACAGUGGUACCUCAGGUUACAUACGCUUCAGGUUACAGACUCUGCCAACCCAGAAAUAGUGCUUCAGGUUAAGAACUUUGCUUCAGGAUGAGAACAGAAAUCGUGGUCCGGUGGCGCGGCAGCAGCAGGAGGCCCCAUUAGCUAAAGUGGUGCUUCAGGUUAAGAACAGUUUCAGGUUAAGAACAGACCUCCGGAACGAAUUAAGUACUUAACCUGAGGUACCACUGUAUUUAACAUUAAAAACACCCACAAUUUGUUGUUGACAAAGGACAGCUGGACAUAUAAAGCACCACAUUACCUUCAGUAGUAUAGGGCCUCAUCAAACCUAAAUCCGGCCCUGAGCAUCAUACAGAUAAUUUUAACCCUGGAUUUUUCAAGCUGGUCUCUGACCGUAAUAAAUUUCAUGUUUCAACCCUAGAUUUCCAAAGGUUCUCAGUUUGCCCCUUUCUCCCUGUGGGCAACUUAGAGGGGCUUUUAUUGUAUCUUUCUGUGUGUUCUACAUAGCUCGUUUUCAGAAAGCAAUGACUUGUUUUGCGAUUAAGCAACCCAUCUGAUAAGAAAAUGGUAAACGGUAAACUCUUAACAAUGGCCACCCCAACAAAACCAGCAUGUGGUGAUGGUAGGAAAAUUAAGUUUAUUGGCAGGACAGUUUCACCCCCACUCUUUACCUAAAGAAUCAUCACUCGGUGGAAAGUCCUCCUGGCUCAUUGACUGUAUGACAGAAAAGAAUGGAUGCCUUUUCUGGAUUACUUAAAGAAAUACUAUAGUAUGUUGAACUCGUGAGCAGGAUUUGAGCUAUGAACAACAAAAUUAAUUAGAUUCUAAUUGGUUAUGAUUGAAUAGAUAGAAGAUAGGAUGCAGCAAAAGGGAAGAAACAACAUCUCCAUGGAAAAUGGGAUAGGAAGUUGAUGUCUACCCAAAUGAUGUCUACUCAGACGUAAGCCCUGCUCACUUCAGUGGGGCUUCCUCCUGGGUUAAGUGGGGUUGAGGAUCGCAGCCUUAAAACCAUAUUUGUAAACCUAUUUCCUUGUAACUGGAAAUGUAUCUUAUUUCGUCUUUACAACAUUUUAUUUGCUUUUCCUCGCUGUAAUGAACUGUGUUAGCCUUGGGGAUUCCCUGGAUAACAUUCUUCAGAAUGGCAGACUUGACACUGGCAAUUGGAUUUAAAGAGAGAUUCUUUUAAAACUUAAAAUCUGUAUAUAUAUUCAUUGGGGAAAGAGGUCACUGAGUGGUUCUUUCAACUUCUCAUCUGAGUCCUGAUUAUUUGUAAGGGUGUUUUCAAAAGUCUCAUCCUGACCUGCAGCACUUCUGGAAGUCUAUUUGGUUUGUCAGCUCAUUAAUUUUCAGGGCUUUAAAAAAAACCCCAAACCACCACUCCCAUCCUCUGAAGGGAGGGAAAAAGUAUUACUGUACUAGUUGUCAUGCUUAAAAAUUGAAACUCACAUAUGAACUCCUUCCAUGCGUGUUGUUAUGGAACUAUCCUUGCAAGUGUUGAUAGUGUGGUAACAUUCUCAUUGAUGUAAGCUGUUUUGAGCGUAAUGGUUUUGUGAUAAGCUGUUAUUACAAAGGGAUCAUAACCAUGGUGUUCUGAUAAGGAAUACAAUUGAAUGACUUUGCCAUUCCUUCAGUCUUCCUUUCCUCUUGGCAGGUUUGACUUCCCCAAAAACAUUAUUUUCUUCAGUAGCUGACUUUAAAUGGAACAUUACGCUUCCUGCUGUGUUCCUUAAGCUUUGCACAAUGAAAAUACGACAUUACACGGAUGGUCUUUGCAAAGAAGGGUUGCUUUUCCUUCCGUGAAAUUCCUGUUGCCGCCCUGGACUCCUUGGGGAGGAAGAAGGCAGGGUUUAAAUUUAAUGAAUAAAUAAGACAGGGAGUAUUCCAGUGAAAUAAGAAAAAGGAUGAGGUCAGUUGGGAUGUGCCCCCUGCUCCACAUGCUGUACAACACUUGGGUCUUAGGCAACCUUGGUUUUCAGAGGACAAAUGGGUUCUGAAGUACUGUACUUUUUAAGUGCAGGGGAGAGGAAGCCAUCUUAACUGCAUGUAGGACAAAUUUCAUCAAGGAAAUAAGUUUUGAAACGUCUUUCCAUGCCCAAUAGUUCUUGCAGGACCCUAACGAAACAGAGCUGUUGUUAAAUCAGCAGACCUGGAGGUAAAUUCGGAAACGACGGUAGAUACAGAGUCCUUUUGGGUUACAUUGCCCUACAGUAACUAAUAUGAAGUGGAGCAGGUGUGGGGAACUUGGGCCCCCAGAUAUUGAUGAACUGCAACUCCCAUCAGUCCCAGAAAGCAUGGCCAAUGGGCAGUUCUGAUGGGACUUGUAGUCCAGUAACAUCUGAAGGGCCGGUGGUUCCCUCACACUUGGUGUUGGGAGUGUGAAGCAGAUCAUUGGUCUGUUUAGCUCAGGCUUCCUCAACCUCGGCCCUCCAGAUGUUUUUUGGCCUACAACUCCCAUGAUCCCUAGCUAGCAGGACCAGUGGUCAGGGAUGAUGGGAACUGUAGUCUCAAAACAUCUGGAGGGCCAAGGUUGAGGAAGCCUGGUUUAGCUCUACACUGAUUGGUCUCAACUCUCCGGGGUUUCAGACAGGAGCUUUUCUCAGCCUUACCUGAAUAUGCCAAAGAUAGAACCUGGGCCUAUUUACAUGCAAGGUCUGCGCUCCGCUAGUAAUUGUGUCCUCCGAGGUAUUCCUCAACGUGUUGGAUCUCUGUGAUUCUCACACAAAGGACCUUCAUCUUCUGUGGAACUUACCCUCUGGGUGGAAAAAUAUGCUGUGCUUCAAAGAAGCUGUGCAGAACAAAGAGAAUAAUAUCAGCUUCUAAACUAUAAUUUUUGCCCUCUGGAAGUACACAGAAAAGUUACUAGGAAAGUAGCACAUAACAAUUAAUACUUUUUUGUAUCGGUACAUAAGUAAUGUUAAUUCGUGACUUAUUUUCCGUAGGAACUUAACUGUGUCCUUAAAUCAAUGACCCUGAUUAUUUUUCAAGGCCAACUUUGGAAUUUGGUGACUCUACCAGCUUCUUAUAAAAAGCAGCUAAAAAUAAGGGAAGAAGAUCCACAGGUAACAUAGUGUACACAAGUGGUACUCACUGAGAAAACCAGUGAUGGCUCAAAAGCUUCCCUGCUUCUAAGUUUUCCUUGGAACGAGCAGGUGAAUGCUGAGUCCUCUCUAGUGCACUGAUGCUCAUUGUGAAUUGAACAUCUCUAUUAAAGCAUGCCCCAGAAUCCCAAUCGUACAGACAACUCAGUAGCUCAUUUCAGAUGUACUUACCAGUCCAAUAAACUGGUUUAUUAUAUCAAGAUCAAAUGCUGUGUCUGCACACACCUCCUUUCAUUAGUGGAAAACUUUUGCAGUUCAUUAACUGAGUUUCCUGUUGCAUUUGAACCAGGAAACUGUGGUUUGAUUUCUUACUAUAAAUCAGGGUAUUAAACCAUUUUUCUGAUUCAGCCGUAAUGAGAAACUGGCUUAACAAAUGGUCUGUUUUUCUGUUAAGUAUGUGAGAGAAGGGAGGGGGAUGAUGGAGUGUGUGGACACAAUGCUUGAUUUUGGUCCAGUAAACUGUGGUUUAUUAUACAGAGUUCAUGAUGACUGAGCCAGUCUGAUGCGGAAAGUGAUUUGUGAAAGUGGAAAGCUGGGAAAUUAGGAGCACGUCACUCACAGUUGUUUUGUCUUGCAUGUAGAAAACAAGCGGGAGCUGAAGCCUUUUCAAAACAGUCACUCAUUGCACUCAGAUCCAGGUAAAUGAUAAAGAAUUAGAUUGUUCGACUGUCUCUCCCAUCUUAGAUGAUGUAUGUAUCUGCCACCUGGGGCUUGUGAAAUGGUAAUACAUUAUUGCUUGUAAUGCAUUUGCGAUACUUAGAUGGAAAGUGCUAUUGAAGAGCAUAUUAUUGCAUUGCCCACAUUCCCAAGAGGCAAAGUUUAGAAAUAGAAGUCGAAUUUCCUGGCUUAUAUUGCCUCCUGCUAGGCGCUCGUCAUUCAAAGAAGCCUUGUCCAAGAUAGCUUUUUAAUGACCCAGCCAUCAAUAGCAAUCUUUUUGCUGCUUGCUAGUUUAACUUGUUUCCAUCCUGGAGAUGGUUUCAGAAUGGGAACACAUUGAUUUCCACCUUCCUUGCUUUCAGUCUUGGCGUCUGAGAACUUUUCUUGCUCCUGACACCUGUCCUAUUAUAAUAAGGAGCAGCAGCGGCUUUUUGUUGGUGUAAUUGAACAGUUCGAAAAAUUACAUAGCCUCACACACGACCUGGAAAACUUAAAUAGACUUUCUUUUCCUUUCUUUGCUGGUGCUUGUGGUAGCAGAUGUGCUUGCUUUGGGGCUGUCUGAAGUACAAAUUGUUGGCAGGAAUGGGGAGCCUUUGACCCUCAGGAAGUUGCCGAACUACAACUCCCAUCAGCCUUAGGAAGCAUGGCCAAUGGCUAGGGGUAAUGAAAAUUGUUGUUCAUCAACAUCUGGUGGACUGUUGUUGUUGUUUAGUCAUUUAGUCGUGUCCGACUCUUUGUGACCCCAUGGACCAGAGCACGCCAGGCACUCCUGUCUUCCACUGCCUCCCGCAGUUUGGUCAAACUCAUGCUGGUAGCAUCGAGAACACUGUCCAACCAUCUCGUCCUCUGUCGUCCCCUUCUCCUGGUGCCCCCCCAAUCUUUCCCAACAUCAGGGUCUUUACCAGGGAGUCUUCUCUUCUCAUGAGGUAGCCAAAGUAUUGGAGCCUCAGCUUCAUGAUCUGUCCUUCCAGUGAGCACUCAGGGCUAAUUUCCUUCAGAAUGGAUAGGUUUGAUCUUCUUGCAGUCCAUGGGACUCUCCAGAGUCUCCUCCAGCACCAUAAUUCAAAAGCAUCAAUUCUUCGGCGAUCAGCCUUCUUUAUGGUGCAGCUCUCAUUUCCAUACAUCACUACUGGGAAAACCAUAACUUUAACUAUACGGACUUUUGUUGGCAAUGUGAUGUCUCUGCUUUUUAAGAUACUGUCUAGGUUUGUCAUUGCUUUUCUCCCAAGAAGCAGGCGUCUUCUAAUUUCGUGGCUGCUGUGGACUAAAGUCUGGUGGACUAAAGGUUAACAAACUAGCAAUUACUUCUUCCCUGAGAAGAUUUUGAUAAUUAUUUCAGAGAUAUAUUCACAUGUAGCGCUAAGCCAAUGCAUGGCUUAGCAAGAAUGAACAAGUGUUCGGUGAACCCAGAUGGAAAAUCAUAUCUGCUUCGCUCCUCCUCUUGUUCUGCUGCUUCUGUGCUUCUGCAGCUAUAACUUGCCUUAUCAGAGUUAUAAGCCACCACAGGCCUGUGGUUUGUUUCCUGCAGAGAACAAACCUUAUGUUACAGCUUUUGGGUUUUUGUCGGGUAGGGAUGGGCUAAACUGUCAGUUUCUGUUUGUCUCGUUCCCUUUCUCCCAUGUUAAUUUCAGUUCCCCACAUUUGUACAUCAGUUUGCAUUAAACAACAACAACCAAAAAAGACAACCUUCGACAAUUCACCAGCAUUUUAGUGCAAAUUUCUCCAAUAUUCAGCUGUUUGUAUGCAAUUUUGCCUAAUGAACACAUUUUUUGCAAUAAUAUUCUCUAACAUAAUGCAUUUUUGUAUGUAAUUUUCACUAAUAUAUAUGCAUUUUUAGGCAUACUUUAUACCCAUUUUUGUACCUUGCAAAAUUUGUGAAUUUUGAAGGAAGGCUGUGUUUGGUUUGUGUCUUAUUUUGGAAAAUGAAUGUUAUGUAUGUUUGCCCUCAACGUGAACUGAAUCCCAUCCCUAGUUAGGAGUGAGUCAUAUGGAGGUGAGAGGCAGUGUGGUGCAGCGGUUAGUGUGUUGGACUAUGACCUGGGAGACCAGAGUUCAAGUCCCCACACAGCCAUGAAGCUCACUGGGUGACCUUGGGCCAGUCAUUGCCUCUCAGCCUAACCUACCUCACAGGGUUGUUGUGGCAAUUAAAUGAGGAAGGAAAAAACCAUGCAUACCACUUUGAGCUCCCUGGAGAAAAAGUGGGAUAUAAAUGCAAUAAUAUUUCAGUCUGCGACCGAAAUAAAGUUUGAUACUGAUACUGAAGUAAGCAAGUGAGUGAGCUUAUUUGGCUAAGUGGUCAGAAGGCUAGGCUGCAUAAGGGCUAUGAAAAGGAGCAACUCCUAGCUGCAGGCUGUCUGGGGUCAGAGAGAGUCCUGGAUAGAGGCUUGAGCCUUUCAGUCAGGCCAGGAAGGAGGAGAUCCCAGUGUCUUAACUGGGCUUUCAUUCUGAGACCCACUGCUGCAGCUCUCAGGAGUGGGCAGAUCUCAAGUGUGCAAAGGAUCUAUUUUUGUUGACAUGGCAUACUUGGAGUCUUAAGAUCACCAAAGGGACUCAGUAUAAAACGGUGUGCUUUGGGGGAGAGAAGGGGUGAUCAUAGCCUAGGAACAGGGUACCUUUUUGUUCUCAGUAGCAGAACUGAAUUUCACAGUUCUCUCUUGCAGAAAAGCCACUCCUGGCUCUCUUGUUUCUAGAAGACUAAUUUAAUGUGGCUGUUGCUGCUUUUAAGCAAGUGUAAGUCAAGAAAAGCGGGCGCGGGUGGCGCUGUGGUGAAAACCACUGAGCCUUGGGCUUGCCGAUUGGAAGGUUGGCGGCUCGAAUUCCCACGAUGGGGUGAGCUCCCAUUGCUGGGUCCCUGCUCCUGCCAACCUAGCAGUUCGAAAGCACGUCAAAGUGCUCCGGCGGGAAGGUAAACGGCAUUUCUGUGUGCUGCUCUGGUUCGCCAGAAGCAGCUUAGUCAUGCUGACCACAUGACCCGGAAGCUGUACGCCGGCUCCCUCGGCCAAUAAAGCGAGAUGAGCGCCGCAACCCCAGAGGCGUUCCCGACUGGACUUAACUGUCAGGCAUCCUUUACCUUUACCUUUAAGUCAAGAAAAACUCCAUCUGCUACAAAUUCCCCAGAGAUCUGAAAGCCAGUCUUGUUUCUGCCUUCCCCUGAUAUAGCUGUGAAGUAAUGCAAUGUAGCUAUUGUGGGAGAUCCCCUUGGUCAUCAUGACAGCUUUCUGUUUCAGAGAAGGAAACCCAGGUUCUCAUCCUGACAAAGGCUUUUUAGUUCUGUCCAGCUACCCUAAGGAGUGCUAGACUGUGAUCUCUCCAGCUCUAGCACUGAGUCUGACAUAAUGCUUGGAAGGAAGCGGUCUCUCUCCUCUUGGGAGUGAAACUCAAAGCUGUUUUGCUCUUUUCCGUAUCUGGUGAGACCUGCCAGAUCCCUUGAUCUGUGUCCAGCUCCAGGCAGGAGAGAGGAGUACUCCCUAGCACUUUCAAACACUUGCAUCCUUAUAUGCAGGCAGAGAAUGUUAGAUACCCAGCUAGGGAGGGAUGGCCAUUGGCCAUGGCAGUGUCAUCACCGGGAGUGUGAAGUUUUUGCUGCAUUUAACCGCCCAGCAAGCAAGUUUUGCAGGAGGAGGCUCAGCAAAAACUUAGGCAUGUGUUUAUGCAAAAACCUGAAGCUAUGAGCAGAGAUUCCAAGGAGCUUGGUUUGUGCAGGUUUCCUCUGGGAGGUAUAGCCAGAAAAUCUGCUUAGUUUAAGAAAUUGUGUGAUGGUUGAUUGCAUUCCUGGAUUUGCCCACCCUCCCAACACACAAACACAAACACACGCCCCUUUCUCAGAAAUACUGGCUCUAAUGAAGGUAUAAACUGACAUCCUGCUCUUCCAAGAACCACUUCCUUUGGUUUCUUUUUUUAACAUUACAAUGUUCUUAAAUUCCAGUGACUGCCAACAAGUUUCUCACACAGUGGUUACAGUUAGUGCCACCUUCUGGCAUGAAACCUGAGGUGUAUAACUGGCGCAAGAGGCUAAAUGCGGUGUGUGUGUGUGUGUGUGUGUGUGUGUGUUUAAAGACUAGAUUGGAGAGGAUCAAUAGGUAAAAACAAUCAGUGGGAGUGUUGUAGCAGUAGAUUCUCCAAUCGGCAUCAACAAUAUUUGCAACCAGUGAGGCUGAAAAGUUUGGUUGCUGUUAAUGAAGCUCUUUCUAGAUAGUCAGUGGUGUGGUUGUGGCUAGAUUUCACCUUGAGAUGUUUUUGUUUCAUUCCUUAUUUGGGGCAUGGUAGGUAGGGAGGAGGCAGUUGCAUGUACUUUGGCAGUUCAGCUUUCUUCAAGCAUGCAAAUAAUUUUGUGGUUUAGCUGAGGAGGGCUAGGCACUGUUUCAACGCCAUUCAAACCCUCUAAGGGAGAUCUCUCAACCCUCUGCAUGUCUAACUAAUCCCAGAGGAGAUGAGAAUCUGAAAAUGGUGCUUGGGAGGGAUCCUAAACUAGAGUUUUCCCAACAAUGGAGGGUCGGGAGAGGGCUGGUAGAUCUGCUUCUUCUCCCCUCCAUUUCGGGGGGCGGGGCAAUCUUCAGGCCCCACAUCUAUUCCUUCUUCUUCUACUAACCAGGAUUUAUUUUGGGCCAGCCAGAAGACAGCUUUAAUACCUCAUUGUUUAGUGUGACUUUUCUGAAACAUUUGGCUUUGUUAGUAGUUGGGACUUUUUUGGGGGGGUGGGGAGAGAAUCAAUUGAUGCAAUUGUCUUGGAUGAUCACCUUAAUGACUCACCUGCCACUAUUCUUGAAUGUGGUAAAUGUCAGGUGCAGUGUAGCCAAGUCUCAGCACAACAGCCCUCUAACACAUUUUAUUUAUUUAUUUUGUAAAUUGAGUCCUUGUGGAAAAUGAGCAAGUUCCUCUUUCCAGCCAAUUCAUGCACGUAUGGGUCCAAAUUGAUUUUGCAUGAAAAUAAAGAUGCGUUCAGGGUGGUUCUGAGCCAACAGGGGACUGAUAAAUGCCCUGAAAUUUCCAGGACACAUGGGACAAUGCUCUCUUUAUCUUCUUCUUCCUUGCGGCAGCUGGUUUUUAUCUUACGCUUUUCAGUUUUGUACACCAGGGCUUGGGGUGAUGAGGGAGGGAAGUAAACCUAGCACCUUCACCUCUGCAGAGCUGUUAAGCAUAGAGUGCUCUGCAGCUGCAGUUUCUCCUCCAAAAAGAAAGCAUUGCAUGAGAGGCUAGGGUGAGUGCUUGGUGGUGUACUGUGUGGUGUAGUGGUUAGAGUGUCAAAGUAAGUCCUGGGAAACCCAGGUUCAGAUCAUUCCUUCAACUAUGAACCUCUCUCUCUCUAUAUAUAUAUAUAUUGGGGGACGGAUGAUGACAAUGAACUGAACACCCCCCUCCCCCUUUCCUCAACAUAGAGGCAUAGUUCAGAUGCAAACAGUAAAGUUCAUACAAGCCCUGAAGUGGAAAGAGGCUGAAAGUUGCUAAUAUGAACAUGAAGGAAAAUGUUAGCAGAACCAUAUGGUAUGGAAUGUGCCAGGUACAAUUUGUCCUGUGGAAUCGUUGUUCUCUGCUGGAUGAAUGGCCACCUGCCAUGAACGUAUUUAUUAUUAUUAUUAUUGCCCUUUAGUUGCAAAACGUUUUUGUCAGCUUAUCAGAAAGUGCUACGUCUCAAAUAGCCUGAUAUCACUUUCGUACAUUUGAACUCUUUGCUUCUUUCCAAUUUUUAAGUAGCCAAUUAAAUGUUUGUAUAAAACAACUCUUGGCUGUCUCCACUGAAUGUACUCAACAAUGCCGUUUGGGGUUUUUUCUUUCUUUACAGGUUUCCCCAAUGUUUUUGUUCCCCAAAACAUCUCAUCCCAGAACUGGGCAACUCUGAGAUAGUCCCACCACAUGUGUGUGAAGGGACCUACAGAUCCCUUCCAGCAAGCUUCAGUUUGUAAAGGAUGCUAAGAGUUGCUAGGAGACCCCCCUGUUCCCAUCCCAGAGUGGCUUAACAGUCAAUCCCUCUUCUCAGGGAACUCUGGGAAUUGUUGCUCUGUGAGGGGAAUCGAGAUCUCCUAAGAACUCCCAACACCAUUCAGAAACUAUAGUUCCCAAGAUUCCUUGAGGGAAGCCAUGUUUGUUUAAAGUGGUAUGAUAACUGCUUUAAAUGCAUAGUGCAGUUGGGGCCUAACCUAACUUUCAGGGUUAUUGUGAGGCGAAAAGAAUUCCUUUGUGACUUAGGCAUGGCUGAGAUGCGGAAGGAGAGCUUGACACAUCAUUCUGAGCUGCUUAACUUACUAAAUGCACUAAACGCACUAGCGUACCAAAUGCACUAAAUAAAUACAGUUUAAAUUAAAUGAAUAUAAAAAAUAAAUGCCCUGCCCAUCCUGCAUGGGGAGGGAGAAUAUGCAAACUCAGGUGUUCACAGGCUGCUGCUUCCCGUAAUGGUGAGAGAGAUCCUGCUAAAUCCAUUUGGAUAUUAUUUGGCUAGAGAAGCUCAAAUGCUUUUAUUUUUCCCUUCUUCUUUCCUGAUUCCUGAUUAAAAUCGACCCAGUCCUGGAAAAAUUCAAGGACUUACUGGGAAUGUCAUUCAUGUAUAAUUGUAGAGUUGGAAGGGACCACAGGGGUCAUCUAGUCCAACCGCUGCAGUUCAGCAGUCUUUUGCCCAGUGUGGGACUUGAACCCGUGUCCCUGAGAUUAAGAGUUUCAUGCGUACUGACUGAGGAAGUCCAUUGUCUAGUGCAGGAUUCUCUGCAUGCUGAUUCCUAAGGAUAUGUAAAUAGGGAAACAAAAAUAAAAGGACAUUUUUAAAAAAAAUAUUUGGCUCUAAAGCAAAAAGAAACUGUAUCUCCUUUGGCCCCGCUUGCAAUGUUUUGCAAGAAGUUUUCCUUUUGCUGGAGUCUUACAAAGCCAUGAAAAAUUAUUGUGAAUUGUACUCUGAAAUGGUUGUUUUUAUGCAGGAAGAGGUUUUCUUUUUUACAUUUUUUUUUGUUGUUGUUAUUUUUAAAAAAGCAUUUCUUCCCUUUCCUCUCUAAAGCUGUCAUUUUAACUUGAGCUCAUCAUAUUGGUAUUCUGCUCUCUCUAUGGGUGAGGCUAUUGCACCAUAAUUAUUAACAUCUGUAGCUUUCAUUUGGACGUUGUUCUUGCACAGCCGUUCUCUUUGAAGGCAUCCUCCUUACACUCAAAAUAUUAAGGUCCACUGGUUUUGUUGUGCGAAUUGAUCAGAUCUCUUUGGGCUGGGCGGGUGGUUCAGAUAAACCAGCGUGCUCGUCGUGCUUGUCUUGAGGCGUGUGCUUGUGUGAGUAUUCCUUUUUUUCUCAGCACUUAUCCAGACACAUCCGAGACAACAUUGGCUCUCAGCGGCUGCCUAAUACACCAUAAAACAAUUUGUCCAGUCAUGUAUACAGACCCUUCAAGUGACCCUAUUUUCCAGGGUCAGUCCUGGAUUUACAGAAGCCGUCCCAGUUUCUGAUUUGAUCCCGGAACAUCCCCUUUUUCCUUGGGACAUCCCUGUUUUCAUUGGAGAAAUGUUGGAAGGGAUGGAGUUAUGCAGUCCCUGAGCCAAGGAGAUAAGUAACUAUGCAACCUUUUAGAAGGCAUCUGUAUAGGGAAGUUUUUAAUGUUUAAUAUUUUAUUAUGUUUUUCAAUAUGUUGGAAGCUGCAUACACACAUGCAUAAAUUGAUGGAUGAAUGGAUGGAAUGUUGUUGUUGUUGUUUAGUUGUUUAGUCGUGUCCGACUCUUCGUGACCCCAUGGACCAGAGCACGCCAGGCACUCCUGUCUUCCACUGCCUCCCGCAGUUUGGUCAGACUCAUGUUGGUAGCUUCGAGAACACUGUCCAACCAUCUCGUCCUCUGUCGUCCCCUUCUCCUUGUGCCCUCCAUCUUUCCCAGCAUCAGGGUCUUUUCCAGGGAGUCUUCUCUUCUCAUGAGGUGGCCAAAGUAUUGGAGCCUCAGCUUCAGGAUCUGUCCUUCCAGUGAGCACUCAGGGCUGAUUUCCUUAAAAAUGGAUACGUUUGAUCUUCUUGCAGUCCAUGGGACUCUCAAGAGUCUCCUCCAGAAUGGAUGGAAUAGCACGUCCCUAUUUUCAUUGGAGAAAUGUUGUAUACUUCCAGGUUUCAUCGCAUGCGCAGAAGUGCUCAAUCACGCUGCGUGCGUGCACAGAAGUGGCGCUUCUGCCUUCAGACUUUUUGGGUUGUGGACGGACCCCCAGAAUGAAUUAAAUUCGUAUCUGGAGGGACCACUGUAUAGCUCUGCUUGUUUCUCCUUGUUGUUUGCUGCUGUUCUACUCUGUUGUCCUUGGUGGUUCUGCGGUUUUAUUUUAUUAUUUUAAUGCAAAUUGUUUCUAAUCCUGACAUUCUUGUAACCUGCCCUGGGAACGUUUGGUGGAAGGGUGGACUGUAAGUGCCAAUAUAAUAAAGUGUAAGAGAAAGUUGACAGAAUCUUCCGUGUACUUGGGAAUUUAUUAGGUGUACUCUAUCGUCCUUUUUACCAGCAUGUAGAGAUCUGAAGUGGCCUCCCACAGUCUCUCUCUUGACUGACUGUCUUUCUCCUUCGUCAGCGCUCAUGGUGUCCUAAUCUAACCCCGGUUGCAACAGGAUCAGCAAGGAGGAGAAUAACCCUCUCUGUGGUGUGUGAGUGUGUGUGUAAGGCAUCAGGGGAAACUGUAAAAACAAUGACAUCAAGGCUAUAGUUUUCCAUAGACUCUCAACCCCAAGGCUUAUAACGUCAUUAUAGUAGUGCUUAUUGGCCCGCCAGCUAAUCCCACGCCUUAGCUGGGUAGCAGCAGAUAGCAUUAAAUAUAGGCCACAGAAUCAUGUCAAAGACUUUGCACCAGCCGCAUGAGCACACGAGUGCAUUUUCUGCAGAUUGCGCUUUCUAAUCUUACAGGGCAGGCAGAAUGGAGUGGAGGAAGGGAGGCGAGGAGAGAGAGAAAAAUGCCGACCUGCAUGCAAAGCUACCUAAGGAAGUUCAACGGCCACUUUGCCAAAUGGACUGGAGACCGCGGGAGGAGAAUAGCUGUGGCAUCUUUUACCGGGGUGGCAGCACAGUAAUCGCUGUAGCAGCAAGCGAGGGGCUGGCAGGGUUCAGAAACUGCGGUGACGGAUGCUGCGGCAAGGCCCAAGGCGGUUUCCCUUUAUUCGAGCAAAUAGUCAGAAACCAAGGUUGCCCCAUAAAUAGAUGCUUCUUCCUGAAUGGCAUCAUAGCUUUCCUGCUAGUGCUGAAGCCACAGGUGUGUGUCACCACAGCAGGCAAAAAACUAGUGUUCUGUGGUUAUCACUUGGGAUAUUUCCGAACAGAGCUGGUGGUGUUAGAUUCAGUAUGCACAUCGGAAAAACUGGCUGGGUGUUUGUGUGGUUUGAGCUUUCUCAGGUUCAACUCUUGAAACUUUUAAAAUAAUAAUAAUAAUAAUAAUAAUUAUUAUUAUUAUUAUUAUUAUUAUUAUUAUUAUUUUGAGCUUUGUUGCCUAGUGGGCAUAGCUUGCUUACCAGAGACACCUAGCCCUGAUAACUCUUGUUGGAGGUAGCCGUGAGGCAGGUGAGGCAGGUACCCCAUGGACAUAGUGGAGGUUUUUUUUGUGUGGAGGGAGGAUGAGGGGCAAAGACUUUAAAAGGCAGCAGAGCUAGUGUCACACAGACAUAAGUUUAGUGAAGGGAUGGAGAACCUCAGGCCCUCAAAGCCUUCUGCCUGGCCCUCAGGACUCUCUCCAGACCACUCUUCUCCCCAGCCCUUCCUCCAUGGCCUCCUUGAGUGCUUCUGCCACACCUAGAUGCGUCCUUGAACUCUGAUAUUGCCUCUUGCUUGGCAGGAUGGAGAGAUGGAUACAGAAGCCUUUGGCUUUUGUGUGACUGGAAUAUAGCCCAGUUUACAAAAGGUCAAGAGUUGCAUCUGUUUCUCUUCCUACUUUUGCUUCUGGCCUACGGACACUUUCACCACUAGCAUGUGGUCCUCAGAAGAUGGACUGUGAAGAGAUGUGGUCCUUGAACCAAGAAUGGUUCCUCACCCCUUGCUGAGUGGAUUGAGUGAGAGAUAUGACAGUGCGGUGUAGUGGUAAGAGAGCUUGACUAGGGCUUGAGAGACCAGGGUUCAAAUCUCCACUUGGUCUUUAAGCUCAGUGGAUGAACUUUGGCCAGCCGCUGCCUCUCAGCAUAACCUACCUCAUAGGGGUUGUUGUUGGGAGAAUGGAUGAGGGGGAGAACGAUAUAUAUGCUACCUUGAGAGCCUUAGAAAAAAAGGUGUGAUAUAAAUGCAAUCAAUCAAUCAAUCAGAAAGAACAAAGCCUGAGGAAAAGCUGCUUAAAUCUCCAUUCAUCCAUGAACAUUACCUGGUGAUCUUGACUUAAGUGUCACUUUUACCUCACAGGCCUGCUUUGUUGUUUUAUUAGGAAUAUUUAUAGACCACUAAACAUUAAAAUAUAAAUAGAGGUGCAGAGCGGGUGCGCGCGCACACGCGCACACACACACACACACACACACACACAUUCUUUUUUAAAAAAAUUAAAAUCAGAUACUGCCCAUGAGUAAACUCAUCUUUCUGGGGAAACCUCAGAUUUUUAUUUUUAAAAAAGCUUUCAAUAAAAUGUGUACAAUGCUGGGGACUGCCUAAGGCCCCAUCUACAGCAUAAAGUUAAAACAGUUUGAUACGGCUUUAAAGAGGCUUUGCUUUCCCCAAAGAAUCCUUGGAAUUAUAAUUUGUUAAGGGCGCUGAGAGUUAUUAGGAGACCCCUAUUCCUCUCAUAGAGCUACGAUUCCAAGAGUUCCCUGAGCAGUGAGUUCCACAAGGCAGGUGACAGUAGUCUGAGCUGCCGUGGAAUAAAUCUUCAGUUCAUUUUGCACCACAAGGAGAUGACUCCGGUGCAUGGACAAGGGGUGUGAAGGAAGAGAGUUUGAUAAUUUUGGGUUUUGAUAGGAUGGGGUUAAUUGCUUUUUUGUAUGUGUGAAAAUCUAAAGGUCAGUUCAUUGGCACUGCAGAGUCUGAGGAAGGGAAAAAACGUUUUAGCUUUGAUGCUUUUUUCAGUUUUGCAGAAAGAGCUCGGCAGAAGGAAUGCUGGAGAGAAGCUUGAAUGUCUGGGAACCCUGAAAACUCUUGACACUAAGAUGUCGCUGGGAAGAACUUGAAUAAGUUGCAGUAUAGGUAGGAAUAGCUGUAUGCCGUCAACCUUCUUAUUUUCUUAUCCUUUUGCUCUUUCGUUUUGGGUGUAACUUAUUCAGAUGUUAAAACUCUGCCCCCCUCUCUGCCGUGAUAAUACUUUUCCAGUAAACACUUUAAAUUGUUUCAGCGUUAUGACCUUUUUGUGUGGUUUACGCACCACACACCUGAAAGCCAACCCUCACAGUGGCUGAAGAUUCUUUUUAAGAGAGCCGGAAGGUUUGGGGCUCUUUGGUGGAGCCCACUAGGGCCAGGUGGAGAGAGUGAGACUUCCAGGUGUCAACGGAAACACCAUGGGUGUGAGGUGUGGAAAAGGGCAGUUAGGACUGGGACACUCGGUCGUGAGAGGGGGAGGACCAGGUACAUCACACCUCGUGCUCCUGAGAAGAAAGGCAAACAUAUGUCAAAUGAAUAAAUAAAACCUAAAGAAUUAAUUCACUUCUGAAAUAAAUGCAUGUGGAGAGGUCAUUGGGACCCUCCCUGGCCUAGUCAAACGCAUAAUGUUUCUUCCUUGUGGAUAUACACAUGUGCACACAAAAAAUGAUGGGUGUGGAUAUGUUUGUUUAGCACUGGGGUGGGACCAUAGCUCAGCUGAAGGCCACAUGCAUUCAAACCACCCCAGGUUCAGUAAUAGACAUUCAUGUAUCUAUUUAGAAAACUAGUUAAUCUCUCGGUCAGCAAGGGCCUCUGGGUGGGUGAGACGGAACUCAAGCAGUAUACAAUUAGAACAUUAAAUAAGCCAAUCAAUUCAAUUUUGUGCCUAAAAAACCAGCACAGACAGCAUUUUAAACCCAGUAAUCUUUUUGCAAAGGCAAAAUGUCAUUCUAAAUGCCUGGGGAAAUGAAAAGGUCUCUCUACCUGGCGUUGAAAGGCUCUUAAUGUAAGUGCCAUUUGAGCCUCAGUGCACCCCAUAAUCAAGUUGCCUAUACUGAAAAGGCCCUCUCUGUAGUACCCGUAUGACAAAUUGAUGGAAUGUAAGAGCUAUCAGUAGCUACUGACUGUGAUUACUUCCUGUUGUACGCCUCUGAAUACCACAAGGUUUCCCAAACAUGGGUCUCCUGCUGUUUUUGGAUUACAACUCCCAUCAUCCCUAGCUAUCAGGACCAGUGGUCAGGGAUGAUGGGAAUUGUAGUCCAAAAACAGCUGAAGACCCAAAUUUGGGAAACCCUGGAAUACCAGUUUCUGGGAAUUCAAAUGGGGAGAUUGCUGUUGUACUCAUGUCCUGCUUGUGGACUGCCCAGGAACAUCUGGCUGGCCACUGGGAGAAGAAGAUGCUAGAGUGGAUGCCCCUGACCUGAACCAGCAGCAUUCUUCUGCUUGUAUGUACCGUAUCUGUUUAGGUGGAGAAGACUUGGAGAAGAUCCAGAUAGGGCUUGGAAAGCCUCCUGCCAGUCAGUGUAGACAACGUUGAGCUUGAUGGGCCAGUGGGCUGACUUGACUUAAACGGAACUUGCACCUCGAAUGUUGACUUUGACUGCCCAAGAAGAGCUGUGCAUUAGCAGAGCCCAAGGGAGGAUAUUAAAGGGAUAUAAAUAAACAGAUGCAACUCAGAACUGUCUCUCAUGGCCUGGCUGUGGGCUGGCCAGAAGUGACAAGACAAAGCAGCCCUUUCUGUGGCUUCAUCAGGCACCCUUCUCUCCUUGCUGUGGAAAACAGUAUGUAAAUAGACAGUGAUUUGUCCAGGCGUAGAAAGGGAAUCCCAUGAACGGCAAAUAAAGGGCCUUAUCCAACUAACUUCUACUCAGAACAGACCCAUUGAAAUUAAUGCACCCAUCUAUUACUUUUAGUAGGUCUACUCUGGCAUUAGAUACACCCUAGUUUCUCUCCUCCAGUGUCAUCAUCGCUGAUUGUGGCUGGUGCAAGGUUAGGAAGCAAAUGUUACUCGAGAACACCCUGCAGUUGUUUUUGGACUGCAACUCCUUUCAACUCCAGCCAACUUGGCCACACUGAACAGGAACUGAUGGGAGUUCCAGUCAGAUACAGAUUCUUUUUACACAGUCAAAAAUCUUUAAAAAACCCACACCCCUAAAACCAGCAACUGUACAAGUGAAAUAUCACAACAUGCAAAAUACCUGAAAGUGGGUUGUAAUAUAUAAAUGAUAUAAAAUAUCAGGAAUAUAAAAAGCAUGCCUAAAAUUAGAUAAACAAUAGGAUACCAUAAAAUAUGAAAGUUAAGAGUGAGUUGGGGGAUGAACGGACGGACACAACCAGAUUAGAAAUUGUAAUUAAUGUAUGAGAACAGGAUAUGUUUAGUUGGGGGGAGAUUUCCUUUUGUGCUUUUGCAGUCCAAAAGACAAAUCUAGCAAUUGUCUCUGCUAAUAAUUUAGCAGAAACAUAGCAGUGCAAGACAGAUCUUUGGUGGGAAGAGGUAAUUCAAAUCAUAGAGCUGGCAGGGACCCUGAGGAUCAUCUAGUCCAACCCCCUGCAGUGCAGGACUAUGCCGCUGUGGGGAUCAAACCUGCAACAUUGGCAUUUUCAGCACCACAGUCUAACCAACUGAGCUAUUUGUUCAAAUCUGUGAAAAAGUAGGCAAGAUACUAUUCAGAAGUCCUAGCUGGAAAUUUUGAAAUUUCCACUCUAAAACAGGGGUGAGGAACUUGAUUUGUUUGCCAGGCUGGAUCCUUAUUUCCCCCACCGCCUUGCCAGGCAAGGUUUGAUGGAUGGGUUGUCAGGGCUUGCAUAGAAGCCCCAACCAUCAGCUGAUCAUUGAUGCCUUGCACUGCUCUCUGCAACCCUGAAGACCGCGCUGUGCAUGGAAGCUCUCAUGAUCAGCUGAAACAUCUGGAGGACAUUGAGUUGGGAAAGGCUGCCCAAGAUCUUUGGUUAGUGCUCUCCUUGUGCACAUUGACUAUUGAUACAUGCAGUUAAAUGGGCAUUUAUUACAUUCAGAGGUGACAGUUCCUCCUGUGUUCAUAAGGGCUUGUUGUGGGUUGGUAAGACUAUUUUCCAUAUCUCAUAAUAGCUUUGCUGUCCCUGGUUGGACACAGCCACUGCUUGUUUGCCUGUGAAGUGUUAGAUAGAAUCACAUCUGGGCUGCCAGGGAAGAGAAGCUUUUGUCUUUUGGAGGAAAGCCAAUGUAGCUGUUGGAGUGCUGGGCGGAGCUUUAUUUUUCCCGAUGUAAAAUUUCUGUUUCAUAAUCCAUUAGUAACAAUGAAUGGAUGCCAGUGGUGAAGACAACAACUGGCACACUUGGCAGUUUUCAAAGUUUUUAGCUUUGGUUAUGAAAUGUAAGUGAAACAUGCCAAAUUGGAUCACUUGCCCAGGAAAUUUCCCUGCACAAGUUAUUCUAAUUUUCUUAGGAAUUGUUUUCCAGAAAACCCAGAUCACUGGUGCUGGAUUUGGGCCUUGGAGGCCAGGGUUCGAGUUACGAAUCAUGCACAAAGCUUACUGUUUGGCUGUGAGCGGAUUACCAUUUCUCAGCCUAACCUAUUUCACAGGGUGCUGAGGAGGCAAAAAAGGGGUGUGUGUGUGUGUGUGUGUGUGUGUAGGUGUGUAAGGUUGGGUGCUCAACACCUGUCACUCUGAGCUCUUUGGAGGAAUAUGAGUGGAUGAAAACAUAAGUGUUAUGCUUGUGAAAAGGAAGAACACUAACAUCCUUUCCGUGAAUCUGUUUCGCAAGGCCGAUAAUAAGCACAACAGGUAAAGGACCCCUGGACGGUUAAGUCCAGUCAAAGGCGACUAUGGGGUUGCAGCGCUCAUCUCGUUUUCAGGCCGAGGAAGCCGGUGUUUGUCCACAGACAGCUUUCCGGGUCGUGUGGCCAGCAUGACUAAACCGCUUCUGGCACAACGGAACACCGUGAUGGAAACUAGAGCUCACGGAAACGCCGUAUACCUUCCCACCUGUUUAUCUACUUGCACUGGUGUGCUUUCGAACUGCUAGGUUGGCAGGAGCUGGGACAGAGCAACAGGAGCUCACCCUGUCACAGGGAUUCGAACCGCCGACCUUCUGAUCGGCUAGACCAAGAGACUCAGUGGCUUAGACCACAGUGCCACCCACUCGCAUUAAUAAACACAACAAAUGGUAUUGAAAAUACACUGGCAUGCUUUGGUUUUUGUUGUUGACCUUUUGGGCUGUUGAAUCUAUCCAAGGAUGUCCCUCUGGACUCCGCUGUGAGUCUUGCCCUACUGCUCUGUUCCAAAAUCUCUUUGCUUUCACUUCCUCACUGAGGAGGCACCCUGGGGCUCUUGCUGCUGUCACGCUUGGCACUAGGUUUUCCCCUCUGCACUCAUCUCCGUGGUAUUUAAAGCUGCCUUUGCAAUCUUGCUCUCUCUCCUCUGCUUCCCUCCCCCCCCCCCACUCUUCAGUUAAGCUUUGCAGCCACUGAUUGGCUUCCUUGGACAUGAAGCUUUUCAGAUAAACAGGGCUGCACACCUGCUGUUUAAACCCCAAACAGCUUGCUUGGGUUUAGUGCUAUUUUGGGAUCUGCAGGGGAGGGGAAAACUUCCCCUUGGUGUGCUUCUUUCUUUGCUUUGAUCCAAACCAGUUCCAUGUUACAAGGCGGACUUGUUUUUGUUUGGUUCUGUAAUUUUGGGAUGAGCUGCCUAAGAACUCUAUAAGCGGCAAAUUAUGAGAUCAGCCUGCCACUCAUGUUUUAAACUGGGUAAAUGAGGGUCCAUUUAGGAAAAGAGUGUGCUUCCUAAACAGACCCAAGUUUGUGAUGUAAUUCUCAACGUAGAGAGAAUAGAGAAAGUGUUCAAGCUAUCACAUUUAAAAUGGGCAGAUUGGGUGCAUAAUCCAUCAUGAUCUGCAUCUAUAAUUUUUCCUAGACUUUGGUUCAGUUCUCCACAAUUCCGCACCAGUUCAGGUCUUUCUUCUUUUAAAUUGUCACAAAAAUUCACCAGCGAAUUUCUCUGGAUAUACCAUUUUUGCAAGACCCCCCCCCCAAAUAUAUUGGAUUUUCCUAUGUUAUUUUCACUACCAUAUUCACUUCUUAGGCACACUUUCCUGUCAUAUAUGGCGUUCUUAUACACAUUUUUGGUAGGCAAGCUGUGUUUUCCGUUUGCAUAUUUCUUUUCAGGUAGUGCAUAUUAGGGAGCUUUGCAUUGAAAUGCACACAGAACGAACGCCUAAAACUGUGAUACAGUACAAUAUACAGGUAUAUAAGUAGUACGGUUAUUCUUUAAUAAUAAUAAUAUUUAUACGCUGCCCGUCUGGCUGGGUUUCCCCAGACACUCUGGGCGGCUUCCAGCACAUAUAAAAAUAAUGUCAAACAUUAUUCUAGCAAGUAUAAAAUUAUUAAGUCAGUGCGCUUUUUAUAAAUGCAUCCAAAUAACAUUAGAAUUUUCCAUACACAAACUACAUCUAAAAGCCAUCAUUCCAAGUGGGGCAUGGUUUUGUCUUUUCAGUGACUCAAUAUCAGUCUUUUAGCAGAAGUAAGGGCAUGAAGAGUUUUUUUAUGUUGACCCACUGUUAAACCACAUAUAGUUGGUAUGUGAUUUUUGAUAAUAUUAUCAUCUGACAAUUUUAAUCCUCCCCCCGCGUAGGAUUCAUACAUCUUAAUACUCCGAAAAUUUGUAAGCAUCAGACACUGCAGAAACAUAUGUUUCAAAGAAGCAUUUUCCUUAUUCUAUCUCCUGCAGCUUCUUGUCAUAGAUAGCCCCUUUCUGUACAAGUGGGUGGCGGGGAUGUGGGUGGGGCUGUGGUCUAAACCACUGAGCCUCUUGGGUUUGCUGAUUGCAAGGUCGGCAGUUCUAAUCCACGCAAUGGGGUGAGCUUCCGUUGCUCUGUCCCAGCUCCUGCCAACCUAGCAGUUCGAAAGCAUGCUAGUGCGAGUAGAUAAAAUGGUACUGCUGUGGCGGGAAGGUAAAUGGUGUUUCCCUGCACUCUGGCACUCAUCCUGGUAUCCCAUCAUGCCAGAAGAGGUUUAGUCAUGCUGGCCACAUGAUCUGGAAAGCUGUCUGUGGACAAACGCUGGCUUCCUCAACCUGAAGAGAGAUGAGUGCCGUACCCCAUAGUCAAGUUUGACUGGACUUAAUCAUCUAGGGGUUCUUUACCUUUACCGUUUACCUUUAUGGUCAACGUUAGAUACAACCAGUGGCUUGCAAGCAGGCUUAGUGAUACAGUGGUACCUUGGGUUAAGAACGUAAUUCGUUCUUAACUUGAAACUGUUCUUAACCUGAAGCACCACUUUAGCUAAUGGGGCCUCCUGCUGCCGCCACGCCACCGGAGCACGAUUACUGUUCCCAUCCUGAAGCAAAGUUCUUAACCCGAGGUAAUAUUUCUGGGUUAGCAGAGUCUGUAACCUGAAGCAUAUGUAACCCGAGGUACCACUGUAUAUAAAAUGCAGUGGUACCUCAGUCUACGAACAGCCCUGUUAACGAACGCUUCGGACAACAAACUCCGCAAAACCAGAAGUAAGUGCUCCGGUUAGCGAACUUUGCCUUGGAAGAUGAACAGAAGCCAAACACCGGCGGUGGGAGGCCUCAUUAGGGAAUGUGCACACCUUUGGUUUAAGAACGGACCUCCGGAACGGAUUAAGUUCGUAACCCGAGGUACCACUGUAUUUCAAUGGCGCUUGUGGGUUGCAAGCUCCUUCCUUUAUUAUUAUUAUUACUGUCCUGGCAGGGCUCCUGUGCCUUUUAACAUCUGACCAGCCUUGGUAAGUUGGGUAGGGGAAAUGCAACAGCUGAGGAGCCCUUUUUCAGAACUAAAAGUAAUAACAGCUUCUCAACAGCUGAGGGUUGGAAAGAGAACAUUCUCUCUCCCAGAUUGCAGACAGUGGAAAUCCCUAGCUUUUAGGGACCAGGCAUUCUUUCCAGACCAAUUGCCCGUUCCGCUCCAUCCAUCCUGCACAAUGGCUGCUUAGAACCAUGCUGAUUGUAUCGCCCUUGCACAUGCCGAGCUCCCAAAUGUCCCUGCGCACGUGUGUCACAAUGGAGUUAAUGUGGCAGUGUGCAAGAAGUGCACUGUGAAAUUGACUUCAUUGUGAGCUCUCAGAGGCAUAUAAUCGGCAGCAGGUGUUUACUCCCAUUGUCCCUUACUUCGUAUCUGUGAGGUGAAGCAGUGCAGGAACUUGAGGCAAGAAGCAGGGAGGCAGAGAAACAAGCUCCUUUUGCUUAAUGCUGUUUGGGGAUCCUUUGGGGUUUGGGAAAGGCCGCUGAAUAGGCAGGCAGAGAAAAACACAAAAGCAAUACAGUGGUACCUCGGGUUAAGUAUUUAAUUCGUUCUGGAGGUCCAUUCUUAACCUGAAACUGUUCUUAACCUGAAGCACCACUUUAGCUAAUGGGGCCUCCCGCUGCUGUCGCACUGCCAGAACACGAUUUCUGUUCUCAUCCUGAAGCAAAGUUCUUAAUCCGAGGUACUAUUUCUGGGUUAGCGGAGUCUGUAACCUGAAGCGUAUGUAACCUGAGGUACCACUGUACCUUUGUCUCUUGCGUCCUGUUUUUCUAUUCAGAUAGGCAGAGUUGUGAGAUACGUCAGACUCUAAAAUCACAGGGCAGCAAAACAGCUGUGCAGCUGUGUCUGAACAGGAUGACUCUGAAGUCUUGGAAGCUGUGCAAGGAGGGGUUCUGUUUGGGCAUCUUUGGGGGGGGUAUUCCACAGUGCAGGGCAGCCUUCCGAGAAGGUUCUUCUCUACUCCCCUGCAAGUUUUGCUUUGCAAAGUAGAAUUGCUUUCCCGUGUUUGCUUUUGACACACAGUGCAGGGGGAGCAGGGGUGAGAUCUGCAAGCGGGUGGGAUGGAUUAAUAUAUUUUAUAAAGUUUGCUUUAUAUGUGAAACUCUCGAAGCAGCAUGCAAAAGUUAUAACUUUUAAAAAACAUAAACAUAAGGCAGCUCUUGAAAUGCUACAGAAUUUUGUAAAAUGGCACCGUGGUUCGCUGAUAUUAGCAAUUCAAGAAGGCACAAAAAACACACUAUGGAGUCGGCACCUGUCUGUUAUUCAAGAGUUAAGAGUAUUUAUCUCUGUCCAUUAAUUUUACUCUGCAACUACUCCACCGACCUCCCUCAUAUUACAGGUUCAUUUUGAGUCCAGGUUUCUGCUGGCUGAAGGGAAGGGAAACAGUGGGUGAGGGUGAGAAGGGGACGGUAGUGUUGUAUAGUGGUUAGAGUGUUGGACAGACUGGGUAGAUCUGGAUAUUAAUUACCCCCCCCCUCCCACUUGGCCGUGAAGUUAACUGGGGUGCCUUGGGCCAGUCAUGCUUUCUCAUCCUAAUCUACUUCCUGGGAGGAAGAGGUUGGGGAAGGCCCGUAUCUGCUGCUUUUGAGUUCCUUAGAGGAAAGGCUGAUUAUAAAUGUUACAAGAAAUAGGCACUUGCUACCACUUCCCCCUUGCAAAUACCCUCUUUUGCCCCAAACUCUGUAGAGAUAAUUGUUUGCUUAACAACAACAGCCUGCUUAGAUGUUUAGGGAUCUGUAGAGAAUCUGCAUUUUCACAGUUCCUGCUGGAAGAGAACAAGAGAGGCAUAUUCUAAAUCCAGCCAAGAUGGCCUUUUCCUUUUCUAAUACAUUAGCAACCUCACAACCCAUAAAUAUGAAUGUGCGGCAGCGGCAGCAAGCCUGCGCCAUUGUCGAAUGUUAUCAGAGUGAACAAGAACUCCCAGAGUGUAUCUAAGGCAGUGGAAAGGAGGAGGCUGGUUUCUCAAGGGUAGUCAGGGAAGGAAGUGGAUUAAAGGGAAAGUAGAGAGAGCUGCCUAUCAGCAGUAGGACUAGGAAAGGGAGUUUUUAAAAACAAAAAAACAAAUAAAUCAGGUACUUGGGCAGGGUUGAGUGUGGCAGAAGAAACAGGACGCACACGUUUCUGUUGGGAAGUUUGCAGUGAUGACAAUCCCCAUACAAACAUUGCACACGAAGGACUCAGAAAUCUUUGGUCCUCCUCAAAGAUGGAAAUCCAGCCAAAUACACAUUUGCUUAUUCGUUUAAAUCUGGUUUGCAAGCUGUCCAGCAGAUGAGAGGAAGAAAGGGUGCCAUUCUGAUGUUUGUCUCGGAAUAACACUUCACAAAAAGAAGCAGCUGGGCUGCCAGUUGCAUCUGUGAUUUAGGUAGAUAUGCUUUCUUUGACUUUGCUGAGCUCAAUAGAUUCACAAAAAGGUGAGGAUUUUGAGGAGGGAUUUGAUGGAAAUGAGUGAGGUAGCAUAAAAUCGGAUGACCUCCCCCAACCUUGGGACUCUAGCUCCCAUCAUUCUUGUCUUUUGACCGUAGCCGCUGAGGCUCAUGGAACUUGUAGUCCAAAAUGUCAACAUUGAGGACAGAUGACAAUGGAGUUAUGAGAAGGCUAUUUCAGUUAUAAGGGGCAGUAAGAGUGGAUGGGCAGAGACAUUUAAAUGCACCUGGCAAGGGGUGAUUUAAAACCAGAAAGGUGAACCAGAAAGGUCUCACUCUGUCUCCAAAGAACACUUUGAACUUUGCAGAAUGCAGAGCUCGUAAUUGGAUUAUCUUGCUAAUCCUUUCUGAAGGCUGGAAAACCUGAAUAUUGUUGCACUUGCGGAGGGGAAUGAAGAGAAAUAAAUUCAGGUGACAUCCCAGAGCAGGCUGGUUUUUCCUCCCAGUUGACUUACUUUAGGGUGUGAAACCAGUAAAAGCAGUUCGCUUGCUCCACUCCCACCGCUUCCCCCAGACAGGUGCAAAGCAACCUUAGCUUCAGAAAAAAACUCAUAUUUCUUAAGAUAAGAGAUGGUGCCGUUCAGUGUUGCGAAACAUAAAUUAGCUGCUCCUUCCCCAUUUUCUUGAAGGUUAUCGUGAGCAUCUCCUCUCUUGUCUAUUCCAUCACAGAUUUUCACUGGCCACUUGUAAAUUAGGAAGUUAAGGAUACAUCAUAUUUGCCUUGCCCUCUGCUCUCAAGGGCCUCUAGCGUAAAAGUAACUUGAUGACGUUUGCCCUAGUGGUGGGAGUUACUAGGUCAGCAAUAACCUUUCUUGCUGUUUCAUCACCAGUGUGGGUGAUACCUUAAUUUGUUUCCAGAUGCUGGAAAUUAUUUGUUUUGUGCCACUCUAAUGGAGGAGGAAGGUCACAUCGUUCAGUGGCCCUGCUUGGCACCCCAGACAUUUUUGCCAGUCCAGAAUGGGUCCUUAAAAUCUGGUAACAUCCCUUGUUUGUUUGGAUGGAUGGAUGGAAGCUAGCGAGUGUGUAAUAAUUGGCCAGCUGUAGCGAGGUAAAAUUUACAUUUAUUGCUCCUCCUACUUUUGCCUCUGGUCCUGACCACCACUGGAAUGUGGCCCUUUGAAGGCUGCCUAGAAGGUAUUGUGGCCCCAGGCUGGGGUGGGUGGGAAUCCAUAACCCUGCAUCCUUCUUGCACAUUCUUCUACUAAGGGGAUGUGGCCAGACAUGAUGACACUGGUAGAGGAAGGACCUGAAGCUGCUGGAUUUUGGGAUUUCAUGGAACAAGGAAAGAAAAGUAGUUUGUUUUAAAAAGACCAAUUAAACAACAUAGAGUGUUUGUUUAUUGAAUCUAAUUUCAAAGUUUCCAGAGGUUUUAACGGCUAGGAAGAGAGCACUCGAUAUGCUAUUAUGAACUUCCUCGGAUCCGGCAAUUAUUUGGAUCUGGUGGCUAUUCGUGACAGAAAUCUGGGCUGUGCAGACCAUUUGCCUCUUAAGGAAUCAGGUGUUGUUGUUUGUUUGUUUUUUUAAAAAAAUAAUGAUUUCCGCAACUAGAUGUUGUUUUGGAAAACUUAAGUGAAAAAUUCAGCAAACAUUUUUUUGGUAACGAAAUGGGGCUGCUUUUGUUAUGAUGUUGAAUGUUGAAGAGGCAGAGUGUGAAGAAAACCAGAUGGUGGAGGGGAAAGGUUUGUAUACCUCUCCUUUCUUUUUUAAAAAAGAAAAAAAGUAAAAGGCCUUGAGCUCUGCUUUUGAUGGAGAAGCUGUCUGGAAUCACUUUAAGCAAAUAACAGGGAAAGAUUCUUGGGUGGUAACACUGGCUAAAUGAAUAUUCCUGUGUGGUAUAGUCAUUGGAGUGCUGGAGCUAAGAGAUCAGGGUUCAAUCGCCCACUCAGCUAUGAAGCUCACUGGGUAACCUUGGAUCAGCCACUGUCUCUCAGCCUAACCUACCUCACAGGGUUGUCGUGAGGAUAAAACAGAAAGAGGGGAAAUUGUUGUUGUUAUAUAGUGCAUAAGAUUUCUUAUUAUUGCCCACAUCAACCCACAGGCAUUAUAGUUUCUGAGAACUGUUUAUGUAGGUUCUUUCUGGAACUCUAUCCAACGCUGGGACAAAGUCCUGUCCUGAGUACCCUCUUCAUUGCAGAAUUCUCACGGAAGUAGACCUGUGACUAUCAAUGAAUAUACUCACGCAGUAUAUACUAUGUCAUGUUAAAACGGUACAGAAGCUGCCAAAUGAGGGUGUUUUUAUUUAACUGGAACUCACUGGAACUCAUGGCGAAGAGUUCUGGCCCCUCUUUUUCUAGCACUGGGGUGUACCCAUUCCAUGGCCAAAAGGAUACUUGUGCAAUUGUGGUCUGUGACAAUAUACUUGCUCUUUCUCUCGCUGCCUGCUCCCUCAGAUUCCUUUUUUUUUUUUUAAUUUAUUAAUUUUCAAUAAACAUAACAAACAAACAAAAAAGAAUAUACAACAACACAACAGCAUAACAACAGUAUAGAAAAAAGGGGGGGAAAGAAGAAUAACAGAUUUGACAUACCUAAACAGAAAAAAAGAAUCAAUUAAUUAAUUAAGAUCCAUUUUCAUAAACAUUUUAGUUGACUUCCUCUAAUCUCCUUCAUCUGAAUUUCCUCUUAAAUUGAAUGUAGCAGUUUCCAAUAUCAUUAUUUCAAAAAACAAUAUUACAGUUAUAUUCCACUUUCUUUACCUUUCUUAUUGUGCAUUUUCUUAAUUAUACAUAUAAAUCUAAUUUUGUCCUAGGCCUAGUUGGUUCUUUCAAGUGGUUACAUAUCUUUAAUGUUAGAAUAUUUAUUCAAAUAGUCUUUAAAUUUCUUCCAAUCUUCUUGGUAGUCCUCUUCUUUCUGGUCGCGGAUUCUCCCAGUGAGGUCCGCCAGCUCCAUGUAUUCCAUCAUCUUCAUCUGCCAUUCUUCUACCGUUGGUAAUUCUUGUGUUUUCCAUUUACCAGCUAGUAAAAUCCUAGCAGCUGUUGUGGCAUACAAAAAUACUUUCACAUCUUUUUUGGGCAGUUCAGUACCAACUAUCCCAAGGAGAAAGGACUCUGGUUUCUUAAUAAAUGUAUAUUUCAUCAUUUUUUUUAAUUCAUUAUAAAUUUUCCCCCAGAAGUCCUUUACCUUGGGACAGGUCCACCACAUAUGAUAGGAGGUACCUUCUUUUUCUUUACAUUUCCAACAUACAUUGUGGUACAUCUUUGCUAAUUUGACAGGGGUUAGGUACCAUCUAUACAUCAUUUUCAUAAUAUUUUCCUUUAGCAAACUACAUGCGGUAAACUUAACCCCUUUCUUCCAAAGUCUCUCCCAAUCCUCCAUCAUUAUGUUGUGUCCCACAUCUUGUGCCCUAUCAAUCAUAACCGACUUUACUUGUUCAUCUUUCGUGUGCCACUCCAAUAGUAAGCUAUACAUCCUAGACAUAUUCUUAACAUUAGUAUCUAACAACUCCGUUUCCAAUUUGGUUUUUUCUGUUGCAAAACCUUUUUUUUUUUUUUUUGGUCAAUCUUAAAUAGCUCAUUAAUUUGAUAAUAUUGAAGCCAAUUUAUUUUAUAUUUAACUAAAUCAAAUGGUUUUAAUUUAAAUCUCUCAGCAUCCUCUAUCAGUAAAUCAGAGUAUCUCAACCACUUAUUCUCCAUAUUUAACUUUUUUUGUGUCUGGGCUGCUCCCUCAGAUUCCUGCAGUGAAAAUGCCCUCUCCGAAGCAAACUUUAUUGUAGGGGUAGCUAACCUUUUGUGUGUGUGUGUCCUGAGGGCAGUGGUAGGUGUGGUCAGUGUUUGUGAAGGCACACACACGCACGUAUACCCUCAGCACACAUGCAACAUAUACACACACAGAGCACAUGAACACUCACCCGACAGACAGUCACACAGCCCUCCUUCCCACUCAUGCACUUACACGCAGUCACACUUGGAAAUGCGCGGGUACGUGUGCGCCCCUCUCCACAGCAUUUCCAGCAGGUGGGCAGGGGGCUGGAAUCUCUUCCUUUUAUUGUACACCGAUCAUUUAAUAAGGGGCGCAAGUGCAUUAGGUGCUUCACACCAGUGCUCAAGAUUUUGCCAGACACUGCCAGUGUUGAGGUACAAAAUAAAACGAAGCAUCCGCAGUGUUCUCAAUAAGCAGAGUGCUCAGAUGGCACCUUGCCUCGGUAGGGUGUCAGCUAACAUUUCUGUCUUUUUGAAGUGCUCCCUGUCUUUCUUUCUCUCCCCCCCCCGCACCCCCAGCCUGGUAACCCGCUUCACUGACUCCAGCAGAGCCUCACAGCUCAUUUGGCCUCGGUUCUGAACUACAAAGGCAUUGGCUGCCUUUCAGUUUUCUAUAUCUCUGCAGAUUCCUCCCUGUUUUGUCUCUAGAGACUAUAUAUCAUCUUAAUUAAAAGUUGCCUAUGCGGAUCUGGCAGGGCAUGUCGGCCUCAGUCUGAGAGGCAAGCCCUCCCACUUGGCUUUUGGAGACGGACGGAGCAAAUGGGAAGCCUUCCUGAGGCGGUAGGACUCCUGUUCACUUUUUAACUCAAGUGGUUGGAACAAAUACAAAAGCACACAGUUAUCUGUUCGGAGCCAGGAGCCGAUGGUAAUGGGAAGACGUUGAUUCUGCCAGAUACACUUUGUCUCCUUUGUAAAGCUGUACGCGGAGAUGAUUUGGCUUUGUCUUGUAUAGAUGCAGGGCUGAGGAAAUUAAUGUUUUUGGACAAUGGAGUUGUCACUGUUCGGACCGCUGCCUGUGGAGGUCUUUUGUCAGGGUUCAAGGAAUAUCGCCUAUGUCGGGGAUCGCCAACAUUUUUAGCCCGUGAACGUUUGGAAAUUUGAGUGCAUGCCUUUCUAAUAGUUUCUGUCCUCCAGGUGAAUUCCUUUACGUUUUCUGAUAUCCAUGCAAUUUUAAACUAUUUCCCUGUGAUAUGAGGAUCGACAGCAGGGCAACAAAAGUGGGUUUUGGAAACCUCUAGGGAUGCCCAGAGUCUUCUGCUUUGAGUCUAGACAGACAAACACCCACCAUUAUGAUCCGAAGACAUCGCUGCCCUUGCUACACUGAAAGCAUUUAUUACAAAUGCAAUAAGUGUGGAAUUUGUUUGGGUAUCUUUGGGGACAUUUGGGUGGCAUAUACAGUGGCACCUCGGGUUACAUACGCUUCAGGUUACAGACUCCACUAACCCAGAAAUAUUGCUUCAGGUUAAGAACUUUGCUUCAGGAUGAGAACAGAAAUUGUGCUCCGGCGGUGCAGCAACAGCAGGAGGCCCCAUUAGCUAAAGUGGUGCUUCAGGUUAAGAGCAGUUUCAGGUUGAGUAUGGACCUCCGGAACGAAUUAAGUACUUAAUCCGAGGUACCACUGUAAACUGAGGUGGUUGAUGGUAAUUGUCUUAUUAAUGUGAGCUGCUAUUUUUCUCUUUUCUUUUUCUUCUUAAACUUGCUUGAAUGAAUGAAUGAAAGUCUCCCCUCCCCCCAUCACCUCCACCUGCAAAGACUGACAGAGAGAAUGCAUUUGCAUACACACUUAGGUUUUCCAAGAGUAGCAGGCAGAUUCAGCAAAAUUAAUCUGAGCCAAGAAUAGUACAUAGAGCUGAAAGAGGAAGUGGGAAAGAGCAGCACUCUUUCCACUUCCUCCUUUUGCUCUAUGUAUUUUUUUAAAAUAUAUUUUAUUAAGGAUUUUCUUGUUUUACAGAAGUGUAGUGCCUCGUAUUUUUUUUUCCAUGUAACAUUUUUACAAAUCCGUUUCAUUUGUUGAGGCAUUAGGGGGAGAAGAAAAAAGAAAGAAGAAAGAAAGGGGGGGUGGAGAGAGGGAAGAUGGAUAGGGGUGGGGUCGGGUGGCGGGUGUUUCUAUUAUGUUUAAUGUAUGUAGAGUGCUCUAUGUAUUUUUCAAGUGAAAGAAAGACAACCACCAUCUCCGCCUCAUGGGAAAGUGGGUUGUGAGGGGGAAGGCUCAAAGGCUUUGUGGACAACCAGGGGAAGACCUCAAGGACGCCAUUGUGCCACAGAUGCCACAUGGGCAAACCCAGGCCUUGGCUUUUGGUCUUCUUGUAGUUCCCAUCUUUCGUCUCAGCCAAAUAGCCGCGUAUAGGCCUGAUUUUCUUCAGAUAUUGGGACUCCUUGUUGCCUUGAGUGCUUCCACCCAGGACCACAGCAUGUUUUGAGAGCAAUUAGAUAGGGUUGCCAUAUUCUGAAGAGCGAAAAAGAGGACACAUUUGCCAACUUUUAACUAUGGAUCACUAUGAGGACUCUCAUUUUACAUACCCAUGAAAAGGAGGGUGUGUCCUGGAAAAAGAGGACAUAUGGCAACUCUUAAACUCUUCCUAAUACUCAGUCAGACCAUUACACUCCAUUUAAUGCAGUACUGCCUGUGCUGGCUGGCAGUAGCUCUCCAAGAUUCCAGAAAGGAAUCUUUCCCAGUGCUACUUGCAGGUGCUGAGGAUGGAACCUGGGACUUUUUGCGUGCAAAGCAUGUUCUCUACUGCUGAGCUAUGAUUCUUUUCCUGGAAGAUAUGUGUGGCUGGGCUUUCCGAGAAUGAGCUAGCUGCUUGUUUGGAUGAAAAUCACCCCAUUACUACUCUGAGGUUCUUGGAUGGUGGAAUACAGCUGUGACACAGAUUAAAUGGGCACAUCCUUUCAGGAGUGCUGGGACAGCAAAUGCAGUGUAAACUGUAAAGCACUUGGGAAAGUGUAAUGCUUCUAGAAGGAUGCAAUAAUUUUUUUAGGAAACUCCCCCCAUUGCAUGUAAAUAAUGCCGGUUGCUGAAUUGAAAGUGUCCCUGGGCUUCACUUGCUAUAGCUGGGAGACAGUCGCUGUUCUGCACACAAUGUGUGCAAUAUUUCUCUUGGCAUUUGCAAAAGAUUUUAUCCAAAAGGAAUUUCAACAGUUGCUCAGAGGUUAAUCAAAGAUGCUAUAAUGCUGUAGAGUCUGUUAUCUUUUAGAACAGGAGAGCAAAGCUUGUUUGUUUUCUCUCGGUUUUAAAUUCAAGGGUUUUCAACAGCAGGAAUGAGAAACAGUUGGCCCUUCAGAUAUUGCUGUAAUUCUGAUUUCCAUCAUCUCUCACCAUUGGCUGGGUCUGAUGAGAGUUGGGCUCCAACAGCAUUCAGAAGGCCACAUGUUUCUCCUCGCUGCUGCAGACAGACUCAGCAUAUAGGUUCCCCGUCCUUGGCUAAUGCUCCCCCUUCCCUUUUGUAAAAACAACAUUGAAAGCUUGAAGCUCUGCCAAGGACAGCUAGGAUGAUAACUGUUAAUUGUGGAUCAUUAAUCGUGGCAACACUUGGGAGGUGAUUUAUUUACUUAGCUCUGUAUUCUGGCCAAACAACUAGAAAACACACCAUUACUGUGCAGUUGGACCCAGCCACUUUCACAGGACUCUGGCCUAAUAUCUUUGAGAGAGCUCCUGCUUGCUAUACAGUUAUUAAAGUUGCACCUUUUUAAAUGGCCUGUAAAAUUGCACCUUUUUAAGUGUACUGUAGCUUCCAGGGAUGUGGGUGGCGCUGUGGGUUAAACCACAGAGCCUAGGACUUGCCGAUCAGAAGGUAGGCGGUUCGAAUCCCCGCAACGGGGUGAGCUCCCAUUGCUCGGUCCCAGCUCCUGCCAACCUAGCAGUUUGAAAGCACCUCAAAGUGCAAGUAGAUAAAUAGGUACUGCUCUGGUUCGCCAGAAGCGGCUUAGUCAUGCUGGCCACAUGACCCGGAAGUUGUACGCUGGCUCCCUCAGCCAAUAAAGCGAGAUGAGCGCCGCAACCCCAGAGUCGGCCACGACUGGACCUAAUGGUCAGGGGUCCCUUUACCUUUACCUUAGCUUCCAGGGCACCUUGGGGAAGCACAUGAUAGUUACAUUGGCUUGAAACUGAUUUAAAUUCCUGGUACAGCUGCAGCCAAAAUAGGAUGGGAAAUUGCAGGCCCUCUCAACUUUCCUUUUUGAACAAUGCAAACUUUCCCGCAUCUUUACACUUUUCUGCUGGAGAAUCUCUCCUAACGUGUGCCCCUAAAAUUUCAUUUCUGAAGCAGAAAUUAUGGUGUUUUUUAUCUGAUUUGAGUUCACUAGGACUGUUUCCUAGGAUGGCUACAAGAGUGAUCAUGAAACUAUUUAUCUUUGCAAGUUGCUCGCAGGCUAUUCCAUGUGCAGAAAUGUGUUCCUUGUGUUUCUCUAAAGAGGGAGGUUGUUAUUGCUCAGUGGCAGGGUACAGAAUUUGCAUGCACCAAUAAUAGAAACAUAAUAAGCACAUUUUAAAAGCAUAAUAACAGACAGAACAACAACAGCAGCAACAACAGCAAGUAACAAUAACAACAACAACAGCCCCCUCCCCAGGUCAUAGAUUAUUUAACGGCCAAAGGCCUGGAAAGAUGAAUGCUUUUGCCUGGUGCCUAAAGACAUGUAAUGAUGGUGCUGGGCAGGCCUUUCAGAAAAGAGCAUUCCAUAGUUGGGGAGCCACCACAGAGAAGGCCCAUUCUCUUGUUGCCACCCCCCCCCCGGGGGACAUAGAGAAGGGCCUCAGAUGACAAGCACAGGGUCUAGGUCUGUAUGGGGAGAGGUGGUUCUUAAGGUAUUGAGGUCCUGAGCUAUAUAAGGCUUUAUAGGUCAACACCAGCACUCAGAAACUAAUUGGCAGCCAGUGCAUAGAGCUCCCAUUUUUCUUCAAUGUAUGAUAUGGAUGUUCUGCUGCUUCCCACGACGUACUGUCUGGCCUUUUCGGGACAUAGCUACACUGCAAAUAUCAAGGCAGUCUCUAAAGAACCCUUCAGAUUUAUUAUUAAUAUUCACAUUAGUAGUGGUAGUAUUAAAAUCAUUCCUAUACUGCUUGAUUUUUUUUAAAAAAAAAUCUCAAAUGGUUUAUAACCAAAUUUAAAGAAUAUGACAUAACAGUACAAAAUAUCAAACUUUAGAAAAGAAGGUCAAAUUCAGAGGAAAAUAAAAUAUUCUCUUAAGCGUAAUAGAUAGAUGUAGAUAGAUGAUAGAUAGAUAGAUAGAUAGAUAGAUAGAUAGAUGAUAGAUACAAAUUCAAAAACACAAUGAAACCCUACAAAACGAUAUAAUUCGCAAUGAAACCAAAUAGUUGAAAUGGAAGUUGCACUCAGCUCCCCACCUCAUAACCUCUCCCAUGUAAUGGUGAUUGUAGGACUGUGGGCCAAUGGUGGGGUAGUGGGCACAGCAGUAAUUUCCAAUUAGGCUUCCUAGCACCUGCACUAAGCUACAGUUCCCAGAUUUAUAUAUUUUUUGGGGGGGGGGAGAAGGAGAGAACUCUUUUCUUGCCCUCUUUCUGUUUCCUUGGGCACUGGUUCAGCUGGAAUGUUAAUUUACUGGGUCUUGAUUAGGUGUGAAAGAAUAAACAGCUGAGCUUUUGGAAGAAGGCUUCUGGCAAGGAAAAUGCUGUCUCAGUUUGGUGACUGAGGAGAAUUGUGUCAGUGCUUAGCAGAUCCAUGAUUAUGAUGCUAGACUCCUGCUGUUCAUCACCUUUGAGCCAUGCCAGGUUGCACGCUCUCUCUCUCUCUCCCUGUGUGUGUGUGUGUGUGUGUGUGUGAGAGAGAGAGAGAGAGAGAGAGAGAGUAGCGAGGCUGUAAUCCUAACUCUACAAUUUUGAGUAAGCCCCAUUGAAUUCAAUAGGGAUUAUUUCUGAGUAGACAUGGUUGGGAUUGUGCUGUUAGUUACAGGUCAAGGAUGAGACUGCUAUAUAAAACCUAAACUGGUCAAGAAGAGCUGCUCAUGUUUUUAGGCUGCAGAGAAUCUAGCAUCAGGUUUCAGAUUCCGGGUCUUGGAAAAUUACAGCUUUCACUUCUGUUAAAACUUGUACCCCUUAAGUUUAUACAGGUUGAUUGGUGUGAUUACUUUUAUUUACAUACGCAAAUGAUAGCUUGCCUUCUGCAUUCUUGGCUUUUGAUAGCACCAGGGAAGAUUUCAGAUGAUUCCCGGCUCUGUGACGUAUGCUUAUUGAAACAUUUCUACCCGGAAAGACUGGUUUUUCUUCAGGGCUUGCCUGGAAAACAAGAAGGGUUUCUUCUUCCUCUUUGCCCCCCCCCGGCUUGCUUCCUCCAGUUUUGCUCAUCAUGAGUUGUCAUAUUCAGUCUUGCCUUGAGCACUCCUGAAACACAUCUUUGGAGCCUGUGGGUUAAAGGGGACGCUCAGAAAUGCAGUCAGGUGGGUCUGCCUAACAGAAGUGAGUGUUGCACCAGAGUGGCAGCUUUUGGAAUGCAACUAGACAAAGCACAUAUUGUAACAGGUACAGCAGGCGUCCGAAUCAGCCUUGUAACCACCAGAACCGCACUGUUCCACCUUGUAUUUCCUGGGUGUUUCCUGCCGUCGUUCUGCCUUCACCCCCUUGUUCUUUUCACAUUUGAAGCCUGCAAUGGGAAGAAAGGAGAGACAUGUCUACCCCUCCAAUACUUCCCUCCACCCCCAGAAUGGGAAGUCCAAAAGAAGCUUUAUUUAGAUGCUGUGUAAUGACAUUGGGCGGAAGCCUCCUUUAGGAAUUCAGUGGCACAGUGCUACAGUCCAUUGCAGGCAGUGGUGCUAUCAACAUUGGGCUUUGGGGCAGGCCCCUGGGGUGCUCCCACUGGACCACCACUGGCAUUAAAUGUAGCAGGGCUGGUUUACCACAUUGUAGUUAGUAAACACAGGUACGUAGAAGCUGCCUUAUACUGAAUCAGUCCUUUGGGCUGCAAGGAUACUCCUGGCUCAAAAAUGGAAACAGCAGGAACUCCCAACACUGAAAGAUUGACAGGUUAAGAUGGUGGAGUAUGUAGAGAUGGCCAAGUUGACGGGGAAGAUCCGGAAUCAGCGUGACGAACUGUUUCAAAAGGACUGCAACAAAUUUAUACUUUAUAUGAAAGAAAAUUGUAAACAUCUGAAAACGUUUGUAGGUUCGAACUGAAAUGUUUUGUAAUGUAAAUAUAAGGAACUGAUUUACUGAUCAGUACUGAAAUAUUAUAAUAAGAUAGAAGGUAAACAUGUGAUUAUAGAAAUGCGGAGAAUAUAGAAAAGUGUGUGGAAGUCAGAAAGAGGGAGGGAAGGAGGUUGAUGCUCUUACAGAGUAAUGUGUUUAAGUUAUAGAAUUAUGUAACAAAAUGUGAAUAUGAUAAAAGUGGGAAAUUUAAUAAAAAUCAUUUUUUAAAAAAGAAUCAGACCGUUGGGCCACCUGUCAAUGCCUACUAACCAUGAUAGAUGGCUAUAUUCUACCUCCACUGCCAGAGGUAUCAACUGGUAGGAAUAGCAGGUGAGCAAUGUCCAGCUUACAGGCUUCCCACAGGCCAGCCACUGUAAGAACAGGGUGUUGGACUAGAUGAGCCUUUGGCCUAAUCCAACAGGUUUGUCUUAUGGUCAUAGGUUAUUAUCUCAGAGGCUGGGAUAGCUCAGUCCGUAAAGCAUGAGGCUCUUAAUCUCAGGGUUGUGGGUUUGAGCCCUACAUUGGGCAAAAGAUUCUGGCAUUGCAGGGGGUUGAAUUAGAUGACCCUUGUGCAGUGCUUUUGUUCUGGGGGGGGGGACGCAGGGGUAGGCAUACCCCUAAACAUUUUGUGAAUCUAAGUUUGGCCUCAUUGACGGGCAGUAUUUCAAGAUUAGUAGGAAAAUGAGAGUACCCCUAAACAUUUUUUUUAGAAAAAAAGCACUGCCUUUGUCGCUUCCAACUCUACAAUGAUCUGAUUCUAUAUGGCACACUCUGAAACAGGCAGAUGCUGACGGUGAACUGCCUGUCAGCGGCUCGCCAGGGACUCAGCUGGAGGUCUCUCUCAGCUCUACCUGAAGAUGCCAGGGAUUGUGACACAGGUGUUCCACCACUGAGCAGCAGCUACAGAUAAUGUAAAAUAAUAUACAUUCUCAUUUAAAUAGCCUCUCUUCCUUAAGCCCAUUAAGUCCAGAGUCUUAAAAUGACCUAAUUGCAGCAUUGACUGCAGGGAAACAAAUAUUAGAAAAUUGGGAGUAUAUAUAGUUUGCCCUCCACCCAAAGGCUGCAGAGUGGCGAUAUACACACCCCAGACUAAAAUGAAAGAAUAAAAUGAACACACUUUUAGGCCACCUGCCCAAGUUUCCGGCAUUUCCUACGUUUUAAGGCACCUUGUAUUUUCCAGAAGACUGUUCAUUCAACUGAGAGCUUAAGUGACGUAAGAAAUGAACUUCUAGUAUGCUUUCUUAAUUAGCAUAAUUGUCUUUUGGGCAUGCCAUCUUGCACAUUUUGCUACGAUUAAGCCUUCUAGCACAUUACUAGCAUUCUCUACCUAACCAUGGACUACGUUUUGGGAUAGAUGAGUAUAAUUUAAUACAGUGCAUUUUCAGUAUCCACAGGGCUUGAUGUAAUUAUCUCAAUACUCUUAAGUUUCAUUAAAAUAUUUAUUAUCCCACCUUUUUUAAAAAACAUUUUUCCUGCUGGCACAGUAAAGUAAAAUAAUAAUAAAUACACACAAAUCUGCUUCUCAGAUCUGAAACAGCAUGUGACAUAAGAGUGUAAGGAUCAGCAGUCUUCAACAUCAGCAGUCAGGAGCGCUUCAUUUUUUUUUCUUUUCUGAGUUUUCACAGAAUUUAUUUGACCGGAAUGCAACACAACAGUACCAUCUCCAUAUAUUUUCUGCCAGGAUAAUUUAAUUUCUGUUAAAAUCCACUGCUGGCUCACUUCUUGCCAGCUCCAACAUUUGCUUUAGCUGUUCCUCUGACUUUCUUCAUCCUGUUCUUACGUUCUUUACGCUGUUUCCUUGAAGUCUUUUUCUUUUCAUACAAACCAUGCCUGGCUAGUCUGUGCUUUGGUUCAUUUUUCUUUGCAUAGUCGAGGGUAUCGUAAAUCAUGCCAAAGCCUGUUGUCUUCCCACCUCCAAAAUGAGUCCUGAAGCCAAAGACGAAAAUGACAUCUGGGGUUGUCUUGUACAUUUUGGCCAACUUUUCGCGGAUUUCAGUUUUGGGAACAGUGGCCUUUCCAGGAUGAAGAACAUCUAUCACCAUCUGCUUACGCUGAAGCAGCCUGUUGGUCAUGAACUUCCUUGUUCGGAUGGUGACCGUGUCGUUCAUCUUGGCGGCGUCUCCGGCAAAAGGCUUCAGCCCUGUUUUUGAGCUUCUGCCCUGUUUUUGAGUUUGUUUGAAACCCAAACAAACUUACCCCAAUUAAGCUUAUCUCUUAUUCCUUUGUAAAUUUUUCUUAAAACCUUUUUUAAACUCAGGGAAGCGUUUCAGCCCUGCUCUUGAGUUUGUUUGAAAUCACUUAAAAUCAUUUAGGGUUUAUAAAAUUCCUUAUUUCCUUCUGAGGAAACUGAUUAGUUCAGUGAAACGAGUUUUGUAGCCGGCAUCUCGUUAAGUCUUUGUUUAAUUCUAGGUUAAUUUUUCCUUAAAUUUUUUGAUUUUUGUUUAUUUAAUUUAAUUCUAAAGUCGAUUACCUCUCCAUCCAAUUUGAAAGCUUAGCUUUGAUGGUGUGCUAGCAGUUUUACUGCGGCACCACUAGGAAUCCUUCACCUGGCACUAACUUCACCAACAAUCCUAUCAGGUUAGGCCUGUUUUAUUGCGCUGUUAGGAUGGUGGGAACACAGAGGCUGAAAAGAACAGUUGCAUCCCUAGGUCACCUUGUGAAUGUGUAGCAAAUGGGAUAUCACAGUUCAUAUCCUUAGCAGCCUUUGCUAUGCCAACUACUGGAAUCGUCUCUACACUGUACACUUAAAGCACUCUUCUUAGUAUAGCAAUGCUUGCCCCCAAAGAGUCAUGGGAACUGUAGUCUGCUAAGGGUGCCAAGACCCUUCACAGAGCUACGAUUCCCAGGCCCUCUAAACUACAGUUCCCACAAUCUUUGCAGGGGGAGCCAUGACUGUUAAAGAGUACUUGAAGUGUGUGAUGGGGGCAUGAACUGGAAAAUGAAGGUGUUUGCACCAGUGGUAUGAUACUGUACUGGUCUGUGGGAACAAGUAUCUGUAAAGGUUUGAGUAUGGAAGAGCCUCACAAAACUCCCUGGGUGGAAUGGAAAAAUCUUGUAGCGCCCCACCUCCAUCUGUUUCUGCAUCCUUUCUCUAAGUCUUAAGACAGGUCAGGGAGUGGCUUGGAGAGAACACUUAAGUAAGGGCUUGGUCAUUUACAGCCAGAGGGGAAUUCACCUCUCCUCUUCCAAGUCUCACUCCUGCAAAGUAAAAGCCAGUGCAGCACCUGCAAUAGGCACCAAAGUGAGUAUUUAGCAUUUUGCUCGGCAGUCUUUUAUCCGGAGGAUUAAUUGGAAAUGUGUUUAGUUGGGUGGCUGGGGGGGGGGCAGGGUGGAGUUUAUGAGCUGAAAAUUCCUCACGCAAAUGGGGUCUGCUCCAUUUUUGUCUCCACGUUUCAGUGUGUGAGUUUGAAAGCCUUCCUCUCCCCAUGUGAAACUUGUGGCCCAUGCAAAGAUUGUUCUACAUCAGGGGUCAGCAACCUAAGGGCCAUGGGCCGGAAGUGGCCUGCGGGGGUCGUUUGACCGGUCCACGAGCCGCCCCCGAACCAAGCUGCCAACUCUGGCGCUAAACCGGUGGUGCGGGGACUCACUUCCGCAGUGCCAGAAAUUGUGUCUGCGCAGACACUGAAAAUUGCGGGUGCAAUCCAGCCCACAGAAGGAUCUCUGUGGGACCGAUCCGGCCCAGGCAAGAUAAACCUUGCUGACCCCUGUUCUACAUCAAGGGAGAGCCCUUCAUGUGGGGAAAAAUAAGCCCACUUCAGUGCCCUGCAGGUUUAGCAAGUGUGAUUAGCCAUCUCCUUUUGAGAUAGGAAAACAACAACAACAACAACAACAACGGUAUCUAGAUGUGUGAUCCUCAAACUACUCUUAGAUGCCCCCCCAAUUUCUCCUGAUUUGCAGACCCUUCCUCUUUUUCCACUUGUUUAACAUCUGCACAGUGGAAUAUAUAGCAUUUGGCAUCUCAGCAGGGUCAUACUUCCCAGCAGCUUUUGUCCAUGGUGUAGGGGUAUUGUUUUUAACACUUGAUUGGAAGCCGCCCAGAGUGGCUGGGGAAACUCAGCCAGAUGGGCGGGGUAUAAAUAAUAAAUUAUUAUUAUAAUUAUUAUUAAGUGCAGGAAGAGUAUUAAUGGUUCUUGUUUACUCCAGCAGCUGCCUUCCAUUGCCCUCCCUGCCCAUCCAUUUCCUGCCUACCUGCUUCGAUUUCUGCCUCUUUGCUUUUAAUGGCUCCUUGACGAGACCUUGGUGUUCUCAUGAGUGAAACCAUUGUGUAAACGUGCCUGAACAAGAUUUGGAGUCCUUGUGUCAUUGAUGGUGGACAGUAGCUGUUUGUAUGAACUGUUCAGUUUCUUCUGUCAUGCUGUUGACUCGUAUUCGGGGAGUAGUUUAGAUAGAUUGGCUGGAUUUCAAUUAACCCAGAUUGUCAAUAUGCAGAGCUAAUGGGUGCUUCAGCGAUGAAACUUCUGUUGAUGCAGUACACAUAUUAAACCGUAGUGGUGAUGUAGAAAUACUGGUUACUGGUGUUAAAAUGUUGAAAACGUAUACAGAAAAUUCUACCUAGCGGUGGACGGAUCCCCCACCUUCUCCAUGGCCAUCUCACAGUCAGGUGCUUGUGUGGCCAGCCCUUCUACAUCCUUUGGUAGGACCCUAUCAAGGCUUACCCUUCUUUCUCUCCAGACUUUGGAAGCAGUUUGUAGCUUUGCAACUAAUGCUUAAGCUCCUGAACAUGACACUUAUUUAUUUUUUGUAUAUUUAGCGCUGACAAGUGAACUAUUGGAUUCUCUCUCUGUGUAAACUGAUUUCUAAAAAUGUAGUUGUCCAGCUGUCCCUGAUGUUUGCAAAUCACUUAUUGCAGAGGCGUUCAGCGUGACAGUUAAUCUCCCGCUGUUUACACAGUCUUUAAUGGAUGUAGGCGUCUUCUCUGUGAAUUUAAGCACAUUAGUAAGAUUAUUAUUUUUCUCCCCUCCAUAGAAAUAACCAUGUGUUUAACCCUGGCUGAAAGCCAGUCUGGGUAAUUGCUUUUAGUGCUAUAUAAGUGGUCCCCUGCUGUGUCAGUGGGGUUUAAGUGAGUGGGUGGGCAAGGGGAGGUUUUCUUUUUCCUCUUUCUUUCUUUCUUAACAAGUUGUGACCUCCUUUUAAAGGUGGUUACAUUCCAGAAGCUAGUUGGAGUAUUGUAUGUUUCUCAAACAUUGAAACAAUAGCAUUCUCUCUCUUUUUUUUAGGACUCUCUUGCUGGUGCAAAACUUGAGUUAUUGCAGUUCAAAAAUUCUAACAGCCUAAUUUAGAUUUAGGCAAGCCUUUUUGUUGUUGCUGUUGCUAAACCAUUAGAAGAUAGAAAGCCUUUCAGAGCUACAAAUAAAUCAUUUACUCCUUACCGGUAGAUCCUGAUCUGCCUCAUGUCUUGCUCUGGGUAUAAUUGGGAAAUUUGCCUGGGGUAAUGGCCCCUUAGGUGUUCCUGGAAAAUCCAGGCCUUCUUUUCUUCUGUUUAUCAGCUGCACAAUCACCCACAAUGGCUUAUCCUUUCCCCCCAAUGGAAAAGCAGGUCCACUUCCUUUAAUUUUAUGUGAGAAAACACCUCCACUUAAUAAACACAAAUGGGCUCUGUGUGUACAACCAUAUUAAGGUUUUUCUUUUAAAAAUCUUAUUCAGGUUUUAAAUAUUCAGUUACUCAGAAUAUAUAGGUUUCAAAGAAACAACUCUUGUUAUAUGGGAGGGGCAGCUAACCUGUAGCCCUCCAGAUCAUAGUACACUGGUACCUCAGGUUACAUGCGCUUCAGGUUACAUAUGCUUCAGGUUACAGACUCUGCUAACCCAGAAGUAGUACCUCGGGUUAAGAACUUUGCUUCAGGAUGAGAACAGAAAUCGUGCGGCAGCGACAGCGGGAGGCCCCAUUAGCUAAAGUGGUACCUCAGGUUAAGAACAGUUUCAGGUUAAGAACGGACCUCCAGAACGAAUUAAGUACUUAACCUGAGGUACCACUGUAUUGUAAAGUUGGGAGGGUCAUCUAGUCCAACCCCCUGCGAUGCAGCAAUCUUUUUGCCCAGCCUGGGGCUCAAACCCAUAACCCUGAGAUUAAGAGUCUCAUGUUCUAUGGACUGAGCUAUCCCUGGCUGCUGUACAUGCUGACUGAGGCUAAUGGGAGUUGUUGUUCACUAACAUUGGGAGGACAACGACACAGGUUUCUUGUGGAGACUGUAGUGUAAACUUCCUUGUAGUGUCAUGAAAAUAUUCUCCAUCAUGCCUUGUUAUCCUUGUUUUUCACUCUCAGUUGGCUGUGCCCAUCACCCACAACUUCAAUUUCGAUUGCAAGUUCCUUGGUAAAGCCUGGGACACUCUCUUUUUAAAAAAACAUUUUUGUUACAUGGGCUAUAACUAAGUUAUACCCAGAGUAAAUUGGAAUUAAUAGACUGAACCUGAGUAUGACUAGAAUUGAAGACAACCCUGUGUGCAUCGAUGGCAUUAUAUUAUCAAUAAUACGACUAUAACUUUCCGUAAUACUAUGGCUUCAGAACUCAACAUAUGCCAGAAAAAUAUUCUGAAUGCCACCAGACUAAUAAGGACUGUACGGUAGAAAGAUCUGCUCCAGAAUUUGGUAUAGGCCUGGUGCAUGUUAGAAACUGAGUUAUAAAACAGGAUACAGUACUUGUUAAAUAGAGACAAUUGUUGUGUGUGUUGGCAACCUGUUCCUUCAGUCUUAGUCUAACCACUUUGAUGGUUCUUUUUUCAAAAAUUCAUUUUAUAAUGUAUAUGAAGCAGAAAGAAAAUGCAUAACAACAGGUGGAGAUAAAACCAUUAAACCGUAAAACAAGUACAUUUACAUAUGGGAAAAGUAACAAAAUCCAGGUUAUGAAAAACGGGGGGAAAGUAAGAAUAAAAGUUGUCUUCACAUCAGGAGUGGAUAUUAGUGCUAUUUGAUUGCAAAGUAUAGUCCCAGAUUUGUCAGGUUUAUGUUGAUGGGUUUCUUGAAAAUGGCGGUCCUGCUGUAUAAUAAUAAAGGAAUGCCAAAUCUGUAUGUUCUAGUCCAGGGGUCAGCAAACUUUUUCAGCAGGGGGCCGGUCCACUGUUCCUCAGACCUUGCGGGGGGCAGACUAUAUUUUGGGGGAAAAAGAAAAAAAGAAUGAAUUCCUAUGCCCCACAAAUAACCCAGAGAUGCAUUUUAAAUAAAAGCACACAUUCUACUCAUGUAAAAACAUGCUGAUUCCUGGACCGUUCGAGGGCCGGAUUUAGAAGGCUAUUGGGCUGGAUCUGGCCCCCAGGCCUUAGUUUGCCUAUCCAUGUUCUAGUCCUUCUUGGUGCUGAAUCUAUUGCAGUCAAAACCAGGGCCACUCUCCAACAAGAACAUAUUUAUAUUGAUAUGACAACCUAGAUAGCUCAGUUGGUUAGAGCGCGGUGCUGAUAACACCAAGGUCGCAGGUUCAAUACCCAUAUGGGACAGCUGCAUAUUUCUGCAACUCAACUGUUUUAUGAUUGUGUUAAAUAGUUACUCCACUUACAGUGCAGCAGGGUCCAUAGCUGUACUACUCUCCAGAUCAAUCCAUCCCUCAUCCAGUUCAGCAACUUAACUUCUAUGGAAAGUGAAAAGAACCUUUGAAAUGUGAGGCAAAGCCAUUAAAAGCGCGAUCUCUUUUCUCAAAAAUCAUUAAUGCAUUUGAAAAGAUGCUUUAUCUUUGCCUCCCUUUCCCCCAAAAGGCUAAGGACAAAGGCUGCCUUUUGCAUCAGGGGACCGGGCCGCACAUCCCAGGGAGGAAAUGUGACAAGCGUUCUCUGUUCAGCAUUCCGAGACUUCUGCAUUUUGCAGCCUGCCCUGAAAGCUCCAGAACUGCUAGUUUGGCCAGGCCUAUGUGGGGCAGGGUGAUUCUGUGCACUGCCUAAUGAGGGAUGCCAGCUUCCUUUGUGCCUCAUCCAAAAUGGAUGACCUAAAUGGAGCCGGGACACAAUGGAGGAUUCCUUUCGCCUCUCUCCCAUCCUUUUCAUGGCUGGGCUACCAAGUGAACUGAUGGGCAAGAAUUGGUUGGUGCCAACUCCCCUUGGUGGCUAUACUAUGAUUAGGACCCCCUCCCCUCUCUCCUUUAACAAUUAAUAGCAAUAAUAAACAAAACUGCUCCAGGAAAAAAAAUUCAGGUCAUAAUACUCUGCAACAAAAUAUGACUUAACAUAAAAUCACAAUAUUUCUGCUUUAAAAACCCCUCAAUGCCUGCUUGAAGUUGCUUUUGAGGGAGAUAACUUUUCUUGGGAAAAAAACAUAUAAAGGGUAACCAGUUUUCUCAGAAUUUAUUUCCAUAUUCACUUGCAGUUCUUGCUCUUAGGUAAUAUGUUAUUUAUGCCAUUACAGCCAAAUCUCAAAGUUUAUUAAGCCACACAUUCCAAGCUAUGUAACUUCCCAGUUUUGAGCAAUUAACAUUCUUGCUGCUGUUAAUAGACACAAUGUAAGUUCUUUAUGUUCUUUCCUUAGGAUAUGCGAUUUAUAGAUCAGCAAUAUCAACACUGUAUCUAAGGGAACUUCACAUUUCAAUAUUUUUGUUACUUUUCUAAUAAUCCUCUUCCAGUAUUUUUGUACAUAACUACAGGUACAUGUCUACCAAAUAGGAUAUCUUGCUCCAUUCUUGUCUUCAAUAUGCUCCAUUCUUCUCUUUAACAAUCUUACAUGGCUCCUUUUCAUAAGGAACAUUUAAAAAACCAAAAAAAACCCUACAAUGAAUGGGAGGAACUGCUAGCCCUACUCAGAGUAGACCCAUUUAAAGUAAUAGGCGUGGCUAACCUAGUUUCAUUAAAUUCCGUGUGUCUACCAUGAGAAUAAGUGAGUUGGCAUCAAUUUCCAGCUGUUCUGUAGGAAGGGUGCUUUAAGAUGGUAAAUCCUCACCAACAGUUAUGAGAUCCUUCUGUUUUUUUGUCCUAGUACAGUGGUACCUUGGUUCUCAAACUUAAUCUGUUCCAUAAGUCGGUUCGAUUCCCGAAACCAUUCAGAAACCAAGGCAUGGCUUCUGAUUGGCUGCAGGAGCUUCCUGCACUCAAGCGGAAGCCGCUUCGGACAUUUGGCUUCCAAAAAAUGUUUGAAAACCAGAACACUUACUUCUGGGUUUGUGGUGUUCUGUAGCCGAUUUGUUAAUCAACUAAACCAUUGGAGAACCAAGGCUCCACUGUAAACUAGCAUCCUUCAAUAUAAUACUCAUUACUUUUGAGAAAGUGUGCCAUAAUUCCAAAAUAUAAGAUUGUGCCAUUCCCCACUCUAAUGGAGAAAGCCAGUGUGGUGUAGUGAUUUGAGGGUUGGACUAGAACUAGAGAGAUCCAGCGUCAGAAGCGGUUUUCUAGGGUAGCACAACCGAUGCGGCUGCACUGGCCACUACCAUGCAAGGGGCACUGAAACAAUGCUGUAGAAUGGAGUGUGAGCGCUGAAUUUUAGUGUCGCACCCAUGCACUGCUGAAAUUUGAGAGCCCAAAUUCCGCCACUGCCAGUGUCAAAUACUGCUUGUCCACAAAGUUCAGUGUGGGGGCUUGAGCUAGUCCCUGUCAUCCAGUGUGAGGUGUCUUAUGGGGGUUGUUGGGAUAAAAACUGGGGUGGGGAAAAAGAGAGAGAUGCCACCCUAAACUCCUUGAAUGAAGAACAGGCUAUAAAAGUGACAAAUGGUAAAGAUUGGUGUAAAACAUUUGCAGGUCCCCUUGCUUUGGUAAUACAGUCAUACCUCGGGUUACGGACACUUCAGGUUGUGUUUUUUCAGGUUGCAGACUGCUGAAACCCGGAAGUACCAGAAUGGAUUACUUCCAGGUUUCAGCGGUCGCACAUGCGCAGAAGCGCUAAACCACGCUUUGCGCAUGCGCAGAAGCACAAAAAUCACAACUCGCGCAUGCGCAGACGUGGGUUGCGAAUGCUGCAGGUUGCCAAUGUGAAUCCCGCAUGGAUCACGUUCGCAACCCAAGCGUCCACUGUAGAUGUGCUCCAGGCCAGGGAUGGGGAACUUGCCUCCCUCCAGAUGUUCUUGGGACUACAACUCGCAUUAGGCCUGCCCCAUUAGCAUUGCUCCUUCCACAGCCACCUAUUGGCUCUGCCAUGCGCCGUAGGUUGGCCAACCACAAUCUCAGCAGUCAUUAGAUCAUGCAAGCGUUGGCCACACUUGCAUGUGGUGGUCCAGGUGCUGUGCAAGUAAACAAGGAUCAAAAAGGUCAGAGGCAGAUGGUGUGUUUGCAGGUAGGCUGAUGGCCAGAGUCUGGAAAAGAUGAGGCAAGGGAGUCUGCCUGGCUGUUGAAACAAGAUAAAUUGGUCAGACUUGUCAGCUGAUUUGGAUGCAAAUGCAUGUCUCUGUUGGUCUGUGGGCUCAGUCAACACAGGCUAAUACUGCAGUGUAGAGGGUAUUUUUUGAUCCACGUAUCCUAAACUGCCUAGUUUACUGAGCAACCAAUGCUAGAAACUAAUUGGCAGAGUGCCUGGUUCUAGAACCCCGUCAGGGCUUAUUAGUAAUGUCCUACAUUUGGAGGUGCUGUGGGUUAAACCACAGAGCCUAGGACUUGUCGAUCAGAAGGUCGGCGGUUCGAAUCCCCGCAACGGGGUGAGCUCCCGUUGUUCGGUCCUUGCUCCUGCCAACCUAGCAGUUUGAAAGCACAUCAAAGUGCAAGUAGAUAAAUAGGUACCGCUCCGGCGGGAAGGUAAACGGCGUUUCUGUGCGCUGCUCUGGUUCGCCAGAAGUGGCUUAGUCAUGCUGGCCACAUGACCCGGAAGCUGUACGCCAGCUCCCUUGGCCAGUAAAGCGAGAUGAGCGCUGCAACCCCAGAGUUGGUCACAACUGGACCUAAUGGUCAGGGGUCCCCUUACCUUACCCUUACAUUUGGUUGCUUCCUGCAAGGACAGAUUUAUUUAAACCUGUUUGUGACAACAUAAGAGCCUGUUGAAUCAGACUAAUAGCCCAUCUAGUCCGGCAUGCUUAUCUCACGGUGGUCAACCAGAUGGCAGUGGAAACUCUCAAGCAUGACCUAAGCACAAGAGCACUUUCUGCUCCUGCAGUUUCCAGGGGAUCCCUGGAAUAUUAUGCUUCAUUGGAUAUCCCUGAGUUCUGGUGUUAAUGAGAGAGGGAGAAGAACCUUUCUCUGUCCACAGGUGGCAAUAAUGGAAUCAUUGCUUGGCUAUGGUAAAAGGCAAUAGUAAAAGACCCCUGGAUGGUUAAGUCCAGUUGACCUUGACUAUAGGGAGUAAAACUUGACUAUAGGGUACAGCGCUCAUCUCACAUCAGGCUGAGGGAGCCAGCAUUUGUCCGCAGACAGCUUUCCAGAUCAUCUGGAGCAAUGGGACACCGUGACGAGUGCCAGAGCGCACGGAAACACUGUUUACCUUCCCGCCGGAGCGGUACCUAUUUAUCUAUUCAGACUGGUAUGCUUUCGAACUGCUAGGUUGGCAGGAGCUGGGACAGAGCAACAGCCUGUCGUGCAGAUUUGAACUGCCGACUUUCUGAUCGGCAACCCCAAGAGGCUCGAUGGUUUAGACCACAGUGCCACCCGCUUCCUGCUGUUGCCUGAGUAUAAACCGCAGGUAGCUGAUGUGGUGCCCCCCCCCCCAGGUGUCGUUGCUGGACUACAGUUCCCAUCAUCUGACAGUUGGCCAUGCUGCCUGGGACUCAUGGGAACUGUAGUCCAGCAAUUCCUGAGGGCACCGUGUGGGCAAGCCCUGCCUAGGACGACAGUAGUGCCCUUUCCCAGCCCCCUUGCACCUGUUUAUAUUUUACUCCAUCCUUGUGAAUAAUACAGAAGUCACAAGCUUAUCACCUGCAUCAGACAAGAGAGCCCAGAGGACAAGAUUAAUGGGUGUACCCAGGGGAGAACAAUUGCCUUUAUUAUCCCAACAAAAAGCCAUGGCCAUCUGUUUUCAGAGGGAGGAAACAAAACUGCCAAAUCACAUUUGAGGGAAAAUCCUUUCUGGCUUCUGUGUGGGCUAAUUCUGGAGCAUUAUAUGAAGAUCCCUUCAUUAGCAUUUGAAUCUCAGUUUUAAAAACAAACCAGAGGCAGCCUAAAAAAAUCUGAAGUUUACUUGGGCUUUGAAUUCCUUGCCUCAGAGAUGUGGAAUAGAGGUGGUCUGAGCAGAAGCAGACUAGCUCUGCGGCUUUGGCGCAGCUUCGGACAUUGGAAAGGCUUCUGGUGUUUGUUUAUUUACCUAAUUGGUGGAAUUUUGGUAACCUCCAAGCUCUCUCUAAUGCCAGGCAGAGAGGGUUAGAUGCAGGCAUAGUUGUGACAGACAGCUCUAGCUUCCAAUCAGGGAAUGACAUUUAUCAACAGCCUUUACUUCCAAGCACAAUGUUUUGGGAAGGGGAAGUAGAAAAUCUUGUGACUCUUUGGUGCAAAUUGAGUAGAAAAUAAAAUGUAUUCAUAAGUGUUAAAGCUUCAGAGACUUUUAAAUGCAUACAUUGCCCACACAACAUAUGGGAAGGACUGUUUUAGAAGGAAGGAAGGCUCAACAUUUAACUGCACCUAUUUGUCUGAGUUCUUCAUUCCCUCUGAAAGGGCUGUGAUGCCUGUAAAUUUCACUGAAAUCUUCCACACACACAAAAGUAUAGAUGUUUGUUUUCCCAUUGCAGUCAGUGGGGAAGACAUUCAGUGCUUUGGAAAAGAAGGCAAAGCAACCCUCUGCCUUGAAUCUGAGACCAUAUACUAUAAAAAGAAACUGGUGCCUGGAAGGAAUUUGCAUCACUUGUUGCUCCAAGCAAUGCUGGAUUCUCCUCAUCUUUUGAAACCCCCUUCACCUUCCCACAGAUUUUAAUUUCAUGGGAACAUUGUCCAAUGUUCUCGUUCUCUCUCUCUCUCUCUCUCUCUCUCUCUCUCUCUCUCUCCAGUGGUACCUCAAGUUAAGUCCUUACCGUAUUUUUCGCUCUAUAACACGCACCCGACCAUAACACGCAUGUAGUUUUUAGAGGAGGAAAAUCCGUAGGCAUGCCACCCGUAGGCAUUCCCUCCAUAACACGCACAGACAUUUCCCCUUACUUUCUAGGAGGAAAAAAGUGAGUGUUAUGGUGCAAAAAAUAUGGUAAUUCAUUCCGGAGGUCUGUUCUUAACCUGAAACCGUUCUUAACCUGAAGCACCACUUUAGCUAAUGGGGCCUCCCGCUGCUGCCGCGUCGCCGGAGCAAGAUUUCUGUUCUCAUCCUGAAGCAAAGUUCUUAACCCGAAGCACUAUUUCUGGGUUAGCAGAGUCCGUAACCUGAAGCGUAUGUAACCCGAGGUACCACUGUAUUUUAAAGAAUAACGUAAUUAUUGAAUGAAAAUAAUAUUAUUUCCAGGAACAUCCUUCAUUAAAGUUCAAAGGCUUUAAUAAUCAUGAAGGACUGGUGAUUCAGUGGGGGAGCAUCUUCAAAAAGUCCUAGGUUCAAUUUGCAGCACCCCUCCUCAUGAUCUGGAAAUGUCCCGUAUUUGGGUUUCAGAGAGAGCAACAGCCAGUCAGAGUAAACUGUGCUGAUCUAAACAGAACAAUGGUCUGACUCAAUAUAAGGUAGCUGUCUAGGAUGCUGUGCUCCUAGCGUUAUUGCGUUAAUCGAGAUUCCCACAGGUGACUUUGGGAUGCAGGCUGUUAGCUAGAAGACAGUUGUAGUUCCUGGAACAAACAUGGCAAAACGGAUUGUAAGAGAGGAUGGAGGCUUUAUAAACCCAGCUUUUACAGGCCUUGUGGUAAAGGAAUCCCAGUGCUGUUUCUCACAUGGGUGCUGGACAGAUUUGCCGUACCAGUGAAGAAUAAUCGUACGAAGUUUAUAACCGUGCUGGUAGGUGCAGAGUUGCAAGCUCUGGAGAGGAUUCGCAACCACUUGCUGUGCCUUCUCUGUGAAACUUGUUUGAUAUUCCAUCUCAUGGCUGUGAAGAAAGAGUUUAAAAUGCAUGGGCAGUGUCUGAAAAGGAUUCUGAAACCAGUGUAAGGCAGAGCAGUGCUCCCCUCCCCAGCAACCUGAAUACAGAGCUUCUGAUCUCUUUGCAACUUGUAAUUCUCCUAACAUAGCUUCGUUUUUGUGUUGUUUGCUACCCUCCUGGCCCUUUCCAUUGGCAAUCCAACCUCAGUUCACCUCCCUCCCAUUCAACUCUUGUCAACAAUACCUUCUUAAUUUUUCUUGUAAACGUCCAAUCUUUUUGUAGAAUAAUGCAUGCAGAAGGGGGAAAAAUACAGACAAGUGUACUUCAUUUGCAUGCUUUGAUUCUAAGUGGGGAUUGAGGGUACUUUGAUCUAGAAGUGGGAUUUGAUUAUUAUUUGUCUGUUUGUUGAUUGACUGGCCGUGUGUGCAAGUUAACUGCAAUGCGCUCUGGUCUUUGUUCAGAUUGCUUUUCUGAAGGCUGUUGACAAACCUAAAACUAUAAAGCAGCAUAUCUCAUGCUGUGCAGCUUGCAUAACUAAUAAGUAAUAAAGGAAUGAUUGCAAUAAACUGUUGCAGUUUUGUUUAUGAUUUUGAGAUUACAGCCAGUGUCAGUGGUCAUUUGAAUUGCCCUACCUUGUUCUUCUAAAUAACCUCUCCUUCUGGGAUUUAGCCACAAAGUCUUGUUGUGACAUCCUUAAAGACUUACAGAUUUAUUGUGGAGGAAGUAUGGACUAGAGCCAACUUCAUCAGAUGUUUGUUGUUUAUUCUUAAAUGAUAGAUGCAUAUGUGUUCAGAAGACAUAUGCAUAUCCUUCCCUAAAACCAUCUUGGGUGCUAGAUCAGCAGACGAUGUCCUCUUGGUUUUCUAUCGCCUUCAGAAACUUGAGGCGGGUGGCUUGGGAGAGGGAAUUUUCUGUGGCAGCCCCUAAGUUGUGGCAUUCUCUUCCCACAGAGGUGUGUCUGUAUAGGGAAGCUUUUUUAGGUUUAGUGUUUUACUAUGUUUUUAUAUUCAAAUAAUAAAUUAUUAGUAUUAGUAUUUGAGAUGUAUAUUUUAGGGAACCCCCCCCAUUUUGUAAUUUUAAGUUGUUUUAAACUGUUUUUAAUAUUGUGUGAUAUUGUGUUUCAACAUUUAUGUUGUGUUUUAAUUGUCGCAACCCACCGUGGGACCUUAGGGUGAAGGGCAGGUAACCGCUACCACCAUCACCACCACAAUAUCAUCAAUAAGUUUGAGUUUGAGUGGUUCACGAAAGCUUACACUGCAAUAAAAUUCACCUUUAAGCUGCUACAAGACUGUUGGUUUUGCUGCAAGGGACUAACAAGGCUACCUCUAUGGAAAUAGGUAUAUCACAGCAACAACAAAUAAAUAACAAUUAGUAAAAUCUCAUAACUACAUAUUCUAGUAUUCUGCUCAUGAAACUCAAAUGUACUGCAUGAAUUGGUCACACGCAGAGCCUGGUUUGUAUUGCUUCCAUCGUCUCAUGUUGUUGUUAUUAAGGCAUUUAUACACUGGUGAAUUCAUAUGUAAUUUCCAAGCGUUUAUAAUAAUUCCACACGGUCACAUUUUGUUGGGAAACUUUCUUUCUCAACAGUUUUGGAACACUUUCUCUGGUGUGUGUAGAUAUUUCCCCACAGAUCUAAUUGGCAAUAAGCUUGAGAAGUAUGCAGUUGUUGUUGUUUUAAAUGAAGGUAGAGUUCAAAUGGUUAUAAAGAGAGGCAAAAUACUCUGGGGAAGGAGGAAAAAACCAACCGCGAACCCACCCCUAUAAUGAAUAUCAUAAUUUGGUAAGAAGAAACCAUCCAUUUAAGAAAGAAAUCUAAUCUUUAAAAUGUAGCUUAAAAUCUGCUUUCUAACAUCAUCUCCAGUAAAAGUAUGAUUAAGAAAGGGUAAAGAAUUUCCAGUUCUCAAUUAACACUUGCAUUGUCCUUAAAAUGCCAGACUGAGCUCAGUCCAGAGCAUUUGCCUUGCUUGUGUUCAUAAUGCAAGACGUUCUUCAGCCAUUGACAUGAAUGUUGUGUGUGACUUGGCUCGCAUCCGUACAUCACGUUGAGCAACUAUCUGAACCCAUGUGUUGAGCAGUGCACCUGUUCCCCUGCUUGUGGCAUUCUGUGCAAUUCCAUAGGUAGAUCUUUGCUGGUGGAUGCUUGCAGUGGGCGUUGGACUGGAUGACAAUCUUUUACUGUGUGUAGUCAGUGGUCUGUGCAGCAGUCUUCCCCAACCUGGUGCUCCCUAGAUGUUUUGGACAAUAACACCCAUAAUCUCUUUACCAUUGGCCAGGCUGACUGUGGCUGAUGGGAUAUGUAGCCCAAGCAUCUGGAGGGCACAAGCUUGGCCUAGGAAUUUAGACAGGAUCCUCAUGUUAUGUUAGGAGUCCUUGUUUUCUUUCCUGUAAGCCUUCAUAACUGCUUCUGACACUUUCCUCCCUGUGUGUGCUCCUGUUUCAUAAGGAAACUUGCUAUCUUCCUCGAAGGGCAAUCUGCCAGCCUUGCCAACGUGUGUCAUCUCUCAAAAAGUUGUCAGAAAGUUGCUAUAACAACUGAAUUUUAAGUAAGCCGUUGCCUGAUUGGUGGAAGUAUAUUGUAUUUUGUGUGUUUGUGUGUGUGAUUUGUAACUGGCAAUACACCAGUCUUUGCUAAACUGCAGAGUUAACUGUCAUGCAUUUUUAAAGGUGCUUCCUUGGGAUGAUGUAAUGCUGUUUGGUCCUAAUGCACUUGAAUUGCCUUUCGACACUCAGAAUCUGGAGUAAAAGAACAGAUUUCUCCAUUUGUCUGAUAUUUAUGUGAAAUGGCUCCCAUAAUCUGUGGUAAUGUGUACAAAAACAGAAGGCAAUACUUAAUGUGUGUUACGAUGUCUUAAGAGGCUCUUAACUUAGUUUUCUUCCCCUAUGCUGCACUUGAGAAGCAAUAGCUUUUAAAAAAUGUUUUUAAAAAUUCAUGCUGGCAUAAGCAAUACCUAUAAAUAUGUUGACUUUCCAGCAAGCCAUUCAUCUAAAUAUUCUGGUGUGUUGCAGGGUAAACAACCAGAUAUUCUAAUUUUACUAAAAUGCAAAUAGUUUGAAAUGUGUAUGUUGUAGAUUAGGUUUGUGUUUAUGGGGAAGAAACCACAUACUUACUGCUUUAGUUUUAUAUUAAGUUUUUAAAAAUAUAAAAUGGUAGAAAAUCUUUUUUUUUAUUUUAAGUGUUAUUUCUGUUCCCAGACUUUGGUACUAGGGAAGUUGAGCCAAAAUUAGAAAAGGCUUUACAAAGAAAACUAAGUGUUUUUCUUUGAAUUGUCCAUGCUGCUCUGUUUCUGUAUUACUCAGAAUAUAUUAUAUUUAUUGUGGAACUCAAUGGCAUGUUGCAGAAUAUACUUGCAGAACACACACACAACCCAUUCCGUAGGGGCCCUUACAUAAUUCACCCUCCUUUAAGAGCCUCAUUUCUGAAAAUAAGCGAGGGCUCUGUGCGUCAUGUGAAUUCUGUUGUCCUUUCCCCCCACCCUGCAUCAUUCUUGAGAUGAAGUUGUCCUCAAAACGGACCUUCUCCUCUGAACUGCAACCCUGUCUGCAGAGCUUGCUCAAGCAGAUGAGAGCUGGAGUCAUGUGCCUGCACGGGUUUCGCUAUGAAUGCACACAUUGCCUCCCUGAAAUGCCUCUUGCUCUGUUGAAAGCACCAGCAUCCAAUUGUAUCCUCACUCCAGAGAGAAUUUUAGCCUCAUUAAAGAAUUCUAUAAUUCAUGUUUUUUAAACAACAACAAUAAAGCUUCCUUUGUUGCCAGUGACUUUGAUCUAACCAAUCCUUGCAUUUUUAGAGGAUUAUCUUGGUCACAUCCUGGUUCCUUUCUGCUUUAGGGAAUAACCUUAUGCUCUUGCCUCUUUUUACUGGACCAGCUGAUGUGUUAAGUACCAAAUGGUCCCGUCUCUCCCCCGCCCGCCCCCCUUGGCCUUCUGCCUGGCUCAGUGCUGUGGCCUUGUCUUGAACUCAUAAGUAGAAAUAAAGUUUGCCGUUCUCUCUUUGGGUUUAUUUUAUCCUUAAUUGUGGCAAUGAAUGUGUCAGCUCCGCGGCUAUAGGCAUUUUUUCUUUUUAAUGUGACUUAUGUCAUCUUGCUCUUCUGAGGCUCAGGGAAGGUUACGGUAUGAAAAGCAUACAAUAAAAUAUUAAUUAAAAGUGAAGCAAAACAAAACACGCAAACUAAUCAGUGUGAUGGAUGGUGACUUUCCUGCACUUCUGAGCUCUUGGUUUCUGCAUGUGCCUCUUAACGUCCUGACCUUCUGCAAGCCUCUUUACGUCACAGUGGCUUUUUCUGAUGUCACAACAGGUCUCUACAAACAGAGAGGUUGUGUCUUCCCUCGGUUUGCCAUUGACUUUGCUUUUUUGUUGUGGACAGAGCAGCCUCUCUGCUUAGAACAAGUAGUAAUGGGAUUUGGAAAAGGUUAGAAUUUUCUGAAGUCAGUGGCGUAGCAUGGGGGCGGACACAGGGCCAGUUGCCCUGGGCGCAAAAUUGCUAGGGGGCACAAAAAUUCAACAGCUGGCGAUGCCUCGGUAUAGCUACAUGCUUCCAUUGCUGGGCUCCAUUGAAAGUGGCUUCUCCAUGAGAACCAGGAAGUGACCUCUCCAGAAAAUGGAACGACUCUUCUUUUCUUAUCUCUGCAGCUGCAAUCUCCUAGGUGAUGUGGACACUAUUACACAGUUGAAUGUACAUGUGUACUCCAUCCAUUUCCCUCCCUCCAACUCCCCCUCCACUCGGCCCCAGGCACUGGCAACCCACGCUAUGCCACUGCCUGAAUUCCUUGAAUGCUACGCAAGUAUUGCUCAGACUUUUGUAUGACGUCUUUUGGGAUUCUGUAGGAACAUAGGACUAUAAUGUUUGGCAGUUUUUCUAUGUUUUUGGUGUUCUUAUUUUUAUCUGUAAGCCUCCUUGAUUCUUUAUCAAGGAAAAGAGCAGGAUAUAAAUAAAUAUAUAAGAUGAUAAUGACAAAGAAGCUGCCUUAUACUGAAUCAAACCUUUGGUCCAUCUAGGUCCCAGUUGUCUAUGCUGACUAGAAGGAGUUCUCCAGGGUUUGGGGCAGGCAGGAGUCUCUUCCAACUCUGUCUGGAGAUGUUGGGGAAGAUGCUCUGCAACAGAGUUACGUCCCUUCCCCAUUGUAAGUAAGCAAGGUAGAUAAGGAAAUGUAGCCAUCUUGCUCGAGAGGAGCUUUGAGACAUCUAUGGAGCUUGAAAGUUGUAUUCACUGAGUAUAAAGUUGUAUUCACUUAGAGCCAGUGUCGUGUAGUGGUUAAGAGCGGUAGUCUCGUAAUCUGGGGAACCGGGUUCACGUCUCCGCUCCUCCACAUGCAGCUGCUGGGUGACCUUGGGCCAGUCACACUUCUUUGAAGUCUCUCAGCCCCACUCACCUCACUGAGUGUUUGUUGUGGGGGAGGAAGGGAAGGAGAAUGUUAGCCGCUUUGAGACUCCUUCAGGUAGUGAUAAAGUGGGAUAUCAAAUCCAAACUCUUCUUCUUCUACAAGAGCUUUUCCAGAUCCUUAUCCCAUAUUUCCAGGCACAUCUUGUUUUUGUUUUUGUUUUAAACAUAUUUUUUUAUUAAAGAUUUCUUAGUUUACAAAAGUAUGUGUAAUGUCUCUUUUUUCAAGUUACGUUUUCUACAGAUCAGUUUCAUUUGUUGAGACAUUAGUGUUACAUUAGGAAGAAAGGGGGGGAGAGGUGGAGGGGGCCAUGGUGAGUUGGGGUGGAGUCCGGGUGGCGAUGUUUCUAUUUUACUUAACGUAUGUGUGGGGUUUUGUGUCAGCGUCGCUUGUGUGGGUUCUCUUUACUAUUCGCUUGUGUUCCUUUGGUGGUGAGAGAGGUUGGGGCUGGCCUAGGGUGUGGUUGUUUGUUUGUGAUUGGCUGUGGUGAACUUUGUUUUCAUGUGUGAGUGGGUGGGUGGGUGUUUUUGAAUCAGGUUAGCCCUAUUGAUUCGUAUGCUGUUGGUGGAUUCUUGUCGUUGUCUUGUCGGGCUGUGCAUGUGAUAAAAGGGAGCCAUACCGGGGUGAAGGUGCCUUCUUCCAUUUGUCCCCGUGUCAGUUUCAGUUUAUUGGUUAUUUUUUCUAAUAAGGCUGUUUCCCAUACUGUUUGGUACCAUUGGUCCAUGCUUACUCCACAACUUGUUAAAAAAGGAAAGGAAAAAAGAGCAUUGCUCUUGAUUCGUGAGGAACUAGAAACCUUAAGAAAAUUUGAGAUCCACAGUAAUACUAACGUUGUGCCCAUGACAUCACAAGACAAAACACUCUGGCAGUGGCCAGACGACCUUUUAGUAUUCAUACAUGGAACUUUUACCUACCUUGUUAUAAUUUAUUUCCUCUGCUAUUUAUGCAAGUUGCUCCAUAAAGGACAAAUGGGUUACUUUGAAGUUUUUGCUUGAGUAACUGCCCAGAAAAUUAAAAGGAAUUAUGUACAACCAACCGCAGUAUCAUUUCGUGGAGGUAAUUUGACAGGAGAAAGUUUCACACUGUUUAAUAAUAAGAAGCACCUGCACUGGAGUUGGGAGUUUGUAUUUUACUGACUGUAAGCAGCCUCUGACGUAUGGGAAGUUAUUUCCCAAGAUACAUAGCUGUAAUUAUGUUCAUGCUGGGAGUCCCAUUAUUUUGCAUCAGCCCGUGAUUUUCAGCAGGUGGAAUAUACCCAAAACUUCUUCCUGGUUUUUGUAGACAUCAAAGGAUAAGACAAAUGCCAGGUCCCAGACCAAAAGUGCUGUAUAUUACAGUACUCACUGUCUUUCCAUUGGUGCCGAGUGAGUCAGAGCCCUCUAAUAGAUAUCUCUGGUAAGAAGGAACAGAUGGAUCUUGCUCAGGGCAUUUGAUCUGGCAAGGGACUAUUGCAUGAGUGGAACUGCUGGGAAACAGCUUAAUUGUUAUGGUAAAACGUUUCCAAUGUACUGUACAGUGGUACCUUAGGUUAAGUACUUAAUUCGUUCCGGAGGUCCGUUCUUAACCUGAAACUGUUCUUAACUUGAAGCACCACUUUAGCUAAUGGGGCCUCCCGCUGCUGCUGCGCCGCCACCGCACGAUUUCUGUUCUCAUCCUGAAGCAAAGUUCUUAACCCAAGGUACUAUUUCUGGGUUAGCGGAGUCUGUAACCUGAAGCAUAUGUAACCCGAGGUACCACUGUAUUGUUUUGUCCCUUUGGAAACCUGAUAAAUUCUUUCACGGCUUGUGAAACAUGUUGGGAUGUGGACAUGGAGCAAAAUGUGAACUACAGUGGUACCUCAGGUUAAGAACUUAAUUCGUUCUGGAGGUCUGUUCUUAACCUGAAACUGUCCUUAACCUGAAGCACCACUUUAGCUAACGGGGCCUCCUGCUGCCGCACAAUUUCUGUUCUCAUCCUGAGGUAAAGUUCUUAACCUGAGGUACUAUUUCUGGGCUAGCAGAGUCUGUAACCUGAAGCGUCUGUAACCUGAAGCGUCUGUAACCCGAGGUACCACUGUAUACUGUGCACCAUGAACAAUGCUCUCAAGUGACAUCAAUUACAGGGACAGAAGCUAUUUUAUUCUGAAAUAAAUUAAUAUUUUAUAUCCUGACAUUAGUGUGCUUGUGUAGACACAUGUUGGAUCACGGAUACACACGGAGUGAAUACAGCAAAAAAACAAAGGGGGGGGAUCUGAUAAUUGUGGAUUAGUUUAAUGCAGCAAACAUGAACUCAGGUAGACAGAAAGUCUGAUGGCUGGAACCCAAAUCCUGCAAACCGAGUUAAGUCAAAGAAAUAAAGAACUGCGUAUUGCAUGGUGACCGCAGGCACACAAUGUGCCUGCAUAGUUCUACCUUGAUACCCACAAGGUCUCCUCACCGUACGUUUUCUCAUAUUGAAAGAAGAUCCAUUCGGGCAAGUGGGAUACUUCCCUACCAACCUGUCUGCCUCCAUCUGUCUGCCUUCUUACUUACAGCCAGUCCAGGCCAUGGCAGCAGAAAAGCUGAGGAUGGGAACAAGACUAGUUGACCCUGCCUGCUGUUGGCUUGGGCACUGCCUACUGCUUGGGCUCCCCGUGUUCUGCUCCAACAGUCUUGAUGGGCACCAGCUACCACUGGCUUGAAAGAAGCACUUGCUGCUGCGGUCAGUUGGGUGUGGGGUGGUGUCCACGACAGUUUCUCUGGUUUGUGAAUGUGCUGCAGCGCUUAAGAUAACGUUUGUAAGUGCAUUAACUGAUCUAGAAGUUCUAGCCUUUAGUUCUUCCUCCACCACCACCUUGGAUGUAAUUCUGAAAAACUCAGUGAAACAGAAUGCUGGAGAAUGGUGUGAGUGUACAGAUGGUUUCACUGAUCCUAAAUGUAUAGUGGAAGUGCAUUCAAGGCACUGCCAAGUUUGAAGCCACAACGAAAACCAUGUCGCUGAGAGCCACAAUGACUUCCCCCCACUUUUCACUCCCCACCAGCCCUGCUUCUUUCCUCCAGUUCUUGCUGCUGUUUUGCAUCCCCCCCCCAAUCCUCUUUCAACAAGGAUUCACCACUCCUUUCCCGUACUGGGCAGCUAUCUGCCUAACUCUUAUUUCACCUAUCUCACCCAUUUUAAGACCCACAACAGCUCUUUGUCCCUGCACCUCCUCCUUAAAAUGCAAUGAUGCUUAAGGAGUGCAUAGUGCUUUAUCAUGUUCAAAGGAAGUCACAUGCAUUUUCUAGCUGUAAACCUUUCAGAAACUUUUAUGAGAUAAACCAGUAUUACUAGCCACUCUCCCCUUCAUUGCAAGGUGUUGUGCUCUGUGGCGCAGCAAGGCUCAAAGAGGGUGUAGGGCAAGGCGAGAUUCACAAGAAAAGGUGAAAGAAGGUUCAGGGGGGAUAACAAGGCAAAGUGAAGCAAGGCAGAGUUCACGCUGAAUGCAAGGCAGAGAUCAGGGUGGCAGGAAGGCAAGGAUCAGGCUGUGUUCCAGGGGACACAGAGCUCUAAAGCUGCCCCAGCAAGGAACAAGCUGAAACUGAUCCCUGCAAAGCAGAUGUUCUGCCACUAAGCUUAUGGCCCUUCCCUAGUUUGAGCUUGAGACUUCCAGAUGUGUAGCUCAGUCUCUAUGCCACUGCACUGUGCCCUGUGUCAGCUUUAGCUGGGUAUAAAGCAUAUCUUUAAAGCAAUUUGCCCCUCAAAGAUUCUUGGGAACUGUAGCUUACUCCUAGCCUUGCUGCUAGUCCCAUUGUGCAACCCAGCCUUUCCCAACCAGGUGCCCGCCAGAUGUUUUGAACUGCAGCAUUCAUCACUGAUGGAUGUUGACCUCCAAAACAGACCAGGAGGCAGCAGGUGGCUGUUGUAACCCAUGAAUUCAGAAGACUUAGGUUUGCUUUGACUGCACUGGAACUAACUGAAGGUUGCAGUUUGGACUCAAGGUUGAGAAAGUCUGUAAACCGAGAUAUGCUUCCUUUGGUUUGCUUUGACUUGGCCUUGUAAUUAUAUGGAAUGUUUUUUAAAAAGCCCGUUCCAGGUUCCAGGUCUCACAGCUGCAUUCCCUCCCUUUUAACAUAUCUAAAUGAAUCAGGCCUGUCCACCUUGGAAAACAUGGAUUGUAAAUGUCAGUGUCAGUCUUCUCCUUGCACUGCUUCUCAGAAGAUAGAGCUUGGCAGGAUGUGUGCCUAAGAGCAGAUCUUGGUGUUCCAACAGUUUAGCUAAUUCUAUUGCAGAUUGAUAGGGGUGUUUAUAGGUGGCCAUUCAUUUUGGACCAUAAAGAAGGCUGAGCGCCAAAGAAUUGAUGCUUUUGAAUUAUGGUGCUGGAGGAGACUCUUGAGAGACCCAUGGACUGCAAGAAGAUCAAACCUAUCCAUUCUGAAGGAAAUCAGCCCUGAGUGCUCACUGGAAGGACAGAUCCUGAAGCUGAGGCUCCAAUACUUUGGCCACCUCAUGAGAAGAGAAGACUCCCUGGAAAAGACCCUGAUGCUGGGAAAGAUGGAGGGCACAAGGAGAAGGGGAUGACAGAGGACGAGAUGGCUGGACUGUAUUCUCGAAGCUACUAACAUGAGUUUGACCAAACUGCGGGAGGCAGUUGAAGACAGGAGUGCCUGGCGUGCUCUGGUCCAUGGGGUCAUGAAGAGUCGGACCACGACUAAACGACUAAACAACAACAACAACAUUCAUUUUGGAUGGCUUCUGGAGUGGGGAAGAAGUGACAACAGUAAAUACCUCUGAAAAAAAAUUCUUUCCAACACCCUAAGUGCCUUGAGACUUUCUUUUGUCCCCUAAAUACAUUUGUGCUGCUGUUUGUGCUGACCACUGUAAAACUAUGUUGAAUGCAAAGCUGAAUUAUCUCCCUAUUCCUCAAUAUUUAUAUAUCUAGAAAUAUCAUCCAUGGUUUUGCUCCCUCGGUUGCUUGCAGCUGGUCUGUUGCAGAUCUCUGUCCCCAGUGUUGUAAGGCUCACAACAUAUUCAGAACUUGAGUUAAUUCAGGUUCAGAGUUUCAGUUUGCAGCCCGCUGCUCAUCUCCCCAUAGUUCUUUCCUCAUACAUCUCUGCCCAAGACCUAUACUCUGAGAUUUUCCUGUUCACUCGAAGUCUCUGCCCUGCCACCAUGGUCUGUAUGCUGUCUCUGAAGCUGUCUACCUGUGUGACGCAGCCUCUUUUCCUCCUCAAAACUCAGCUCUUCUGUGGUAUAAACCUCCAAGUUUCCAUGUCCAGUUGUAACUUGGCCCAUAGCUAAACUUAAGCAGGCACAAUGGAAACAGCCACAAAUUGCUUCUUUGUUCAUCCCAUUUCUGCCUUCCUCCUCUCCUGGUGAAAUUUGGAUUGUAAACUCCUUGGGGCAUGGACUUUUCCUGUAGUACAUACUGAUGGCACUACACAAAUUCUACCACUGUAGCUACUACCAAUAAUUGUAGUAAAUAAUAAUAAUGAUUAGUUCACAAGACCAUGGUGCAUCUGUAUGUGUAUGUGUAGAUUUGUUAGUGUCUUCUCCAACCCUGGUGCUCACAAUCCCUGACCAUUAGGCAUGCUGGCUGGGGAUGAUGGGAGUUGUAGCCGAACAACAUGUGGAGGACACCAGGUUGAGGAAGGUGGCAGUGGGGAACCGUCCAUUGGGUCACAUUAUUUAAAAUGUUACUGAAUGUGAGAAGAAAGAUAACAGUAAUAACAGACAUAAAAAUCCUGAUUCCCCCUUCCGUCCACCCUUUUCCAUGAGCAUUAUGACUAAAUUUUCUUUCCUUAGCAGCAGUGCUGCUACUUAACACAGUGUUUUCAGGAAGCGUAACUGUAAUCUUGUCAUUUGCGCAGGCACGUUUUCCUUAAUUUUUGUUAUCUCUUUUCUUUCAGCUGGGCCUCAAAAGCUUGGUGUGGCCUUUCAGAUAUUUUCCAGAAAGGGAGGUGCAUAUUUCAAGAGGUCUUGAACUUCUGGGAAAUGAGCCUGGAGCAAAGGGGAAGGGCCUGACGGCCGCCACCCCUGGUGUAAAGCAUUUCCUGAGGGAUACGGCAAAACUGGUAAGUCCGGAAAUAAGGAUUGCAUGUGAGACUGGCACACUAAAGGUUGUCUCCACUUCUUCAGUGGAGUUUCCUGUUCAGGGGAAGGGGUGGCAGCAUAGCUGUCAACGUUUCCCCUUUUUUAAGGGAAAUUCCCUUAUUCCGAAUAGGAUUCCUCGCAAGAAAAGGGAAAAGUUGACAGCUAUGGGUGGCAGCCAUGUCCCAGGAGCACGGCCGGAUUUACGUAUAAGCUAAAUAAGCUAUAGCUUAGGGCCCCACUUGGGCCCCCCCUAAAAAAUUAAAGGAAAAAAAGAUGUACAUUUCCAAAAUAUAAGAUAAAAAACAAAAAUAAAACCUACAUACAGUAACAGUUUUUUGUGUUGUGUAGGCUCCUGUGAUGUAAGCAAUGGGCCCCGCCUGCUAGCCUGCUCCCUAAAAUAUCACUGGUUUGCUCAUUUCUAUAUAUAGGGUGCCUACAUUCUGCAUGUGCAAAUGGCUUUAGAUACCUAUUAGGUCCAUAAAUUACCAUAUAGCAUUUAUUCAACACAAAAAACAGCGAGAAUUUGUCGUUGACAAAGGACAGCUGGACAUAUAAAGGGCCCCAUUACCUUCAGUAGCUUAGGACCUCAUCAAAUGUAAAUCCGGCCCUGGCUAGGACGCUUCCCCUCCUGUGUCCAGACCAGUGGAAGGGAGGUGAUUCUGGAGGCAGGAAAAUACGCUCCUUUCCUUUGCCUUCCUCCUGAAACAUCCCUAUAUAGCACAGCGAAUUGAGCUGUCCCCCCCCUUUUUUAACCUCAUGACAACCCCCAAACCCUGUCCUUCUACAGGACACUUACUGCAAGCUGUUAGGGGCUUGAGCAAGACAAUUUGCUACCCUGGGCUCCUUUUGAGGAAUGGCAGGAUAUAAAUUUAACAUACAAAAAAAAAGCAGUUCCUUUUAUCCUUGUUCCCCCAACUUCACAUCUGCAGGGCUUUGUUACCUUUCUGUUUACGCUUUUUCAGAAGUGUUCACACCUUGGCAAGAGAUAAAUUAGAAACAGCUUAAGGAGGCCAGUUAGCGUAAAGCUGGUUUGAGAAGCAGCACCUCAAACAGUAGCAUUUCAUAACAAAGGGCAUGAUGUAUUUGCAUUUUUGUUAUGUGAUCAUGGAUUAAAAACCCAGUGAGUGUGCAGUACAUUGGAGUGUGAGCACAGCCUAAUUGUUCUUGCUGCCUUCUGUUAUUUUACAUUUAUUUGCACUCCACACACUAUGCAGUUAUUCCUCCCUCCUCCAUCCCUGCAGCUGAAUGGACACACUCUUUUAAGUCUUUGGAAAUCUUCUGGCAUGUAUGAGAACUUUAAAUCUCUAUUAUCCUUUUGCCUAGUACAUUCUGGGGGGAAGUAGGAGUCGAACUUGCCAACCACAACUUUAACCUUGGCAAAUUCCUUUCUUUUUGCUCAUCUUUUUGCUAUUGUGUAUAUGUAAAUGUUUAUCCUUGGUCAAUGUGGAGUUGUGCCAGUUUGUGGUGUUAUAUGCACAACAUAAAAAGAAAAUAAAAAAUUUGGGUGGGGAGGGGGUGUUGAGGAGAAGCAGAUGAUGGCAACUUUGAGGAUGGUUAUGAAUCUUAUUUCCUAGUAAAGCUUUGUUUUGAAAUAGAGAGGCUUGGUAAAUCUUUAGCUCCAUGGAAGGAACAGGUGUCAUAGUAGCUUUGUGGCAGAGUACCUCUUUUACAUGCAGAAGGUAUGAGGUCCAAUCCUGGCAGCCCCAGUUAAGUGGAUUAGGUACUGUAGAGAAGAAGAGGAGUUUGGAUUUGAUAUCCCGCCUUUCACUCCCUUUAAGGAGUCUCAAAGCGGCUAACAUUCUCCUUUCCCUUCCUCCCCCACAACAAACACUAUGUGAGGUGAGUGGGGCUGAGAGACUUCAGAGAAGUGUGACUAGCCCAAGGUUUCCCAGCAGCUGCAUGUGGAGGAGCGGAGACGCGAACCCGGUUCCCCAGAUUACAAGACUACCGCUCUCAACCACUACACCACACUGGCUCAGAGGUUCUGAGAAAUACCCCUGCCUCUGAGAUAGAGAUGGGCCUCCACCGGUUAGUAUUUGGGCUAAAAGACCAGUUAUUUGUGUCAUGGACAAAGAAGGAAGGAAGAAACUAAACAUUACACAUUUAUUUAUUUUGUCUCUCCUCUCCUCGGCUGCAGCUGCAUUCAGCUGCAGGAUGUAUAGUGUAUGCAUUUGUGGGUGUGUGGGUGUGCGUGUGUGUGUUAUAAUUAUAUUGCCCGUGAUGUUCUUGAGCAGCUGAACAAACGCAAGAAAUUGCCAGCAAAACUGCCUUGCUGGCUCAGCCACGAUUCUGUAAUACUGCAUAUCAUAAAGCGUGAGACAGAUCCCACAAAUCCCCCCCCUUUUUUUGAAUUAGCAACACAGCUGGUGCAAACCUCUUGGUAGCAAGGAGGACUUUUCACCUGCAGGACUGUUUAUUUUGAAUGCAUGAAAUCCAUGUAAAAUAGUCGUUGCCAGCCUACUCAGACCUUGGGGCCCCUGGAUAGUUCAGGAGUUGCUGCCCUCUUCCUCCUUCUUUACCGUUUGUUUGUGGCCAUGCUGUCAGGGCUUAAUGGGAGUUGUUGUCCAAAACAUCUGGAAGGCACCAGUCGUGAGUUCCACCCCAACUGGACAAAGGCCAACGAUGAAGAAUUAAGUUACAGUGGUACCUCUGGUUAAGAACUUAAUUCGUUCCGGAGGUCCGUUCUUAACCUGAAACUGUUCUUAACCUGAGGUACCACUUUAGCUAAUGGGGCCUCCCACUGCUGCCAAAAUUCUGUUCUCAUCCUGAAGCAAAGUUAGGUACUACUUCCAGGUUAGCAGAGUCUGUAACCUGAAGCAUUUGUAACCCAAAACGUUUGUAACCCGAGGUACCACUGUAUAUCUAUUGUACAAUUUGUAAAGGAUAGAUCUGGGAUCACCCAACUUUUUGAGGCUGGGGGCACACUUGGAAAUCUGAGACAUGCCACACAAAACACCCCUUUCAUUGAAGAAAACGGUUGAUGUUCAUAUCCUGCCCACAACAAACAAAGCAGAGACCAAAAGAAGUCGGCACACCUCACCCUGAAAAAACAGGAAAACCCUGUUUGCAAAAAAACAAAACAAAAAAAGAAGGAAACCCCAACAACCUCAUUAAAACUAAAUAAAUAAUGGGAGGGACUGGGGACCUUGGAAAGCACCAAGGGGAUAUGAGGGCACCAUGUUGCAAUGUCAAGAAGCUCAUAGUUGGAUAGGGCUUAAGAGUACUCAAAGUGGUGUUCAGAGCCAGUUCAGUCUGCCAAUAUCUAGUCAAACAUUGAGCAAUUUCUUUUGAAAUAGGACUCUUUCAUUUGUGGAUGUACUUGUUUACUUGAUUCCUUCAUGCCUGUGGGUCUGUUUGGUUUGGGCCAUGCGGGGCUAUUGAUAAGGGACAUUACUUUGUACCUUGGCCAAUACAGCGCUUCGUUUGCACAAAAAAUGAGCAACUGGAGGACUAGUGUCACGUUUACAGUAGGUGUGUGCAUGUGAACACCUUCGCAUUGUUGAAAGCCAAAUAAAUGCAGGGCAUUACCUAACUAAACUUGAGGCAGCGCAAUAAAGACCUGUGCUAAAGUAUAUUUCAAGUAGCUUUAACAUAAUUGCUGUAUGAUUCGGAGCCAUGUUGCAUAAUGCCCAUUAGUUUCCAUAGCCUAGAGCAGGGCUCCCCAAACAGUGAUCUGCCGGCUGACAGUGAUCUGUGAGCUUCGUUCAGGUGGUCCUUGGUGCCUUGUGCUUGGAGACAGGAGACGUCACAUCCAUCACGCUUAAUAGUCAUAUUGAUUUUCAUUUCUUUUAUAUUUUGCUUACAUUUCUUGAUUCUGUGGAGUACAAUAUGUAAGAAAUAAAAGAUGCAAUAACAAUGCAAUUUUUUAAAAAAUACGUAACAGUAACAGGAGGUUCUCAGGAAAAUAAGAGUCCUUUCAUGCAAUCGGCAGCAUAGCACUGCUUGCUGGUGCCUGGGGCAGGCACACUUGCACUGGGUGGGUGGGGCAUCAGCCCAGCCCUUGAUGCUGCCAGAGCGACCCCAUCCUCUCCUCCACUGGUGCAAAGUGGGGCCAUGCUGCUGGGGGAGCCCAGUCAGCUGAUGUGGUCUUUGGUGGGUGGAGAGGAGCACCGGGCUGGGAUGCGUUGCGGCACCUGCCUGGGGGCUCCUGGUUUGUGCCCCCUCAAAAAUUGUGUGCCCGGGGCUACAGCACCCCGGCACCCCCCCCACGCUACGCCCCUGUGUGCAGUACUUUUCUGUCCAUGGAAUAAGGCCAGCCACUUUAUAUGUGCUGAUUGUGAUGAGACAUAUAUGUUUGCUUUUUAGCCCAGGGCUGUUUGCUCCAGGACCCAGGACCCAGCGCAGCAUCCAGCUAAAUCAUUGUGCGUGCGUGAUGGCUUCUGUGAGCACAAUGGAACUUCUCCUUCCCUCUCAUAUCCCUGUCCCCAAAUCUGCUCUGGAGGGUUAGGGGGAAAACCCUAGAGGGCAUUUGGGUAGUGCAGGGGUGGGGGAGGGAGAGGGAGGGAGGAAGGGGAAGUUACGUUGUGAUUGCAAAAGCAUUCAGCACGUGGGAUGGUUUAGCUGAAAGCAACCCAUAGGCCACAUUAACAUCAUGCAUUUAUAGCAGUAUCAUGCUUUCUCCAAAGAAUUCUGGGAGCUGUAGUUGGUUAGGGGUGCUGAGAGUUGUUAGUAGACCCUUAUUGCCCCUGUAAUAUUAUUACAUAGCGGCUUAGCAAUCAGUUCCUCUUCACAGGGAACUCUGGUACAGUAAUUAUAGUUCUGGGAGGAGAAGAGGGGCCUCUUAACAAUUCUCAGCACCAUCAUCAAACUACAGCUCCCAGAACUCUUUGGAGAAAGCCAUGGCUGUUUAAAGCGGCAUGAUAGCACUUUAAAUGUAUGUUGUGAAUGUGGUCAUAGUGUGAAGGUAUGCAAUUACCGUAUUUUUCGCUCUAUAAGACGCACCAGACCACAAGACGCACCUAGUUUUUGGAGGAGGAAAACAAGAAAAAAAAUAUUCUGAAUCUCAGAAGCCAGAACAGCAAGAGGGAUCGCUGCGCAGUGAAAGCAGCAAUCCCUCUUGCUGUUCUGGCUUCUGGGAUAGCUGCGCAGCCUGCAUUCGCUCCAUAAGACGCACACACAUUUCCCAUUACUUUAUAGGAGGGAAAAAGUGAGUCUUAUAGAGCAAAAAAGACGGUAUCUUGCUUCUGAAUCAAAGGGCAAAUAGGAGUUUCGUCACUGUUUGGAAAGGGAACUCCCCUAGAUCCUUAUGCUGUGAGUAAAAAGCCUUGCCUUCCAUGGUAGGAUGAAAAUACAAGAAAUCAUAUCUGGUGCAUUGUAACUCUUUGGCAUUUUCUGCUUAUUUCUCCUUGUCAUCAUUUGUAAGGAUGCGUAAUCCUUAAUUCUCAAACUCCUUACGUUGAUUCAAGGUGAAUAAUCUUAACUCCGGUUCUUGUCUGAAGCUGUCUUCUAGCCUAGUACACUAUUUAUUUCUCAGUUUUUUGUUUUCUAAACCAGCCGUGUAACAAAAUAGAACACAUUUCACAGUUCAGUGAAUUGACAUCUGCAACAGGAUGCUAUUCCCCCCCUUGUCUUAAUUUGUUGUUGUUUUUUUAAUUGGUUCCCCCACCCUUCAGUUUGAAUUGCAUUUUUAAUUGGGUUGGUUCAUGCAGUUUUCUUUUUUGAAAGCAACAACAGUGAUAUUGCAUCAUGUUUCCAAUUUCUGCUCCUGGCAGAUCACCUUCAUCUCAGAGUCUUUCCUACUUAAAGCAUUUGCAGAAUUCUGUUGCACCUCUCCUUCGUACCAGCAGCUGGGCAGGUGGCCUGAGGAUUUGGCAGUGUGGCAAUUGUGUGCAGAAUUUUAAGUUUUGGAAACCAGGCUGCAGGAAGGUCAAAAUCUCUGGGUGCACUACCCAUGCUGCUACUUCCCAGCCCCCCCCCAAAAAAAAAGACAGGGGGGGAAGGGGAGAAGAAAAGAGCAAAUCAGCUUAAUCUGGCUAGCCUGUUAUCAGUUAGUUAGACAAAACAGACUGUGCUAAGUAGAGUCUAGGGAGACCUGUAUUUUAGAUGAAGAUGACUCUGGUUUACACAUGCUAUUAUAUGCAUUAGUGACCUCUACUGGAGAAGGACAGAGCAGAGUGUGCCUUAGCAAGUGUGUUGUGUUUAGCUUAGUGAUAGCUUUUGCUAGCACAUGGCUGUUGCUGCCUAAUUGGACAGAUUGAGCACUUCAGUGGUCUGGGCUGGAGGGGGAGGUGGGACUGCCUACAAUAGCUGCACAGCGGUUGGAGCAAAUGUAAGAUUCCUUCUAAUCCCAGCACACUCCUAUGCAACAAAAUUAAUGUAACAAGGAUAUAGGAAGGAAAUUCUAUAGAUGCAAGAAGUACAGGGCUGAACAGCUUGGAGCUUUCUGCACUGUGUUGUGGGAUGCCUUAGGUUGUCUCUUAACUGUGACCUUGAAUAGGAUUGGUCUAGACUAGGGGUAGCCAACAUGGUGCCCCCCCCCAGAUGUUGCGGGACUCCCAACUUUACAUGAGCUCCAGUCGGCAUGGCCAAUACAGUCGUACCUUGGUUUUUGAACAGCUUAGUUCUCAAACGUUUUGGCUCCCGAAUGCCGCAAGCCCAGAAGUGAUUGUUCCGGUUUGCGAACUAUUUUUGGCAGCCAAACAUCCGACGGGGCUUCCGCGGCUUCCGAUUGGCUGCAGGAGCUUCUUACAGCCAAUCAGAAGCCGCGCUUUGGUUUCCGAAUGUUUUGGAAGUCAAACAGACUUCCAAAACGGAUUCCGUUUGACUUCCAAGUUACGACUGUAUUAAGGGAGGAUGGCAGUUAAUAGUCUGACAACAUCUGGUUGGGGAAGCCUUUUAGACCAUUCUCCUCCUCCUCCUCCUUCCUCAUAAGAUACACAACAAAAAACUAUAAUACAGCACAUUAGUGAGCAGUUUCAAGCUGUUGUGAUGACCCUACAUAGAGAACAUCAUAUAAAACUCUUUGUAAGCUAUUCAUCCCUGUAGUCUCUAACUACUGGGAAAUAAAUAUUUAAGGAUAAAUAUUAUGUCACACCAUAGCAUUGCUAAGCGUGAACCUCUUGGGUCAGAGAUUUUGUUGGAUCAUAACAUUUAUGUCUAGACAUUUCAGCAACGUGCCACCCUAGACAGCCCAUAGUGGGAAAGCAGAGAAACCUUGUUACAUCCCUCCAGUCUUCUUCCAACAUGUAGUCCACACAAAUAUAAACUUCAAUAGUACUUUGGCUCAGAAUCACUUGUUAACUCUCGGGAAAACAGAUGUAUGUGGGGACGCCAACUCAUAAAGUGCCGUUCAGAAUUGGUAAACAUCGUAAAAAUAUAAAACAGAAAAUAAAAGUGGAAAUCCUAGUUAAACAUUACUUACAGUAUGGGUGCAGGGCGUGAGAUAGGAGAUUCUGGUUUGCUGAGCAAGUUGUUCCUAUAAAGAAGGAAUAUGUUUAGAAAUAAACUCCUCUAUCUCGAUUACGAGGCUUCAUACUAGAGAAGGCUUAACGACAAAGCAUAAUAUUUGUUUCUGUUAAGAUAAGAGUAUGAGUUUCCUUCGGAAACAUGAUAGUAAUAUGUUCCUUCACAGUGGGGUCACCUCAGCAAUAAGGGGUGCUGUAUUUUGGGGGUAUCUGUACUGCUUUUGAUUACAGUGCAGCGGCUGUCAGUCAAGUCAUAGCAUGAUAAAUGUGAGAUUUGUGGUGUAGUAUGUAGUAUGUAGUAGUAUAUCAGCUUGUUAUUUUAAAAAGCUGGAACAAGGCCUUUUGAAGUUAGUUAGGGUUAGCUGUUUUAGGAGACAGCGGGUUAUAUUUAUAUCUGUGUAUGAAACAAAAUGUGAACCAAUUUUGCUUGGAUAUGCUGCAUCAGAAAAAUUUGUCAUAAGCAGUUUUUAUCAAGAAGCGCUACACAAGUUUUGAGUUUGAUUGUACUGUGUGUGGAUAAAUACAGGUAUAUAGGCUGCUGGGCUGGGGAGACGAAUCGUGUUUAUUUUUAUAUGCCUUUGAAGCUUAUCUGAUUCUCUGUAGUUUAUUGCGGUGUGUUAAAUAUUGCUUAUAAGCUGAGUGUUUAAACAGUAUAUAUUGUGAAAAUUAUGGUUUGAGACUGAAGUAUUGGUUCAUGACACCUUAUUAGGUGUAACACACUUCCUAGAGUGUGUAAUUUUGUAUGCUUUUACAACCCUCCCCCCCUUGAUAAAGAGUUUCGUGAAAUUGUGUUGGGAUCACAUCUACUUGCACAGUUAUUUUUGUUUUGUCUUUGACUGUGUACCCAUGCUUAUACCCUGUAACUUGUAAGGCAAGUGUUUGCAUUUUGAGACCCAGCAUGGCAUACCAUCCAAACACUGAUGAAAAUAGGGCUGUCCUAUUCCAUAAUUCACUAUUUAUACCCUGCCCAUCUGACUGGGUUUCUCCAGGCGCUCUUGGCAGCUUCCAACAUAUAUAAAACACAUAAUAAAGCAUUAAACAUUGAAAAACUUCCCUGAACAGAACUUCAUUCAGAUGGUUCAGUGGUUGGAUAACUCCAUACCCUUCAACAUUUCUCCGAUGAAAAUAGGGACAUCCUACCAUACCCUUCAGCAUUUCUCUGAGGGAAGUAGGGAUGUCCUAAGGAAAAGCGGGACAUUCCAGGAUCAAAUCAGAAUCUGGGACAACUUCUGUAAAUCUGGGACUAUCCCUAGAAAAUAGGGACACUUGGAGGAGCUGGUGUGGUGUUCUGCUGGGAUGAGGACCCUGUGGCCUUACAGAUGUUGAAUGACUCCAUCUCCAGCUUCCAUUAGCUUCAGGGUAGCAUGGCCAAUAGUCAGAGAUAAUGGCCCUCAGAUUCCUGGAACGCCACAGGUUCCCCAUCCCUGGUAUAGUGGGUAGGGUGUAUGUCUGGAGGGGGACCCCUGUCUGAAACCCAAGAGAGUGACUGCUCGUCAGUGCUGACAACAAUGAGUUAGAUGGUCUGACUUUAUAUAAGGCAGCUUCCUAUGUUAUUCUGAUCCCUCCUUUCCCCUUCUCUUUGAUCAAGGUGGCCCAACUUUUCAUACCAAGUGGGCCGCAAGAGUACUUCAACACAGAACCCGUGGGCCACAAACUGAAUUAAAAUUCCAUAUCGUAGAUUAAAGUGUUUGCAAUAUAUUUAAGAUGAUUUAAAAUACACAGGUAAUAUAUACCCUCAAAGACACAAUUAAUAGAUUUAAUUAUUAAACAAAGGUAUGCACUUUUGAUAACAACGCACGACACAAUAAAUAAAUUUUAAAGGCUUUAAUAUGUUUUUUUCCUGAAUGUUGAUGAGGGCCGCGAAAAAAAGGCCUUGCCCGCGGGCUGCAGGUUGGAUUACCCUGUCUUCGAUAUAUUCUAUUAUUUCUACAGCCAGGGUGGAGAACCUCUGGUCUUCCAGAUGUUGUUGGACCCACCAUCCUUGACCAUUUGGGCUGUGGCUGAUGGGACUUGGAGGAUGGCAGCUUCCUCAUCCCCUGCUCUGCAAUCUUGCAGGCGUUAGCUAGGCUGUGCUUCCCUUCAAGAGGAUCACUGUGUUUCUGUUUGCUAGCUAAAAGGACAACUAUAGUGGUUACAGGUGAGAAGGAAUUGCAGGCAGACAGGUGGGCAUAGAAAUGCCACAGAAUUCUGCAGGAGGGAUAGUCCCAUUUUGAUUCUUCUUUUGCCAGCCCUCAGCAGGGUAGUAUUUCAUUUUCGCAGGCUACAUAAGUUUUGUGGGCUUAUUUGUAACCUUAGCAGCUGUCAUCACUUUCCAACUCACUCCAUGCUGUUUCACAAUCACAAAAUCUGUCCAUAUAGCCAGAGAAGAAAGAAGAAGAUGUCGAUGGUAUAACAUAUCCAGUCACCUUUUCAAUAACGUGCAGUCUCUCUCUACUCUCCCUUAAAAAAAAUAAAUCUUUAUUUUUGAAUAUGUCCACUAAAUGUGGAAAAUGUUGACUUUUGAUUUUUAACAUCUCCAGCAGGCUUUUAUUGCUGCAAAAAUGCUGUUAUUUAACAUGAGCAGUGAUCAUGUACUAGACACAGAUUCAAACAGGUAGAUGGGGUUUAGACAGAUUAGAGCACCAGUUGUUUUUAGGAAUUGAUACCUAAGGCUCCCUCUGCUUCUCACCUGUAUUGAAAUUGUUCCUCAGAGGCAGUUGUACAUUUUUGCCUAUCUAUCUAUCUAUCUAUCUAUCUAUCUAUCUAUCUAGCUAUCAUCUAUCUCUCUAUCUCUCUAUCUCUCUCUCUCUCUAUCUAUCUCUAUCUAAUUUGUAUUUGUUUCAAACAUCUGUAUUUGUUUCAAACCCUAUGCCCAGGUUUCAGCAUUUGAAACUCCCAUUUUCUAGGUCAGGGGUCAGUAAACUUUUUCAGCAAGGGUCUGGUCCACUGUCCCUCAGACCUUGUGGGGGGCCGGACUAUAUUUUUUUUUGGGGGGGGGAAUGAACGAAUUCCUAUGCCCCACAAAUAACCCGGAGAUGCAUUUUAAAUAAAAGCACACAUACUACUCAUGUAAAAACACGCUGAUUCCUGGACCGUCCGCAGGCUGGAUUUAGAAGGCGAUUGGGCCAGAUCCAGCCCCCGGGCCUUAGUUUGCCUACCCAUGUUCUGGGUGCAUUUUGCGACAGGGAAUUUCAUUAGUGCGAGCAGCUUCUGAGCUCUGGACACAAUACUGCACUUAAUAUUUCAGAUUAAAUCUGCAAAGUGGAAGGAAAGGCGGACCUUUUUCUGCCUCCCCACUUCCAGCUACUCUCUGAAGACUGGAGAAGAGGCCCCCUUAAGAAUAUUAGAGGGGUGGGCAGGGGAAUGACUACUAGCCCAUGUGAAAAAUGAACAUAAUAUUUUAGCUGCAGCUCAUUCAUUUUCAGCUUUGUAUUCUUGUUAUAAAAAAGCUCCCCUAGACAUUCCAUUUUUGCACCCAUAACCUAGGUUUAAGGUUCCAUUUAGCUCCUAGCUUUCAUAUCUCAGUUUUUAACCCUGCCAGGUUUGCAGGGAGCUUAAAGGUAAAGGUAAAGGGACCCCUGACCAUUAGGUCCAGUCGUGACCGAGUCUGGGGUUGCGGCGCUCAUCUCGCUUUAUUGGCCGAGGGAGCUGUACAGCUUCCAGGUCAUGUGGCCGGCAUGACUAAGCCGCUUCUGGCGAAUCAGAGCAGCGCACGGAAACGCCGUUUACCUUCCCGCCGGAGCGGUACCUAUUUAUCUACUUGCACUUUGAUGUGCUUUUGAACUGCUAGGUUGGCAGGAGCAGGGACCAAGCAACGGGAGCUCACCCCGUCGUGGGGAUUCGAACCGCCGACCUUCUGAUCGGCAAAUCCUAGGCUCUGUGGUUUAACCCACAGUGCCACCCGCGUCCCUUUGCAGGGAGCUUACAAGUAGAUAAAAAUAAAUGUAAAAUAUCUCCAGUAACUCAAUAGACAUAGAAACAGCAAGCCCAGAUAGAAUGAAUGUAAAAUGAAGGGAUAUAUUUCCUUUGGGCCGUUACACUACCUAAACGCUUUAUUUGGGCUGGAGGUCACCAGCCAGCUGCCUCUCGUUGUGACCCGGCAUUAUAAUUCGGUGACUUAUUAGGGUGUCAGGAUCCACCUGAGCCUCUUUUAAACUGAGUAGGACUUAGCAUGCAGUUUGCACAAAGUGAGAGUGCGGCUGGGGCAAUGAGCCGUUCUGUGUCCUGCCAUUCCACGCUGGAGCCGUCGAGCCCUGCUGUGCUCUUGAGAUUGCUUUGGCUGACUGCCUUUGAUGCAGCGAGCCUUAGCAAAACCUGCCAAAGGCAUUUCUGCAUGAAGCCGUCUCACUUCUCUCCUCAGGUUUUGGAGAGAGACUGCUUGUUUUCUUUGAUUGCAGCUUGGUGAUUCACUGGGUGGUGAGGGAGCUACUUAUCACAUAUCCUUGUUCUCCUGCUCUUAAGCCCGGGGACUUUCAGAAUAGUUGACAUUUUUAUAAACAUCAACUAAUAGCAACAGCAGUGUGGCAUAGUGUCAGAGCAAAAUUGUAAGGAGACCAAAAAGUUGAUCAGGCCUGGGUGGAAGAAGGAGGACUUCGCUGGCUGGCCCUGGAACGAAACUGGGAGUGGUACCUAGCAAGGCUCCUUGGGGAAAAUGUUCCACAGCUGGCGCACCGCAACAGAAAAAGGCCCUUUCUCCUGCCACCACCCACUUCAGAAGGUGUUGGGGAGAGAUUAUAAAACUUUGGCAGGUUCUUGUGGGUAAACUUCAGCAGUAGACAUGAGGGAGAGCAGGACUCCUCUUUCAGGUAUCGGGAAACAUUGUUGGUAGCCUUGUUGUUUUUAAAUCUAUCCACCUUUCUGCUUAAAAGCUUCUGAGGUAACUGACAACUUUAAAAACAAAUGAAAACGAUACCUCUGCCUUUAAAACAACAUUUAAAACCAACAAAACCAGGCAUUCCGCCUUGGUCUCCUUUGACAGAAUUAAAGCAGCACGAGCUUAUGGUUUGGGUGUGUGUUUCUUAUGCUUGUUCAGGUAUGUUCCCUCUCUGCCAUGGCUGCAAGGAGAUCAGAAACUUUUGCUACCAAUUUCAACUAACCACAGUUUAGUGUUAUGCCUGGAUCCUAAACUGUGGUUUAUCAUAAACUAUGGUUAGUUCAGACAAGCCAGGUUUAUAACCUAUGGCUUGAAUCAACUAGUCAUAAUUAAGGCGGACCGUUGCCUGUGUGAGUUUAGAAAUAAUGCCGAGCUAUGUUUGAAGUUGUGGUAAGGCUUUGCUGUUGUUGUUAAAUAAGGUUUUUUGAGGGGGGGCACUCUUUGCACUCUCGCUUUAAAAUUCUUCAAAUUGGCUGCCCCCCUGAAAAUCUACAAAUACCCCCCCAAAAGAAAAUAGAUAGAAGACACAUGGUCCUGUGGAAGCGGACAUGCUCCUUUCCAUUCCUUCUCCUACCUCCCUUUUCCAUUUUUCUUUUCACCAGUUCACACUUAACAUUUUGUAGUUAUUGAACAUGCCCCUUCCUCAUUGGACUAUAAAAUAAUAAUUAUUAUUUAAUCUUUUAAAUUAUUAUUUUGCACCUCAGGUGUGUUUUUCUAAACACUUUUUUUAAUGGUUCUGCAAACCUUGGAGUUCCCUUUAGCAUGUUGAUAUUCCUCCCCACCCCCUCGGUAGUCCUGUUUUGGCUACAAUAUUCUCAGGCUGCUAUUGAAGGAACAGGAUGGAGCAGGACCCGUUGGAAAGGGUGGCAACCCCAGUCAGUGUGUCACUGUUAUUAGUCUAGGCUGACUCUCCCCCUCUUCACCUUAUGACAGCUGAUCUGUGCCCAUGUGAUAAGCAGAUCUUAUUUGCUUUCUGUUUAAUGUACUCCAAAGUAUGCAGCAAAAGUAAUAGCCACCCAAGUAUGUGAAAAUACGGCUGCCUCCUAAUGAUGUUGGAAGCAACUAUGUAAUGAAGCCUUGCAGCAUCCCUUUGAAGUACAUAGCAUUGUUAUUGUUUCUCUUUUACAGAUGGGGAACCUGAGGCACAGAGAGUCUCAUAAUCUUGCCCAAAGUUUCCCACUAGUGCAGCUGGAAGGAGAAAUCAGGAGUCCUGCAGCUGCUCGACACCACUGCAUUGCAUAGUGUGCAAGGAGGGGUAAGCAGAGAUUGUUGGUAGUUACUGGAAUGAAUGGACUUCUUUCCAAUGACAACUGCAUUGGCGCCAUCUGGAUAUGCUUUAUUAAAUGUUGCCUGCCUGCCUGCCUCAUCUGGACGAUGUCUACUAGGGUGUUGGCAGGAAAACCUCACAGAGAGAAAGGUUUCACCAUGGCUCUUUGAGUUGGAAUUGGUAGGAAUAGACAGGGAGACUCAGUAGGCUACCUAGAUAUAUGUAGACAUUGACUGCUUACUUGGUUCAUCUAGUAGAAGCUAUUUCCACCCCUUCCCUCAGUCAACCAUGCAGGCCAAAGUAUAACAAAAGCUGUGAUUCUCUGAUUAAAACCACCAUAUCCCUUGUUCCAGAGGCCAGGCCAAGUGAUGACUGAUAGGAUUGCAGCUAUGUAGAGUUUUAGUGCCUUAUCAGGAUGUAAACGUUCCUGUUUACAAUACAAAUAAAUCCUUUAUGCAGUCUUUGCAGCUAAUUGCACAGUGGCCUCAGAGGGAAUGGUUGAAGAAGAGGUUGUCAUCAUAUCUGAUACUUUAAAAUGUGCUACACAGACAGUGGUUAUUGGGGUGCAAUCUACAGGCUAUCAAGGGCUACUAGCAAGGAUGGCUAUUUUCCACGUCCACUGUCAGAGGCAGGAUGCCCCAGAAUGCUAAUGCUUAGAGAGCUGAUGGGCUUCUCGUGAGCAUCUGUUGAGCCACUGUGAGAACAGGAUGCUGGAUAAGAGGGGUCGUUGGCCUGAUCCAGUGGGUUCUUCUCAUGGUCUUACAACAGUUAUGGAAUCUGGCAACUUGAGCUCUGCUCUGGUAAACUUAUGCCGUGUGGCAGAACUUCUCAAUCCAGGUCAGAAUCUGGUAGGUGCAAAUUCCAUAAGCAUCCCACUUUCCCCCUCUUCUCUCAUUUUUUUUGUGGCACGCUGAGACCAGUUCCCACAAGCUUUUCAGCAUGGCAGGAUAUGAGUUAUCACAAAACAUGGGUUGAAUUGCAACUGGCUGUUUGGGCAAGCAGUUACCUAUCCUUUUGUCUUUUAUCCAGAUUUGUGACUUAACCCAUGAGAAACUCUUCUACCUGUGGUGAGAUUCAAGUUCUGUCUCCAUUUCUGGAGCCUCUCUGGGAAUGUUUUAAACAAAAGAAGAAACAAGAAGCACAGAUUCCUUUGUGUUUCCUGUUCCUUCUGCCUCCUCCCCACUUGUUUAAGCCCAUUUCUACAAAGGGGUAUUCUCCUUGUGUCCAGUUGCAACCCCCCAAAAGCCAUCAAACGCCAAGACUUAUUGAAAGGUUUAUGUAAAUUCAACCUCAGCUUGAAUGUGUACUGUGCUAAGGGACGGAGCUUAGUGGUAGAACAUUUGACUUGCAUGCAGAAGGUUGUAGGUUCAAUCCCUGGCAUCCCCCAGUAGGACUGGGAGAAAGACUCUUGCUUGAAGCCCUGGAGAGCUGCUGCCAGUCAGUGUAGGAAAUGCUGAACUAGAUUGGCCAAUGGUUCUGACUCAGUAUGAGGCAGAUUCCUAAAGCAACACUCAACUGCCCAUUUCAUUUAUUUACUGUAUUUUACUGCCUGCCCAAUUCAUUUGCAUUUUUCUUUCUUUAUUUCUCCACAGACAAAAAAAAUGGGAUUGUAGAUUCCCAGCCCAUGGAGGUGAUGCUGUCUUGGUUUGGGAAGGAGAGGACUGUAAGUAAGUAAAGUUUUAAAGUUGCGUUAUAUGGUAGCUCGAUGGUGAUUAGGAAGCAUGGAGACGUGUGAAAUGGGACAGCAAUGUGUUUCUCUCUCCCAAUUUUAUUUCUCUCUACGAUGGGCAUGUGGUGUGCUUUGGAAGCAGAUCACAGUUCACCUCUGUGUCAUAUAUUUCGCUGUACUGAGGUGAUAACCAAGUGUCUCUCCAUUGCAAAUAUAGCCAGGUUUCUUAAAUCCAGUUGGGACCCUGUUUGGAAUUAACACGUACUAAGUGGGAACCGCAAUAAAACUGUCCUACAUUUAUAGGACAUGACUCCCCACCCCCAAAAGAAUUCUGGGAACUGUAGUUUGUUAAGGGUGCUGGGAUUUGUAACUCUGUAAGUUGUGAACAACUUCCCAGGAUUCUUUGGGGGAAGCAAUGUGUUUUAAGCAUGCCCUAGAUGUAUGGUGCAUAUACAGCUCCUGUUCAGGAUUCCAUUCAACUCCAUUCUAAUCCCCUCCCCAAAAACCAGCCCUCAUGGGGUUGUUUUGCCCCCCCCUUAAGAGUCUCCCCCCCACCCUGCAAGCCUUGGGGUUUUCACCAAGAGUGCUCAUACUUUCUACUUGGUUGGUGGGUGGUGCUGUAUUCACUACUUAAAGAGCAGCAUUCACAGCUUGAACGUUAGAAACCAGAAGACAAUGAAUGUUGUGUCCUUCCUUUCUUAAUUUGGAGCCAGGUUGAUGGCAAAGGAGUCCCACUCUGUCCUUCUUCUCCCCGCUAGAGAAAUGUACAUAUGCAGGCUGCGUACAUAGAGGCUUCCCACACUGUGGCAAAUAUUAGUGGGGAUGGGGAUUCCCUCUGCCCACUCUUGGAAGCUAUUUGCCAAAAUUAAAAGAGACCCAGGAGAUAAAAAUCUCACAUCUCAGCUGUGUUACAGAGUUUAUCCCUUACUGUGCCCAUUUUACAGACUGAGGGAUUGAGGCUGGAAGAGGAAAUAGCAGCUUGCUUAAGGCUACGUAGUGAGUUCAUAGCAGAAGUGAUUUCUAAACCAGGAACUUUCUAACAGUUUGGUCUCUUCUCUAUUAUACCAGUUGUUGUCUUUUUAAAGUAGUCAGUGGUUAUUCAGGUAUCUUCACAUCCCUAAGUUUAGCAUUCACGCCACUGGAUUUUAAAAACAGAUUAAACUGCAUUUUAGAGUACUUUUAAAACUAUAUGUCUGAUAUUCCUGUUAAAGAUUAGAUAGGCACCAUCUCAGUUGUUUUUUCAGCACCUAAUGAAGACCUUCCUCUUUCAGCAAGCAUUUUAAAGUAGAGAUCAUUCCCAGUCUGUAUUGGCAUUGUUUUAAAAUGUUUUGAUUGUUUUAUCACCUGUGUGUUUGCCAUUUGGGAGGAAGGGUGGGAUAUAAAUAAAUAAAGUAUUAUUAGCAUGUGUUGCAAGAAAAAAAAUGUUUGUGGAAUGUCCUGGGUUUAAAUGUAAGAAUAUUAGAACUUUAUUCACAAUUUACACUUGCAAACAAAGGUUUUGUGCAUAGAAAUAGGUAGCCUUGAAGCGCUGACCUCUUGAUGCAGACAUAGCCAUGGUCAUGAGGAUGGAAGCUUCUUGCAGACUCAGGCAACCAUGGUUAGGAAAUAGGGAGCUUGCUGCUGGAGUUAGUAUUUAUGGUGAUGCCGCACUAUCUACAGCAGUAUUUAGGAUUGUUGGCUUUUAAACCAGUGGUUGAAACCAGAGUUCAAAGCUGCUGGCUUGCACUAACCAUGGCUAGUGCCCAUUCAGGUAAUGCUGCACCAUAAUUAACCCUAACGAGAGAAGGGAAGGUGGAAUUAGCACAGGUAAGAGAAUGGAGAUCUGUGUGAGUCUGGUUUACGCUCCCAAUAUCCUAACUCUGCUUGGGAGAUUAUUAGUGUUUACGUCAGUACUAGGGUCGUAUUUGGAAUCCAAUAACAAGAGCUUCCAACAUGUGAUUGUUAUCGCUUCAGAGCUUUUGCCACAGAAUUAGCAUUCCUGUGUUGUAGCGAUGUAGAUCCUUGAAAUAUCCGCCUAUUCAAUGUUGACUUGGCAUAUGAUACCUUUUGGUUUCUUUAUUGCAUGGUAAUGGGUACAUAUUGCUGUUGGAACGAUGACCCUUAUUAACGAUCACUUAAUGAUUAUUUUGUUACCACUUAACACCUUUUAGCUAACAUGUUGGUAAAAAGUAAACACACUUUUAUUCCUUCGUUUGGUGCAUGUUUAUGGAUGCAUUGAAAACACAAAAUUUUGUUAGUUAUUAGUAUUUUACCCCGCCCGUGACCCAUUUUUUUUGUCAUGUUGUAUUAUUUAAGUGUGUACGAUUUUGUAACAAGAAAAUAAAAAACUAACUUUUUUUUUUUAGUAAUGUUAUGAAUCUUGAACUAGGUGCUGCUGCUUAUCCCAAGUAUUUUAAGAUGCAGUCCAAGAAUAGGCAUAUUUAAUUUUCCUUCUGCCAAAUAAGUGGCACCAUUGUAGCUCAUUUCCUCCCUGUCCUCUCCUAGUGACUCUUUUGAUGGCUCUGUGUGA